AUGACCGUCUCCGAUAACUAGCCAAUACCAUUAGCGUGCACGCUAUCCGCUAGCCCUCCACGAGCACAGGAGCAGUUGCAUGGAAGGCUUUCUCGCGCCCCGACAAUAGAGUGGUAAGUACCAUUAUCGCGGAUGAAAAUAGGGGCAAUGUCUUAAGAAAUAUAAGUCAGUGUCUGUCGUUUAAACUGAGGAAAAUUUGUGUUGCAUUUAAGUCAGACUAACGAAUGUUUUUCUUCGUUACGAAAUCUGUUGUAAGCAUCACUGGACCAGGGUUAAUACCUUUUCCAUCUCUGUCCACCCCGAGAUUCCCUUUGGAAAAAGGUGCCUGGGUUCCUCUCCGCCGCCGCCUCUUCCAGCAGGAGUACAUUUGAUAUCAGAGACAGGACAAUCAUGGAUCCGACCCGGGGAUUUAAAUGCUUGGACACGGUAGCACGCUCUGCUGUUCAGUGAGGAUGGGAAGAAAAUAAGAGGAAUUUUAUCAAACGUAUCAGGUAAUUUCUGAACACCCCAAGAGUGUCACAGUUUUAACUAAAAGUUGGACUUUGGAAUGAUUACGAUCAUGUUAUUGAUAAACUCGUUAAAACAUAGUAUCAUGAUGUAACCAGAGAUUUUAUGAACCCCAUAAUUGUAAAGGAAUACUUAAUAAGAAGCUGCUUGGCUCGUAACGGUCUUGGUAAUUUAACACUGUCUGACCAUCACUGACUGCCACAUUAACCCUGUGCACACUACACAGGUAACUAAAUGUUGCCGGAAUGACAACGUGAGGGUACACAGCAGACAAAAGCAUAACAGCGGGUGUGGAAAAUGCAAACAAUAUGACGACAAACCAUAUGAAAGGACUUGCUUGUUGGUUGAUUUCAAAGCUCAACAUCUGUACGAGCUACCGCUGCAUCGUUUUGACAUACUCGGUCCAAGAAAUAUCACGUUAGGGUGAAACCGUGGAGCAAUGAUCUGAAAUGCGACACAAUUUACCCAGAAUUCAUCCAACAUCUCAUGCAUUAAGUUUUCUUUACAGUCCUGUUGUGGUCGUAGACUUGUUGGCUGAUAUCGCGUGAUUAGACAAAGCCUUUAAAUCUGCACGGUGUGAUUUAAUUCUCCCACUAAGAAUAUAUUGACUUGUAUCUCAGAGGGAGAGAGAGAGAGAGAGAGAGAGAGAGAGAGAGUAUAGGGGCUGGGGUCUACUCCAACCAGCUUGGUUUGCAGUCAUGGGGGAUGGUAGUCUUCAGCCCAGUGAAAAUCAUGCUUUGUGAAAUUCGAAACCUUCUUUGUACUACUUCAAGUGCAGCAGAGAAAAGUGGGCAGAAUGAGGGACAGUGUGGUUUUAUUACUGCAGAGUGCAGACGUUUGUUGCAUUUGCAUGAUGCAGGGUCAUGUGGACUUACAUUAAACUGCAUUUAUGACCAGGCUGAAGGUACAGUGUGAGGAUGAUGCAUGAAAGGGUUUUUUGUUCACAGUGCAACAAGCAUCAUGUUUCAUUAUCAGCCUGUCAAAAUAAAGUAGUAAAGUAGGAGCAGCCUGUAGUGGAAAUUUGUGUUAAGAGCUGAAUUGAUGAAUGAAACAUUAGCUGCAGAGUCAUUGAUAAAAGUCUGUUUACGCUGCUGCUUUUGACAGCAGAUUACUGGGUCAGCUUGUGUCACAUGUAUUUUAACAACAUUCAAGUGCAAUGAUAACCCAUCACAGAGAGACAACAGGGGUCAAGUGUUAUGUAAAUGUGGCUGCUAGUGAUGUGCAUGAGCCAAAGGGUGCCAUGUUUACUCUAAUGAGGCUGAGGAAGUACUCUGUCCAGGUCAGUUUGGAUCAGAUCUUUGUUUUUGAAGAGCAGGAAUUAAAUCAGCAUGAAGAAAAUCCAAAAGAUGAGCUUCUUAGGCCUUUCUGAUGACACUGCCAAUCAAACACUGGAGACGUUAUGGACUGAUUUGAUUAGAAGUCCCAUUACAUUCAUGAUUCAAAUUGAGUUGAUUUUGUGUAGAUUGUGUGUGCAUAAUGUGUCCCUUUCCCUUAUAAAUUAGGGAAAAUAUUUAGAUUUUUCUGUGUGAGAGCAGUCCUGACUGCAUGUACAAAAUAAUCUGAAUGCCUGUGCAGCUGUUAAAUUUAUUUUUAUGACUUUCGAAAAGUCACAUGAUUCAGCAAAGGCUAUAUGCUGAGCUUCAAAACAGCUUACUAUUAUAUAUUAUCAGUACAAAAACACAUAUACUUCCACUACGCCUGUGUAUAUUAUUUUCUUCAAGGCAUGCCCAAGGGUCUUUUCCUUGAGUGACAUCUGCAGAAGCAGUGAUCAAUUUCACCUUUGCACAGCUCGGAUUGGAUAUUUCCUGUGUUAUCAAAUCACUACAAGUGUAGUAUGAGAGGAGUUGUUUUUCCACCCAGACUUUUGUGGAACAUUUGAGUUUGCAAGAAAACAGUCAACACAGGUAAAAUAAUACAAAAGUGUAUCUGAAUAAUCUGUCCAUUGAUACUUGAGUUUUAUUAAUAGUACUCAGUUUAUCCAACAAAUGUCCUUAGCCACAGGUAUACUCUCGGAACAGUGCAAAACAUAUUUCUUUGGUUUUAUCUGUUGUUGUUUGUGAACUAUAUUGCUGUGAGGGAUGACAUUCCUGCACAGUUUGCACUUCUCAUGUUUUCCUCUGCGUUUCAGAGGCCCUCGUGACAGAAGAGUUUUGGCAAGCAUCCUGCGGGGGCUUUUGGACCUCUCUUUAUUUGUUGACAUGACUCUGAUGCUCUGCCAGUCUCUGGUUUUCUCAUACUAGAAAGAAGAAUAUCGUUUUUUUUCUGGUAGCUCUUCUUUGAGAUUCUCUACAGAGGUGGUGAGGGGUGACAGCAGGACACACAGAAUCACAUAGGGCAUAAUAAAAGGGCAUGUAGUGAGAGGAAAAGAGGGGAGAUGGGAGGAAUAUGAGUGAUGGCUGCUUGGCAUAAGGAAGAGGAGGUGGGAAGAAGGUGGGCCAAAGAUUCUGGGAACGGCAGAAAUUAUAUGUGUAUGUGCCAUUUAGUGGCUCCACAGACAGACCUCCUAUCUCCCAGCUGUUAAGAUGUUCUAGAGGCUUCAGCACACAGCAGCUAUUGUUCUCCCUCUUGGCAAGGCUUACAGCUCUAUAAUACUGCAUCUGUCCCCAGGCUAAACUGGACUGACAGUGGACACAGUUAGCUGGGUUGACUGGUGCUCCUUGUGUCAUUUUGCUUCUGCCUCCACUUUCUCAACCCAUUUUUUAAAUUCAGGAUACUGCUGUAGUUGUCCUUUUUUUUCUCAUCCCAUCUCUUGCUACCCUAGUUUCUCCAACUUUACAGUGCUGUGUGCCACAACUUUUACCCUUAUCCUGAAACAAAAGGAAGUAUUGACAAUAUUGCAUUCUUACAAAGUGCUUCACAAGGAGAAUGCAGUGGAACCAAUCAAAGAACUGUACAAGAUAUAAGACACAAAAUGAGCCACAACUCAAGACAGGGGUCCUCAGAUAGGUCUGUCAGAUGGAGUUAUAGAGGCUUUCUUUACUCAUUUUAGUGUUUGGCUUUUCCUCUGUUCUGCACUUUGUUGACUGAAAAGGUCUCAAAAGGUUGUGCAUGAGUGUUAUUUAGCUUCGAAGAAGAGUCUCAACAAUUUUCUCUUCCUAAAAAUGACAGCACCAGAAAACAGCAGCCACAUGGUCUGCUUGUGCUUACCAUUUUACUGAUGACUCCUUUUUAAGCACAACCCAUUACAAGCUGGAUUUGAUCACGACUGUUACUGAAACUUGGGAUUGUUUCAUUUAUGAAAACCUUUUUGAUGGCUUGGGAUCACAAGCUGUAAUUAAUGUUUUAACAGCAUAUAAUGUUACAAUAGCUAAUGUAUAAUAUUGAGCUAAUGUGGACACUAGCAGAUGAAAACCUCAGAUGGUUUUCAUAAAGGCAAAACUCUCAGAUUGUUCUGUGAUUGCAAAGCUGUGUAAAAAGUAACACCCACAAGCUGUGUCUAUCUAUAUAGAGCCACAAAAGCAAACAAAACAAAGUGUUGAUGGUAGAGUGCUGAAAUUAGGGGUUCUACUCACACUAACAAGAGUUAAAUGGGUUCUUUCUUGGCUGCAAAUCAUUCAAGCUCCCUCUUAAGGUAUCUCAGGCUGACAUAAUGAAAGGUGGAAAUGCAUAUAAUAGAUUAACUUUUUAAAUAUGUUUUCAUCCUAAACUGUUGGAAAAAUAUUUCCGAAAACUACAUUUUGUUAAGGUUAAUAUACUGGGUAAGUGACACCAAUUACUUCAAGUAAUCUGUGUUCAGGUGGGUGUUUUUUAGCAUUUUGAUAGAAGGCCCUGCCAUGGUCUCAACUUUAUCUCAGGAAGCAAGGGGCAACCUCCUGACUUGAAAAAUUAGACCAAUGUGGAACUGCAAAAAACUGCAGUUCCUUUGAGUGUCCACUAGAGGCUGGCUCCAAACGCAAAAGAAUCUCUGUUGGAUCCCAUAUUAAAAUGCUCAUCUGAUUUCCAGACUGGCUCAAGAACAGGUUUUAGUCUAUUUAAUUUAUUUAUUAAUUCUUGCGCCGUGUUUGUAUACAGUGAAAAUUUAUGAUGCAUCUGUUGGGAGAAUACAAUAGUGAGGGGGAGUUCUACACAUUUGCAUAAUUAGGGGUAUAUGGCUGAGUGUACUGAUAGAUCAGUAGGCUGUAAUCUUUUGCCAGAAGGCUAAAUGCCUGCCUUGACUCCACCUCUAACCACAAUUUAGGGUAAGUCAGAAUUUUCCAUAUAGUGACUGCUGUUGUUGGACUUAUCAAUCUUGUACUUGGUCCUGUGGCACUUUCUUGGUUUUAAGCUCUCUCUGUCUGUCACCUAAGAGAGAAGAGGGCAUUGACAGGGUUUCAUGCAAGUUGACAGGAUAUGUCUCUGAAAGAGACCUGUCUGACCAUGAGUUUGCUGCUGCCAACAGGUCAAAAACAGUCCCAUUGGGGCUCAGAGCUUCCCCUGCUCAACUGUACUAACAAAAACGAAUCUGCUCUCUUUUAUCACUUCUGACUCACUUUUUCUUCCCUCCUGUCACAUGCUUUGUAGGGUUUUAUUUGGUCCAUUUGCCUCCAUUUUUAUACAGCAGGUUCUUUUUUUACAGUGAUGCAACACCUCUGCUGCCAGCUGCUUUAAUCACAGCUGUUGUAUCACUCAGCACAUCAUGGCAGGCUCUGUUGGGUUUUGGAAAGAUUUGUCUUUCUUUUAUAAUGUUCAGCCUUGCAAUAUUUUCCACAGCCAUAAGAAGACAGAAAUGCUCAUGGUUCUCAUUUGCAAAGUGUAUUUCUUCAGGCUACAUCAUAUUCAGAUGUUCUUCUUUGUUCUCAGCAGGGGGAGUGUAAGUGACGCAGUUGCUGCAUUGUCGUAUCAUAUCAUACAUAUUGACUAGUUUAGAUUGAGUGUUGCACAGUUGAAAAUAAAUCCUCAAUAGUGAGGGGAAAUCUUUGGUGUCUGAAUAAGGUUAAGAGUUAGGAGUGCUUAGCUUAUGAAGCAAUGCUGGCUGAAAAUGAGUGUGUUAACUGUCAACGGCCUCCUUGGUGUCUUGAGGCUGUUUUCUUGCAAACCUAAUAAAGACCCUCUAACUGACUGGCCUGUCAGCAACAGGCAGGUAUUUGUGAAAUCAAGCAAGGUGGUGUCCUGUGACUGACCCAGCUCUUUGUCUGAGCUGACAGCCAAACUGAACCACACAAUGGGCUAAACGAUGGGAUGAUGAGGCCACUCCCCUGGUGUCAUGUGUGCCUUUAGAUGAUAAACAUAGUCUGAUAGCCUUCUCAGCACAAUGGAGCCUUGUAUUAUUCUGCUCCAGGAGUUAGGGAAUUGGAUACAGGGAUCUCCUCAGUGGCUGCUGGCUGUGUGUGUGUGUGUGUGUGUGUGUGUGUGUGUGUGUGUGUGUGUGUGUGUGUGUGUGUGUGUGUGUGUGUGUGUGUGUGUCGUUGCGUUUGUGCAGAAAUUGGGGAAUUCUGAGUGUUAAUAGUAGAAGAGCAAUAACAAAGUGUUGUUCCUGCCCUUUAAGGUUACUGUGUUCUCUAUUCUGUAUAAAGGCUCCCUGUAGGCUUGAAAACUAUGGCUUCGGUUGCACAAAGAUCAUCUGGCUAAAUUUGAAUUUGUAAAUUUACGCAAAGCUCCAUGAUGAUGGCCACAACAACCUGCAGUGUGGUUCUCCUUUUUCCUGUCACUCCCUCUUUUUUUGAAUAUCAAAUGGGAUGUUUCCGUCUUGAUUCCUCUUCCCUGUUCAGCCGUCUUCACCGCUGAUGGGUUCUCAUCGAGCUGGAACGGCCGAUAUAUGCCCCUGGUUGUCGUUGUGGCAGUGACGUUUGAUGAUUGAUGAGAGCGUGGGAGAAAUAAAUGGGAGAGGUGGCAAGUUUAUCCCAUCCUCAGCUUGAUUCCCUUCAUUUUGGGACUGCGUGUCCGUAUUCAAUUACAGACAAGCUGCAUUUUCAUUAGGAUUUUCAUAAGCUCCCAUUUUUCUUUUCAGUCCCUCUCCAUGCACUGGGUUGAAGCACAAGGGGGAAAGACAGUGAAGGAUUAGAGGCGAGAAUGAAGCAGAAAAUAAAGGAUACGAUAGGCUCUUGGUUCAGACACAUACUGCACUACAGUUAUUUAGGUUUGCAUCUACUCCAGACUGGUUUUGGAGUGGACAGCCUUUCUUCCCCCUUUUUUCCCCCUGUUUGUUUAUCCUAAACUGCCCCCCCCCCACCCCCAGCUCCCCGGAAUGUUCUGUACAUAUUAUGUGGAAAAAAGAAAAAAGCGAGGGCACAGCUUCUUAGGGAUGCUAAAGUGAUUAGAAGAAAAGUGCUGCAAAAAGAGAGCAAGAGGGGAAGUAGCCUCUUAGCUUCCCAGUGUGUUAGUCCACAAUUUCACAGCGGGGUUUCCGUGCACACAGAAAACUACUGCCUUCAAUUAGGAGCCAAUGUUUGGCUGCUCAUUUACUGCUCACAGCAAGGAUCCAGCUCCGUUUUCGAUUUGCAUGAAGCUUGUCUGAUAUGUGUUGGAUAAAAGCCCAGCAGAGGCUGUGAGCGAGUGCUUCUCUCUCCUCUCAGAUGAGGGCAUCGGAAGCGGAGACUAGCUCGCCCUAUGCUUGUCUUUGAUGGUAAGCGGGGAAUGCCUGAUUUGCUUAAAUCCUCAGCUAGAAAACCUACUCAGCAAAUCACUAACUCAGUGUCAUCAAUGUCUGUUUGUAAGGUAAAGCUGGUGGACAAAUCAUUGCUGCAGAGCGAGGGUUGGAAAGAGGUCAUGGGAUGCUUCCAGGAGAAAGAAGCAUCUCCUGGAAGACAGACAGACAGUCAGUGGAGGGAGGUUGUACUCCAGUUUAGUCUUCCUCCUCAUGUUCAGUGGUGUGCCAAAACAAAACAACAACACGUGGGCUGGAGCUGUUGUACGCUUACCUACUCUCAGGCCUGAUCAAAGUGGCUUUAAGAUUCAAACUGCAUAUGUAGAGAGAUGGUGAUGAUGAAUUCAAAGACAACAUCUGACGUCAACAGUCAGAGACACAGCAGUCCCUUACAUAACUGUCUUUCAUUUAUAGACACACGCCUGCUGCUCAAGUAUGUUGGGCUUAAGAUUAUAUAAGAACAGGAAACUACUGGCUGCCCGGAUCUAAGAUGUGUGCUUAAAUGUGCUCGCGCUGAGAUCGGUGUAUGGAUAAUCGACUUAUCUCAGACUGUGUCUUCAGGGCAGGCAUUGUCUCUUUGUCCUUGAGCUGGAGCAGUGCUGCACUGCUGUGUAUAUGUAUGUGUGUGUGUGUGAGAGAGAGUGAGAUCACAUGUGCAUCCCUCUGCAUCUCUUUUAGCAUGGUAGCAGCCAGUGAGUUUGGGCCAUUCUCCACAUGACACAGACGAUCCAAACCCCUCUGUUCAUGGAUUACUGUUCUGCUGGGCCUGAAACAGACAGCUCAAAUACAUAAAGCAUAAACAGCGUUUUCAGCCCAAAUCCGCUGUAGAUGGUGCAUAAUGCUGAUAAUGAUUAGAAUAAGUGCUUGUCACUGAUACCUGAACAGUCGUUUUCUUUGAUGUGUUGUUUUGAUAGCUUGUGUUUAAAAAGUAAUUUUUUUUUCUCAGUUUUUUUUCUGGGUGGUGGUCUGGAAAACCUAAUUGUUUCUGCAUGCACAUUAGACCUUUAUUGUCAGUGGUACUGUUACUGCACACAAAUAUGGCACCAGAAUAUGUGAGCUUUGCACUUAAGUUUGUACGUAUGUGUAAAUGAAGGAGUAAAGGGUUUCAUGUAGGCAGGCAGAAAUAGUAAGACACAACGACACUGAUGUCAUCAACACCCACUCACCAGCCUUGAAUGCUUUGGAUCUAUUUUGCUCACAUAUCUGCCCCAAAGGACACCACAAGGACUUGAUAAUAGAGAGCUGGUGGUGGAGGUCAGUUUCAUGUCUGUUUGAAAUUCAGAGUUCAGACAUCAUUUUACCCUCCCAUGACCUGAAAUAUCAGCCAAUGCAGAGUACUGAUCUUGUAUCAGCUGAAAAAUACAAACCCUGCCUGACAACAACAAUGCCUCUGGUUGACUAUUUAAAUUUUUUUUGUUUGUUUGUUUGUUUUUUUGUAGGAGAUCUUCGUCAAAUUUUAUGAUGACAGACAGAGUCUCUUCAACAUACUCUGGUUCCCAAUCGUUCAGAACUACACCUCUUUAGCUGGUACCUUUCAUUCUUCUUUUGUCAUUAUAUACAACAAACAGCUCUCAGAUGGGCUGCCACUGUGCGUAACAGCCAGAAAAGGGCCUCACUUUUGUACAACAGGAGAUGGUGGAGAUGUGAGCUUUAUCCUUUCGUAGUCAACCAUACCCAAGUGACAACCUUUGGUCUGCUGAAGCUUAAGUGUCAGCUUGAGGCUGACUACAAAAGCACCAGAAGCCUCAUUAAUACCAUUUCUAAAGUGUCCAUCUUGACAGCAAUUAUGCACAUGAUAACAGCCUGGUACAUGAAUUGAUCUUGGGCUGAAUAUUUCAUUUCUCUAUCUGCACAUAGUUAGGGAGUCAAUUUGUGAUCAUACAUUAGUUUUGAAGAGAUUAAGGUUAUGAGCCUUACAUUAUUGAUCAAUGGGCAGACACACUGUAGCUGUUAGGGAGGAAGCUCCACCUCUUUGCGUCAUGGUAGGUCUGUUGAAAGUUAGACUGAGGCAGCAUUAGCAAUAUAGAUACCACAGUGGACAGGGUCUGCUUCAGAAACCAGUGGCUGAUGUUACUGAGACAACAUCCAUGUUUUGUGCAGUCUUUUAUCCCUGAAGGGAAUUUUAAUUGUCUAAUUUCUUUAAUUGCCCAGUUAUCACUGAGCUGUAGUCUUUUUGCUGAUGGGUCUAUGACGUGACGCCUCAAUAUUCUGUCCGUCUGUAUUUUCUUUAAGUUACAAAAAGUUUUUAAUGUAAAAAAAUAUACUAUCUAUGUGUCUUAUCUCUCUAAUAUAUGGAGCCACUUCAACUUUUCAAAAAUCAGGAAUUUUUUUGUAAUUUUUCUGAACUUCAAAGUGUCAAAAUAUCAUGUGGUGCGACCGUCCAGCCAUGACCUCUGUUUUGAAAACUUCUUUGAAAUUACUCUAGAUCUAUUACAAUGUAGUUUCUGCAAUAUUCUGUAUAAUUUUCAAAGUGUUUUUUAUUCCUGAACAAAAUUGCAAAGCUUUUGCAGUUAUAUUUUUUUCAUAAUAUACAAACGAAUUUUGUCAGAUCAUGUCCAUUUCAUUAAAUAUCAUGUGGUGCGACCAUCAAAAAAUGACAAUUUUUGACACUUUUAUGCUGAAAUUUACUCAAGGACAGGAUGUUGCAUCAUUCACCAUUUUGUCAUAGAGCUAUGGAAGCAGAAAGAGGGUUGGUGGCUCUCUCAUUUCUUUAAAAAAAAAAAAGACCUUUUCAACUGCUGUAAUGGUGUUGCCACUUUUGGAUAUCAUGUGGUAUGACCGAAAAAAAACCCCAACUAAUGUAAGUUAUUUCCACAAAUAUGUAUUUUAAUUAUAAAUUUCAUAGUGACCUUUUGUGGGUAGCUAGUGAGCUUUGUUUAUGUGACUAAUCCUGUAUCAGUAAAAUUUGACUGAACUUGAAAAUGUCAUGCGGUGCGACCAAUCAUCAUGUGGUGCGACCACUGCAGAUUGUUUUCCAUCGUAAAUAUAUGCCCUAGAUUGGCAGUAUUUAUGCUUUUUAUAUUCAAUUGACAAAUGAUAAACACUAAGUAUUUAAUUUUUAGUAUUAUUUUGAUUUUUUUUUGUUAUUUGAUGAGUCAAUUUGCUAAUAUAUCUGAAAUAAUGGUUAGUACAUCUCUGUACAAAAUAAGAAAAAAAAUAUUAAAAGCAUGCCAUUUCACUUAGGGUAUUUAUGCCGUUGUUAGCAAUUUAUUAACUUUCAUGUAUCAAUUUAAGUCAUUUUAAUUUAUUUUACCAGACACCACUGCCAAGCAAAGUUAAAAGCGUUCGCUAUAGGCAGCGUGUCAACUCUGACCCCGCAGCAUGUUGUUUAUGCCAGGGCUGGUCAAAGAUUGGGCCAAGAUUGUUGACAUCGUUGCACUGAUAGUGAGAGGAGCGCUUCGCCGAGAGCGUUAUAUUCAUGACCGUUCAAAUCCGUUUGAUUUACCUGAUGACGUUCUCUAUGAACGUUACAAGUUUUCCUCGGACGGCCUUAAUAUUCAGGUAGCAUGAAGUCGAAGCAAUGCACUAAUAUUUGCCAAGCUCCAGGUUCAAGUUUCAUGCGGCAUAUCAGUCAUCAUUCAGAAUUUAUUGAAGCAGAUUAGAAAACUCUUAACCUCAAAUGUGUCUGCAGAUGACAUGUGAGCAUCAGAUGAUGGAGAAAAAAGAAAAAAAGGCAGUGUGAGGAAAUCACUGUUUACGCGUUGAAAUAUGUACAAAUAAAAUCUUCCAGUAAACCUACUAACCACUUUGACAGAUGUUUUUAGAUUUAUUCUUAUUUGCUCCCACGUACUCUUUUCCCCACUGCUGUUGUAUCUGAAAUAAUGAGGUCAAUGAUGGUGGUGAUCACACACGCUGCAUGACAACAUAUUAGGGGGCCAUAAAUUUAUGAACGCACAAAUGUAAUUUACACAAUCGAUGAUUUUGUUGCCAGCAGUCCCUCCGGCUUUUAGCGGCUGUGGCUGUCCUGCUCCUCACUGUUAUAAUGUUGCGGUACUCCUCGUAUUUGCGUAAAAUAAUGCUCUGUUCCUCGGCUGUGAAGUAUGACGCGCAGCCUUCUCUAUUGUGGAGAUCGGUCCGGUGGCAUGACCCCGCCCCCUUUACGUGUGCGUGCACAGAUCUAGACUGGCCACAACUGAAUUUAGUUAGCGAGUUGAUAUCCUGCCUCGUAGUACAGCAAGGACCUUCGCUGUUACCUUCACGUUACGUUACAUUACGUUACUCGUGCUACUCGCUAGAUAGACCGUGUAUAAGCUUGAGUGUUACCUUUCAUGUUGAUUGAAGAGGGUCCGACAGGUUUUGAUGUGCUGGUUGAUGACUCAAAACAAGUCGAAAAUAAUGUUGUUUGUUGUGCUCACACAGCGAGUAGAAAUCGUUAGUGGCGCAUUGAUAUUAAUGAUCAUGUGAAAUUUCAGUAGCAGUGCAUGUAAUGCUGCUGAAUGAAUGUGGGGGGAAACACUGAAUAUAUAAAAGUAAAAACUGAUAAAUGUUGUGUAGCACUUGAUCAUACUUUUGCAUUGAAGAAAAGAGUGAAGAUGUCGGCUUCACUCACAGGCCUCUGCAUUAGUUUUCUGCCAUAGAGCCAGCCUUUGAUCCCUGGUCAAUUCAGCAGAAAGCUCAAUCAACCACACUUAGUAACUCCUGUUUCUUGCUCAGUCCUUCCACCAGAGCAUAAGCAGAGAGGUGCACUUCACAACUUUGUUGAGUCUCAGAUGACUGAUGUGCAGACUGAUGCACCUGUUUUGAUAAAGAACACAGACAUCUCUGGGGAAAGAAUCUGAAAUAGAAUCUGAACAAGGAGAAGGCGACUCAGUAAACCCCAUCCUGACUGUUAAGGUAGGAGGUAUACUUUUUUGAUCUGAACUAGAAGAUCUUAAAAGCGUUGGUAGGGUAUGGUUUUUGUUUUUGCAACUAGAGUUUAAGUCUUGGAACAAAUUUUUUUACUCUUAAAUGAACUGCAAAAAUGACAAACCUGGUUCAUUUGAAUUUGGUAACACAAUCUAGAAAUCAGCACAGCUGAAAAAAAUGCAGCUAUUGGCCCACUCCAGCACAUACACCAUGUUAAGCUUUGACAGCAACGCAACAUGAACCCUGUGAAUAGCAGCAGCUGAAAUGCAAAAGAAACCAGGCUGUCGUUUGACAGAAGAUAAACAGAGGAAGGACUUAAAGGCUACAAUGCACAAAACAAGUCUGUCUCACAAAUGUUAGUUUUUGUGUUUUUUGUGUGUGUUGGCUGGUUUAAUGCCAGAUCAGUGGUUGGAGUUAAAUGAGCUUGGCGUGAGCUGCCUGCAGGAAAACCUCGCCGCCAGCCAAACAGAAAAGCUGCAGCCCGCUUGGGUGCAUCCUGCAGUGUAGGAUAAGGUCAAAGGUCUGUGCACAAUUCAGCUUGGUUAUAUAAAUGUUUUUAGCCACUUGAGGCAAGAGCCUGUUCUGUGAAGCUGAGCCUCAGAAGACAUAUAGGUGCUGACAGACAGUCCGCUCUGCUGCUGCAGAGCCUCUGCUUUCUCUAUCACUCUUCUAUUAUUCUUUUCUAGCUCCUUAUGUCUAUUCUCCGUCUCCUUCUUUGUGUACUUUACUCACUAUCUCUUUCUAACAUGUCUCUCUCUCUCUCUUUCUCUCUCUCUCUCUCUUUCUCUCUCUUUCUCUUUCUCUCUCUCUCUGAUGGCCUUCUUUACAUAAGCAGCACAGUCAGUGCUGACAUCCUGUAAUGAGGCUAAUGAUGACUGCCAGUCCUGUGGUUGACAUUAUGUCUGAGCCAGGCAUCAGCAGUGUCUGGGGCUCGACCAGAGUUUUUUUGGGACUGCAGUGAGUUCAAACAAAGGUAACAUUGCAGUGGAAUAGAGCAAACAGAAGGAGAGGGGCAGUAGCUCACUCGGCCAGAUGUUGCCUCAAGGUUCAAAUAAAAUUUUCCAAAUGCAGCAUGGUUAAAAAGACUCAGAAAGUCUUUGCAGUUUCACUUCUUCGCCUUUUUUUUUUCAUUUUGGUUGACUUAUAGAAUCAUUUAGGAAGGACUGAAGAUUUGUUGUUGAUAUAUUUCCAUUAGUUAUCUUAUUCUAGAACAGUGUCUACUCUCACCUGUCUCACACUUACUUGUUUUUCCUGUGCACUCCUCAGCCACAGGUUUGUCACGAUGCAUCUGUGGUAAUCAUCAGAACUCAGCCUGCAUGUUUAUAUGACAUUGUGCCUUUUAGAGUGUCAGUGGUGUUGUGCUAUUCAACACCAGUUUAUAUUCCUCUCUUACUGGCUCCUAUUAUUCCCAAGUGGUCUUCUCAUUGAAGGCAAAACACCAAAAUACAAAAAAGAGAGGGAGAUUUCAACCACAGUAACAAAUAGAUUAGGUUGCAUUUUUGAGAUCAGUAGUUGAAAGGACUCCAAGUUAACUCAGUCACUCUUUUUAAGUCAUGUCAUUGGACAUGGAAGAAUUCAGGAGAAAAAAAACUUUGCAGGCUGGGAAUUUAACCAACCAAUAACCAGAAUUACCCUGCUUGUGAGAACUUUGUCAGGAAGCAAAUCAUCUGCGGAGGUCUACUGUUUUACAAACAUUUCAUUUAAAAGUGAGGAUAGACCGAUUUUAAAUGAAAUCUAUGUUUUUUGAAUGUGUACACAUAUAUAUGUAUAUAUAUGUGUGUGUGUGUAUGUAUAUAUGUAUGUAUAUAUAUGUAUAUAGAUGUAUAUGUAUAUAUGUGUAUAUAUGUAUGUAUAUGCAUAUAUAUAUGUGUGUAUAUAUAUGUAUGUAUAUGUAUAUAUGUGUAUAUAUGUAUAUAUAUGCAUAUAUAUAUGUGUGUAUAUAUGUAUGUAUAUGUAUAUAUAUAUGUGUAUAUGUGUAUAUGUUUGUAUAUGUAUAUAAAUGUAUAUAAGUGUAUAUUCAUGUAUAUAUAUAUGUAUGUAUAUAUAUGGGUAUAUUCAUGUAUAUAUAUAUAUGUAUAUAUAUGUGUAUAUUCAUGUAUAUACACUCACCGGCCACUUUAUUAGGUACACCUGUCCAACUGCUCGUUAACACUUAAUUUCUAAUCAGCCAAUCACAUGGCGGCAACUUAGUGCAUUUAGGCAUGUAGACAUGGUCAAGACAAUCUCCUGCAGUUCAAACCGAGCAUCAGUAUGGGGAAGAAAGGUGAUUUGAGUGACUUUGAACGUGGCAUGGUUGUUGGUGCCAGAAGGGCUGGUCUGAGUAUUUCAGAAACUGCUGAUCUACUGGGAUUUUCACGCACAACCAUCUCUAGGGUUUACAGAGAAUGGUCCGGAAAAGAAAAAAUAUCCAGUGAGCGGCAGUUCUGUGGGCGGAAAUGCCUUGUUGAUGCCAGAGGUCAGAGGAGAAUGGCCAGACUGGUUCGAGCUGAUAGAAAGGCAACAGUGACUCAAAUAACCACCCGUUACAACCAAGGUAGGCAGAAGAGCAUCUCUGAACGCACAGUACGUCGAACUUUGAGGCAGAUGGGCUACGGCAGCAGAAGACCACACCGGGUGCCACUCCUUUCAGCUAAGAACAGGAAACUGAGGCUACAAUUUGCACAAGCUCAUCGAAAUUGGACAAUAGAAGAUUGGAAAAACGUUGCCUGGUCUGAUGAGUCUCGAUUUCUGCUGCGACAUUCGGAUGGUAGGGUCAGAAUUUGGCGUCAACAACAUGAAAGCAUGGAUCCAUCCUGCCUUGUAUCAACGGUUCAGGCUGGUGGUGGUGGUGUCAUGGUGUGGGGAAUAUUUUCUUGGCACUCUUUGGGCCCCUUGGUACCAAUUGAGCAUCGUUGCAACGCCACAGCCUACCUGAGUAUUGUUGCUGACCAUGUCCAUCCCUUUAUGACCACAAUGUACCCAACUUCUGAUGGCUACUUUCAGCAGGAUAAUGCGCCAUGUCAUAAAGCUGGAAUCAUCUCAGACUGGUUUCUUGAACAUGACAAUGAGUUCACUGUACUCAAAUGGCCUCCACAGUCACCAGAUCUCAAUCCAAUAGAGCAUCUUUGGGAUGUGGUGGAACGGGAGAUUCGCAUCAUGGAUGUGCAGCCGACAAAUCUGCGGCAACUGUGUGAUGCCAUCAUGUCAAUAUGGACCAAGCUCUCUGAGGAAUGCUUCCAGCACCUUGUUGAAUCUAUGCCACGAAGAAUUGAGGCAGUUCUGAAGGCAAAAGGGGGUCCAACCCGUUACUAGCAUGGUGUACCUAAUAAAGUGGCCGGUGAGUGUAUGAAUGUAUAUAUAUGUGUAUAUAUGUAUAUAUGUAUAAAUGUGUGUAUAUAUGUGUAUGUAUAUGUGUGUAUAUGUGUGUGUGUAUAUAUAUGUGUGUAUAUAUAUGUAUGUGUAUAUGUGUGUAUAUAUAUGUAUAUAUAUAUACAGGGUUUUUCCUGCGUUCAAAAUUGCGUGGCGGCCGCCUCCACCUAAUUUUGUGCCGCCCCCAGCCAGAGCGAUUGAUUUCGCUCAACACAGCGUAAAGCUCCAGCUGUGUUGAUUGAGCGAUUGAUGUCCCGAUGCAGCAGCAACGUAUUUUAACUGCAGUUGCAGGGUUGCGCCACUAUAGAGGCGCUAUAUCAACAGCAGUGCACCGGAAAGACCUGAAGCAUCUACCGAAGAAGAAACGGAUCGAAUCAUGCUUUUUCAAGUUUUUUUCCCGCUAGUUGGUGCUGUCGGCGUCCUGAUUUUCCCUGGCGGAUGGUACAAACAGGUAAAUACUGCUUCUCUUUUUGGCAUCCAAGCAUGUCGUGUUUAUUUAAAAAAAAAAAAAGUUUACUCCGUUUUUAGCGUUGCAGUUAUGACAGGCAAAAUCAGCCAGUACUUUAAAAAGCGACCUCGCGAGGAGGAAAGUCAAGAGUCCAGGUGAAACACAGCAGAGAAAAAACGUAACAGACAGUUAAAAUGCUAUAAUUCAUGUUGGUGACAACGUGGAAAUUUGUGUCAGGUCUAAAAGUACUCCACAAGGGACUGGUGAUCGCGAGGGUCAGAAUGCAGGACAGGACGAGUCGGCGAGGCGAGGGUAAUUAAUUAAUUAGUUUCCAAUUAGGAGCAUAACAACGCAAAGCCGACGUGUACGUGGUUUUUAUUCCUCUUUCCAGAUCUUCUCAAAAACACAGAGCCAGUGGCUUUGACAAGCAAUGGCUCAAUCAAUUUACCUGGCUCAGGCAUACUGAGGAAGGCAUGCACUGCUAUUUAUGCCAAAAGCACUGUGCCCCAACACAGCAGGUAAUUGCUGCCUCCUUAGUGAGACAGCCAUCAACCAACUACAGGCUGGACACAUUAAAAAGACAUGAGGUGACAGCCAUUCACAAAGCAGCAGAAGAGAAGGAGAAAUAUAUUAAAGAUGGUUGUACCUAAAAAAACUCAACUAAUAAAGUUACAAAAAAAAACAAAACAUAGUUUAGAUAGUUUAAGAAAUAAUUGGUUGUCGUUUUUUUUUUUAGGGAGGACACUCCAGCGUAUACAUAUAUAUAAUAUAUGAUUGAAAACACUAUCACUCUUCAUGUCUGUAUCAGAAUAAAAACAAAAAUACUUAAUGCAUGAUGAAUUGUUUUGUUUAAGGUGAAGACACCUCUGUGGAACAGACUGAAGGAGAGGCACUUGGAUGUCUGUUGUAAGGUGGCCGUUGAUGGACCAGACCAGGAGGCCUUGGACUACAAGGGGUGCAUGAGGAGGUUCUACAGAAUGAAAAAGAGGAGGCUGAAAUGUUCUGUCUGGUUGCGAGAUGUGUGGAUGAAGUGUACUUUCAAUUUAAAGUUGCCAGCUGAUUUGUGUAUGUAUAUAGUUUUAAUAAAUUAAUGCUUUAACAUAAUAAUGGUCACACUCUUUUUUGAACUCUUAACUUAAAGUAUGUUGCCUGUAAAAGAAAGUGAAUCGGUUGAAUUUACAAAUACAUGCACGUCGUGGCGCAUGGUCAGGAUGGUGCCACCUCUGCCUCAAUUUGAGCCAGGAAAAACCCUGUAUAUAUGUGUGCGUGUAUAUAUAUAUAUAUGUAUAUGUAUAUGUGUUGAAGUUUGUUGAGGGUGGUGGAGGGGAGACUGUAGAAGAGGCUAUUGCAGUAGUCCAGUCUGGUGGUGAUGAAAGUGUGUAUUAAGGUUUCGGCAGCAGAUGGGGAGAGAAAGGGGCGGAGUCUUGCAAUGUUUUUCAAGUGAAGGAAAGCGGAGCAGGCAAGUUGAAGGAUAUGGUGGUCAAAAGUGAGGUUGGGGUCGAGAUGGAUACCUAGGUUGCGGACGAGUGAAGAGGGGGUGAUAUGGGAUUGGUCAACGUGGAUGGAGAUGUCCAUGGACAUGGUUUUCGGGCCGAUGAUUAUGAGGUCUGAUUUGUCACUGUUGAGUCUGAGGAAAUUGUGGUGCAUCCAAGUUUUUAUUGCGUUGAGGCAGGAGGUGACGGUGACGGUGGCAAGGGUGGUGGAGAUGGAGCGGGAGGAGAUGUAUAGCUGUAUGUCGUCGGCGUAGCAGUGGAAGUUGAGUCCAUGUUGCCGGAUGAUGUUGCCAAGGGGGAGUAGGUAGAGGGUGAAGAGUGGGGGACCAACCACCGAUCCCUGGGGGACACCUUGGGGGAGUGGGGAGUGGGGCGGUGGAGGAGGAGCACAGGUUGAUAUGGAUGAAUUGUUGACGGUUGGAGAGGUAAGAUGAGAUCCAUGAGAGUGCGGUGCCGGUGAUGUGGAGGUCGGUUGAUAGACGGUUGAGGAGGAUGGAGUGGUUGAUUGUGUUGAAAGCGGCAGACAGAUCCAGGAGGAGGAGGAUGGUCAGUUGGUUAGAGUCAGAGGCAAGCAGGAGGUCAUUUGUGAGGGAGUGGUAGAUGGAAUUGACUUUAUCUUGGAAGUAUUUGAGGAAGGUGUUGCAUUUGCUGGUGGUGAAUAAUGAGGAGAUAUGAUCCUGGGGUUUGAGCAGACGGUUGACUGUGGAGAAUAGGUAUCUGGGAUUUCUGGAGUUUUUACAUCAUAAUUGUGUUUGUUUAUUUGUAUGUAUCAGAACACAGACAAAGAAAGACAAAAGUCGCUGAGGAUCGGUAAAGUCUCCGGAGCAGUUAAGAACAAUGGAAUGAAUAACUUGGAAAAUGCUUUGGUAGAUGUUUUAUUCUUCAAGAUCGCUGAUUCGCUUGUUUAGCUGUCAAUCAAAAAAGGAUUUCGCCUCAGACAGCUCAUCCAAUCAUGGAUGCAGAGGCUCGGAGUCCGGGAGAAAGUCGGGACCGCCCUCUCGCCAUAGAACUCCAGAGAAGCUGAGCGUCCGAUGGGCGGGACAAAGCCCAGCAUUUAUCCAAUGAGCGUCUAGUUUCGCUGCUGGAACAACCCACUUUGAGCUUCCACAUUGAAGUCAGCAGAAGCUGGGCGUCCUGCUGUUUAAAGCGCUGAGGUGCUGCGAGGAUGAAUGAGAACGAAGUUGUGCAGAAUCAGCUUCUUAUCACACUGUGAUAAGAAGCUGAUUCUGAACAAAAGAUGAAGGCUUUCUAGCACGUAUUUAGUUAAUGAAAUGUACACACAGCAGUACGUAUUUCACCACUUUGUCUUUUUUUUGGGGGGGUGACAUUUUAAGGGAAGCUGAGCUUCCCUUGCAGUCUUAGAGCAAUCGCCACUGAUAUGUAUGUAUGUAUGUAUGUAUAUAUAUUUGUGUGUGUGUGUGUGUGUAUAUAUGUGUGUGUGUGUGUGUGUGUGUGUGUAUAUAUAUAUAUAUAUGUAUAGUAAAGAAGGCAGUAUGUUUUCAAGCCCUUUACUGAUGUCAGAAACUGAUUAAAAGUUUCAUGAAGUCUGAAGUCUGGACCUUUAGUUGAAUUUAGGCUUAAGCUGCUGGAGAGUUCUGAAGCAUUUAAUGUGUCGCAGUUAAGUCAAGCAAAGAGGCAAAUUCAGUAUCUAUCUGAUCUAUAUCCAAAGCUGUUUCAGUACUUGGGAGAUGAAGGGCUCUCCUGUCUGGAAACAGUAAGAGAUGGACUAUGAGCAAGCUGAGUAGGUGUUUAUCUAAUUGUAGCAGCACUGAGAGGGCUCUCAGUUGCAGAGCAGUGCAACAGUAACUGGGACUGACAGAGCCAUGGUGACUCAGAUUGCCACACACACACACACACACACACACACACACACACACACACACACACACACACACACACACACACCAAUGCGAGGGCUGUAGCAAUGAGAGGGACAACAGAUCCGCUAAAGUCUGACUGACCAGGAUAGAUAACAAGGAAUGGUGUGGGAGAAGUGAUAACAAGUGCUGCAGAUUCUGUCUCUCUCUUAUGCUCACACGCCACUUAAUACUGCAGAGAAGGCUUGGGGGCUUGAAAUAUGCCCACUGAUAAGAGGAAAAAUAAAAGAGGCAAACAAGAAUAGAGAAUAGAAAAGCGGGAGGCUUUGUACCGGCUGGAAGAAUUGGAUUUGCUUCUUUUUUUAAGACGUGUCGAUUGGAGACCAGCAGAGAGUCACACAAUGCCCGCUGACAGCCAAACACAAGGCAGAGAGAGGGGACUGAGAUGUGCUUUUGUCCCCGUCCUCUCAGUGCCAUCGUCAUCCUUAUCACCUUCGACAGUGACAAGACACCACGUCGGGUUUGAUGUAAUGAUCAAAUCUAUACAGCCUGGCUAAAUAUGAGUGUGUGUUUGUUAGUCGUGUGGAUGUUUUGUCCUGCAUGUGAUUAUCUUGAUUUACAGCCACUGUAUUUUUCCUCUCUAAAUUUACCAAAUUGAAUCAUGCACUUUUAAGUAACAGUCUGCCUCAUUCUCAAAAUCUCAUCUCACUCCUUAGAAAAUGUUCCUGGCAGGCACUGUGAAUCAGCGUCUUUAUCAUGGUUCAAUAUAAUGGUGGAGUAAGUGGAUGGCGGAGGCUUUAAUUGAGUCAAUCUUCCACAGUGCCGUUAAUACCAGACUGUUAGACUACAUUUUUCUUCUUGAGCCCCCUCCUCUCCAUCCAGAUUCAUCCUUUCCUCCUACCCUGCCUCUCACUCCAUUUGUAUGCAGAAAAUGUUCCCCCACCAUUUUGCCUAGCAGUGGCAUUUUUAUUAAGCAUAGCUGUCAGGUCCAUGUGUGGGUGCAGUGUGGGGGUGCUGAGAUGUCACAAGACACAGGUCACAUGAUGCCUGCAAACUGACCUUUUGACCCCUUGCUAGAUAGCAGUUUCUAAAAGUGAAAAAAGGCCCUGAGGACCGCUGCCUGCUCUCCAGCCAUUGAGGCACCACCUAACAGGCUUGGGCCUUUUUUAGGAUGAAAACUGUCCCAUCCGAAACAGCAAAGUCUUUUCUGUCUUAGAAAACGUGUGGGAACAAUAUAGUGAAAACAGUCUGUGCCCUGAAGUACGCAUGCCAGGCCAGUAGUUGGCAGUAUUAUUUUGUUGUUGCUUUCCUACUUUAACACUGCUAUCUGACUGGGAAGCUAAUGUGCAUGUGUGAAUGGAUUUCUGAUGUCAUUGUUUUCAGAGGAUCCCAUUGUCACUAGUUUAACUGGUGACAGAUAAGUUGGCUUUUUUAAAAGAUUACACUCUGGAACCUGGUUUGAUAAGUUUGGGUUUGCAGCCACCUAAAACACUGUGUCCAUGGAAAGAAAUGAAAAAAAUGCCAGAAUAGCUCACAGUUUUCUACGAUAUAGGUUUUUGCAUAUAAAGUCUCUGUGUGUACAAUGGACUGUAUAAAAAGAAGGAUGACAUGCCUGCUCCCCCAAAGCAAAGACAUAUUUUGAGCCAUCCUACUGAAUGGCUUCAUUAUAGGACAAAGAGCCCAUUUCGUUCAUGUCAACAGAUGGGUUUGAGGUCAAACUUAAACAUUCAUCUUCUCCUCAAAGAAGUUAUAUUUUAGCGUGGUAUCUGUCAUCAUUCCUUUCAUGCUGACUACUUGAUUAAAGGGUUAUUUUUCGGAGUUUAGAGUUAAUUUGUAAUUUGAUGCUAAAAAAGGACUAAAAAAGCCCUUUGAUUCCUAUUUCUGUCUUCAAUUGCGACCCCUGCAGCACCGUGUGAGUUAUUGAACUUUCCAUAACUGUGCGCAUUAGCAUUGCAUUCAGUUUACCUGUUGCGCUGUGGACUGAGUCGGCCUGAGGGUUCACAACAUAGACUGUAUAUAGAAUGGACAGCGGCUGCCUCCUCGCUGGGUGAAGCCACUCCGAGAACAGCACCCUCUGUUGACGGGCUGCAGUAUAGGUAAUAAAUCUCGCCUCCGCCAGCAAAGCUUAUGAGGCUGUGGACAAACUUUAGAAAUUUAUUACACAGAACAUAAUUUUUUCUCCCCCGUGCUUGCAGUGUUGACGUGUAAUUACAGUAAGACUGGUUUGUGCUCAAGUCCUCUUUUUUCUGUGAAGCUCUGUUUUUGAAAGUUAUUAGAGGGUUCAUGUUUUCUAUGAUUGACACUUGACACAGCCUAUUUGGCGUUUAGGGAUUGCAUAGCCCACCUGGGGGAUAUGCUGUUUGAGCCAAGCGUCAUCACAGCAACUCUCAGCGACUCUCCCGCCGAUUGCGUACAACGCUACUGCACAAUGCUGAUUUCAGGAAAUGAAGAAAAAUCGUGGAAAUACCGAGAGCUUUUUGGCUUCAAAUCCGUAUACAGGCGGGAGGCGGAACAAAGUUGUCCAUAGUAUAUACAGUCCAUGGUUCACACAUUAAAAGGCUAUAGUAUAAAAAGUAAACCUUGUUGAGAACUUGUUGGAGUGUACAUUAAACAUAAAUCAUCACACAGUUGUAACAAUUAGGCUCGGUCAAACCCCAAUUUUGUGUUGUUUUAGUCCUCAGUCCUGCUGUCUGACACCCACUGGCAUCGCCUUCUCACCCAGCAAGGGCACCUUCACUGACUUCACUAACCAUAACCACACUGGUCUGCCAGCACUUUGUUCCCAGAACCGUAUUUCGUGCGCAGACACAGGCUGUGACAUCGCACACAAACUCUAGGGACAGCCUAUGAGAGGUUUGCACAGCUGCCCUGGGCACUGUCUGAUCCAUCCAAUUUAUCCUACAAAUCCUCCUCGCUUUUCCCUCUUGUCUGUCUUCCUCACAUAUUCAACCUCCAGCUGCUGCUGCCAAGUUCCUCUCAGAUGACUGAAUGGCUGUGAGUGGGCUGUUUAAUCUGUAUAUGGGGUGCAGUUACUCAAGCAACUCCAUCAGCAGCAUUAAACAUGGUGGCAAUGACUGCCACGUCCUAUUAUAGAUUUUGGUUUGAUAGUUUUGGCAUGAGGAAACGUGUCUCAGAUUAAUUUUAAUGUACGAUUUGAGCAUUAGGGAUUCUUCCUCUUGUAAAUAUUGAUGAUAGGAUAGAAUGGUGUUGUAAUUUUGAUGUUUACAAGUCUGCCACUGCUCUUGGUAGAGUCUAGAAGAAACGUCAGAAGGUUGUUUUUUGUAAUACUCAAGUUUUGAUUCACAUGUCCACUCAUGGUGUGUGAUCUCUUUGUAUGGAUAAUGAUGUCUUGUUUUGGCUGGGCAUAUUAGUUUAAGCAUAAAACAGUAAUAAAGUCAUAUCUAUAAUCAUUCAUUCACUUUGUAGCAAAAUAGUCUUGAUUUGAUGUUAUGCUUUCAAAGCUUGACAGUAGAGAGUUUGAUCCUUUUAAGGGACAGAUUUGAUGGCAUUUAAACUUUUUUGACCUUUUUCAAUUGAUAUUUUUUCUUAGCUUCUGAGCAUUGACUGUUACUAUGGACACUGUGCCUCCAUCUCCUCCUGUUGUAAAAAGUAAAGCCAAAGUACCACUUCAGUGUCCAUGCUGAUUGGCUAUCGUGGCAUGAAUAAUUAGCUUGAGAUCUGAUUUCUCGACUCUUGUGAAUAAUUGAAUCAUGCAAGUUGCAAGUAGCACACUGAAUUGAUACGGCAGCCAGUCACUUGAGCUCAGAGCUCUGACUUAAAUCUGAGUUGUAGGGGUGUCCUGAUCUGAUGUUGUUAUAGGAUAUCAGUCCGAUAUCAGCAAAAAAAAACAAAAAAACAGAAUAUUGGAUUAAAUUGGCCUGCAUCUAAAAUCUCCAAUGUCAGCACUCCAACACAAGCAGUCCAACACAAGCAGUCCAUUCCAGACUCCAAUCCAGCACCUCUAUCUAGAAGUGCCCAGAUCUAGCAUGCAGAGCCCAUGUAAUCACAACAACAGUGUGUACUAAGGUACUAACAAAGUAGUAAGGAGUAGGAAUGAUGUUGGCUGUGUGGCAGUAUUCUUUGUUGAAGCCCGAAAAAGACUUUGAAGCUGAGAGCAAAACUUGUCAUGCAAAAGUUUGUGCCAAUAUCAGAUCAAUGUCUGUAUCAGCCAAUACUGAAGGCUACAAAAUCGGUAUUGUAUCAGAAGUAAAGAAGUUGUAUUGGGACACCCCUACGAAGUAACUGUUGUCCUUUUUCUUGUUUUAUGUAGCCUGUGGUUGAGACUCAAGCCCCUUCUACAUUGCCAGUCCAAGGACUUUUACAUCGUUUUAACAUCUCACCUUCAGUAUAAAUCUAACUGAGGUGUAAUGCAUGACAAAGCUGACGUACACAUAAGCAAGCUUCAUAUGCAGCAACAGUGUCGUAAGAAGAAAAGAUGGGGUCAAUGAAGGCCUGGAUGAUUUGGCAAAAAAAAAAAGAUCACGAUAUAUUUUGUCAUAUCGUCCGAUCUCGAUUAUUAUCACAAUUUUUUUUUUUACUGCCAGUUUUAAAGUAUCUGUACUAAAAACAAAAAAAAACCUAGAGAUUAGUUCAGCAUUUUAUUAACAUACAAAGUAAAUAACAGAGCAAAUUGAAUAAGAUUCGUGUAGAAAAAUAUUUAAAAAACAUUUUAACUCAAAUGUAGUUAAAUACUAAGUAAAACAGAGAACUAGUUUACAGUCCUGAGUGUUUUUGCAGGUACGCAAGACCCAAAAUAAACAAAUCGCCCCCUCAGGGAUAAUGAAGAUGCUUUAAAAUGGAAACAUUAGGUGAUGUUAACGUACAGUUGAGGCCAAAAUUAUCAGCCCCCCUCUGAAUUUUUGAGUUUUUCUCCAAAAUUUCCGAAGUGCUGUUUAACAGAUUAAUGAAUUUUUUACACAGCUUUUUCAAACAUCCUAGUUUUAUUUUGGAUCCUAACAUUAUUUUACUUUGCACAAAGAAACAAAAUUAUUUCACAAAAAAACAAAAAUUACCAGGGUCAAAAAUAUUAGCCCCCCUGAGGCUGAUAGUCAAUUGUGUGUCCUUUUUGCUGGAUAACAGCAUGCAGUCGGUUGCUGUAGUUUGUAACAAGGCUCUGGCACAUCUCCUGAGGAAUCCCAGUCCAUUCCUCUUUGGUGAAUCUUUCAAGUUCCUCCAGAUCUGAUGGUCUGCUAGCAUGAACCCUGGUCUUCAGUGCAACCCACAGAUUUUCAAUGGGAUUUAAGUCAGGGCUUUGUGCAGGCCAGUCAAUAACGUUCACUUUGGUUUCCUGGAGGCAGCUCCUCACCAGGGGCCUCAUGUAUCAACACUUGCGUGGGACUCAUAACAGAAACGAGCGCACGCAAGGUCCGUCACGCUGAAAAAAAUCCGUAUGUAUCAAGGUGUGCGGGCGCCGAAAGCAACGUGUGUUUCCUUGAUAAAUCCCAAUCAGCUUGGAAUUGAGCGCAGAUGUCGGAGUGACUGGGCCCGCCCCCGUUACGCCCUCCUAUAAAUAUGCAGCUUUAUUUAAAUAGGGUCUCCCUGUCCUCGCACGCAGACAAAAUGACAAGAAAAACAAUUUACGGCGUGCGAGGUGGAGGUGCUGGUGGCGGAGGUGGAGGAGCGACAGCGUGUUUUGUUUGGCAGCCUGUCCAGUGGCGUCAGUGCAAAACGAAAACGCUUGGAGUGGGAGAAAGUUUGCAAGAGGGUGAACGCGAUGGGUUCCGAGACACGCACCCCCGCGGAGAUGAAAAAAAAGUGGUCGGACCUCAAGAUGGAGGUCAAGAGGCGUACAGCUGCCCUCCGGAGGAGUACCGGCCAGACAGGUGGGGGUCCGGGCGAGGAGACCCUCACACCGUUUGAGCAGCGGGUGGUGGCGAUUAUUAUUAUAGGGUAAGUGGCGUGUCACACAAAUGUCCACAUGCUUUGCCAUCCCACUGAGCAAAAGACGUAUAUUAGACGUCUAGUCUAAGUUUAUACUUCAUUUCAACGUCGGGAUUCAGUCUAUUUUUAGACGUGACUUAUACUUCGCCCUUAACUUCAUUUUUCGAUAACUUUUUAUGCAAUAAACAACUGUAAUGUGCAUAACUGACCUCUAAAUACUGGAUUACAUUACCUAUGAUACCGUGGAGAGAGAUGUAAACGCAACAGAUACACAGAAGCAGGAAUUGAAAUGAACCAAUAUUUUUAUUGUGUCACAGAAAUCAAUGUGUCGGCCGUGUCGCCGGCUUGCGGAACCCCGGCCCGUGGCAGCCCGUUCGCCGGCUCGGAGUCGUCGGCCAGGACCAGUGGCAUUCGGGCCACCCCGGCCCCCGGCCCCAGCACCAGCAUCAGCACCAGCGCGCCGACAAGCGGUGGAGCGUCCACCAGCCGCGGCGCUUCCGCUGGACCACCUGGACGCAGUGGAAGGGUCCUCACGGAGGCGGUCCUGCAAUCACAGGAAGAAAUCACCAGGGGGAUCGCGGGGAUCAACGAGCGGCUGGACCGGCUCGUAAAUGUCCUCGAGCGUCUGGUGGAGAAAAUAAAUUAAUUUGGCUCAUUGAACUGUGUAUUCACUUCUUACCCAUUCACACUGUGGCGAUGAGAUUCUCCCGCGCGAGGACGGCGGCCCGGCAGGGAUCAGCUCGCACCCCUCCGUCUGCUGCUGGUUCGUCAUGUGGGGCGACGUGCUGCUUGGCCACGGGGAUGUGGUGCACGCUUGUCACAUAGUGAGUCACCAAACACCGCCACACAGCGUCGCCAAAGUGCCGUCAACGCAAGUAUCGGCUCAACGCCAAUUCUACACCACCUCCUCACUUUGCGUUGAUUAGCGCUGGAACCGACGCUCGUGUCGCGAUGAUAAAUCCGGACGUGUGCGCCGAUCUUGGCGGACGCAAGGUUUUCUGGCGCCGCCAGCGUUGAUACAUGAGGCCCCAGGAGCGCUGUAUGUUUUGGGUCGUCGUCAUGUUGGAAGACAAAGUGACGACCCAGACCCAGUUUUGCUGCUGACUCCUUCAGGUUUCCUUUAAAAAUCUUCACAUAUCCUUCUUUCUUCAUUAUUCCUUCAACCUUGACAAGAUUCACAGAUCCAGAUGCACUGAAACAUCCCCACAGCAUGAUGCUCCAACCGCCGUGUUUAACUGUAGGGACAGUGUUCUUGAGGUUAUACGCCUCUCCCUUCUUUCUGCAAACAUAAGCAAUGUCUCUGUGACUGAAGAGCUCUAGUUUGGUCUCAUCUGACCAAAGAACACAUCUCCAGUUUGAACAGUCUUUCUCCAGAUUGUCUUUAGCAUACCUCAGUCUGAUUUGAAGGUUUCUCUUUUGUAGAAGUGGAGUUUUUCUUGGCCUGCAUCCUCGCAGUCCAUUUCUGUUCAGGGCUCUAGAGACUGUCUUGUUUGACACCACAAUUUCUGACUUGGCUAAGUCACCAACUUCUGUUUUGGUGGUUGUUCUAGGUUGUUUAGACACAUCUCCCACCAGUUUUCUUUCCAGUUUCUUUGAAAUUUUUCGCUUCCUACUAGAGCAUGACACAGGAGCAGAUUUUCACUCCUGUCUCGUCCCACUCCCAGAGAAAAAAUCCCGCCCCGUCCCAAUCCCGGACUGGAGUAAAAAAAUUAAUCCUGUCCUGUCCCACUCCUGUAGAAUGACUCCCACUCCCAUCCUGCUCCCACUCAAAAUUACUCCCACUCCUGUCCCGCUCCUGUUUGAAUAAAACCAAACAUGUUGAAAAAAACGUUGCAUUUUUUAUUUUAGGUAAAAGCGUUGCCUUUAAGUUUCACAUGCCUGACAUUCGGUCGGUGUAAACAAAGUGCAUAUGCAUACAGUGGCGGUUCUAGACUAAAUUACUCCCCGGGCGAGACCCUCUCCAAGCCGUCUGAGCUGCGCCUCUGAAAUCCUGAGGGCCUUUUUGAGAAGGGCCCCCAGAUCCUGAGGUUUUCUUAACUGUUGAGGUUUACAAAAAAGCUGAUAUCUCAGCCUCUGCCGCAGAUAGAAACAGAAUUCAAAAAGUUUUUGAGAGCUUACAGGUGUGGCUUUCAAGAAAGCUAUCCAUCAUCACAUCUUCAACACAAUUUUGAAAACAUUGAAGAAACAAACUUAAAUGAAUUAAAGCGGCUGUAUAAAUAAAAGUAAAGACUCUGCACUGGAGAAUAAUAAACUAUUUGCUUUCUGUAAAACAAGUGGCAGUCAUGAUAAAGUGUCCAUUCAACACAAAUGUAAAUAUAAAGAAUAAAGUGUUGAAGGGUAUGCAGCUGCCCUAGUAUAGUGCCAGUACAAGACCAGCGCUUAAAACUAGAAAAAUGAAUAAAUGAAUACGUGGUUGACAGUGUAUUCAUCUCUGUGCUCACCCAAAGUCAUGCAACACUCACAGAAAACACUGAUCGUGUGAGCCAAAGCACUCCAUAUGAAGAGGUUGUUCACACUGCUGGAUGUUUUUCCUCCAAAGCUACUCUCUGCCUCCUUCGUUGUUUACUUUACUCAUGAAGCACGUAGCAAGAUCUGAGCAUGAAUCCGAGCGCUAUAUUCGCCUAUCAGAGGCAGACGUGUAUGAUGUUUUGAUUCGCCACGACUCCAGAAAUGAUUAAAAAACUACAGAAUGUCACAAAAUGACAUAUCCGCGCUCCUGGCUUGAAGGGUAGAAAUGCGCAGCCGCACUCCCGGCUGACAGGAAGUCAAACCACUGUUGUAGUUCUUUUGUGUUGCUAGCGUGGUCAAGAGUGUUGGCUCUCACUGAGAGAUAACUACAAAAAUAGACGCAUCUGUUCAUCUGGUUGUUUAACACGGCUGAAAAUGAUCAUCGAUUAAUGUUGUUCCCGCUCCUGCCCGCUCCCGUUGCUUUUUUCCCCCCGUCCCGUCCUGAUCACGGGAUUAAUUAAAAAAUGACUCCCAUCCCAUGGGAUUCCCGCGGGAAUCAUGUGACCCAUGGGAAUUCCCGAAACAUGUCAUCCUCUACUUCCUACCUCUCCCAGACUUGUUCUGUGCUGUGUGACUCUCCUUGAAUUUCUUGAUGAUACUUCUCACUCCACCUCCUGAUACUUGGAAACGCUGUGAUACAUUUUUAUAUCCUUCUCCUGCUUUGUGAGCAUCAACAAUUCUUUUUCUCAAGUCUAAACUGAAUUCUUUUGUAUUUGUCAUGAUGCCUUCUCAAGUGACAGCUCAAACGCUUAACAAGGUUUUUAUACAGUCUGUAAAGUGUAGGACAACCCUUUGUUUUCACUUAAUUUAUUGAUUGAUUACACGCUGUGAGCACUCGAAAGUGAAAGCACAUGAUUGCACAUCAGUGGUUUUUGUUUUGGCUCAAUAAAAACAUCAAUUCUUAAGGGGGCUAAUAAUUUUGACCCUAGUAGUUUUUGGUUUUUGUAAAAUAAUUUUCUUUCUGUGUUCAAAGUAAAAUAAUGUAAGGAUCCAAAAUAAAACUUUAAAAAAAAAUCAUUAAUCUGUUGAAUAGCACUACGGAAAUUUUGGAAAAAAACUCAAAUUUCAUAGGGGGGCUAAUAAUUUUGGCCUCAACUGUAGAUGAUAUGCAUACCUGCCAACUUUUGGGUUAUAAAAUCCGGGCGGGAGAAAGGUCUGAAAUACGGGAGAGUCCCGGGAAAAACGGGAGUGUUGGCAGGUAUAGAUAUGAUGGAUUGCUGCUUUGGUCAGCAGUGACAGGCUGUAAAGACUCUGCUCAUAUUUCCAUGCUUCCCGCAUACUCACUCGUGAAGAACAUCUUCAAAUGAUUAAACAGAUUUGUUAUGUUGUCGGUUUAUCGGCUUAAUUGCUCAACAUCACUUUGGAGAGAUGUUGAAUAACUUCUCAACAAUAACAUCUUCGGAGGAGGACUCAAAGUCACGGCUCUAUUUUGCUGCCCUCAGCUCAGCCCAAUGUUCGGUCAUUCUGUUUGCUUCUCCUGUUUACUUCUCUGGUAACUUCCAAAAGUGAGCAGGAAAAGCUCGACUCUGAUUGGCUGUUGUGACACACAUUUCCGCCAUGUUUGAUCAAGUAAAUAUACUCACAGCUGAUCACCGUGAUCGAACUGAAAUUUAUCACAAUCAUCGAUCACGAUCAUAUAAUCGCCCAGUCCUAGGUCAAUGCAAAAACAGACGUGUGACCUCUGAUCACCUUCCAUUAUUUGUAUCAUGAUGAAGACGCUGAGCAACUUGAGCCUGUAGACUUCAUACAGUUCAGUGCAACACGCAGUUUAUUUGCCGUUAUUGUUUUCAAACUGGUCACUACUGUCGCCACUUGUAGUGUGUCACAUAACGACUUUUCUCUGCUACACACCGCCGUCGCCUCCCAUUUAACACUAAACACACACCAACACCAUUGCAUUGUGGUUGAAUGAAUGGAAAAGUACAAAGUAAUGUUGUUAACAUGCAACUCUAAAAGAGCUUUUGACUGUUUGGUUUUUAUAACCUUUGGAGUCACAUGUACAGUAAAAAGAGAGGUUUUGAUCAUGGUCAGUCACCAAUAAAAGCUCUCAGGAUAUGGCCGGCACAUAAAAGAUUUAACAGGCUUUUUUUACCCCCUGUGUUAACACAUUAUCUGCUUUACAAGAAGCAGUGGUGCAUGAGAGAGUGAAACACAUUCUGCCUCUAAGCUAUGUCACCAGACUUAGAAACCACUUCUUCCAUCCUCUGACCAUGACAUAUUUUUUAGAUAUGGAUCAAAGGAAGUUGAAGGAAGAACAAUCCUCCAUGGUAUGCAGAUCCCCCCCCCCCCCCAGAAGCAGUAAGAGGGUUGAUUGAGGGGUAAUGAAAUGACACAAAUGAAAAGGUGACAGCUUUAAAGGGCACUUCAGACGUGGAAAAGCUUGGUGACAUAUCUUGUGAUUCAUGUCUUUGCUCUCAAAGUGUAAUUGCCUUUGACAUGCUCGCCUUUAGAAAAUUUACAGCACUCAAAUGGUUGUGAAUCAGUAUUUCAUGUUGUAGAGAAGUGAAAUAUCUAUACUGCAGUACGCUGAAAUAUUGCAGGUUUCAAUGAGCUCCCACUCACCCACAGAAAGCCUCUCUGAAGCUUUUUGCUUUCUCUCUGCCCUCAAACACAGAGCCCCUGGUGUGGACUCAGGCAUUGAUCUCAAUGAGAGAAGAUCAUCUCCCUCUCUGUUUCCCCCUGAUGCCACCCACGCUGCUUUUUCGCCUCUUUUAUACGCCUGAAGCUCUUUUGCUCUGUCUCUUUCUCUCUCUUGUGUACUUUUCCCCCAAACCCCUGGAGUACCCAUCUAUUGCCGCACAGGAGCUUGAAAGUAUUCUACAAAGAAGCAGAUGGUCUUCAGGAGAUUUUUAACUCUCUUUGUACUGGUGCCCUAGGAUGUUAUGCUUUAGUGACGGCACUCACUCUGUAUUGGCAACCAGAUGACAGGAUUUAAUAAAUGAGAAAUGCAAGAUGUAUUUGGCAGAAAUGUCCACUUUAUUUCAGUGUUUUGCCCUACUAGCAGACCCAAAGGCUUGUUUGAGUACUUUCUCUCCAACUUUGAGCUUGUUGUGUUGGAUGGGUGUUUGCUUUUUGGUCAAUUUCCUCCCCUGACAGUGCUGCCUAGACUGAGCUGACAGAGGUUGCUGCAGUGGUUAGUUUGUGUGCAUGUCCUUCACGUCUGUAUGAACAACACGGGAGUUAGUAUAAUGAAACUUCCCUCACGGGCCAAACAAGUGCAGCUGCAGAUAGCGAGCAUGCAGACAUUUAUUAUUGAGCAGCAGGCUUUCAUUAUUCAUACCAGUGGCUUUCCGUGCACUCAGCAGAUAAACUUCUUUUGAGUCUGUUUGUUCAUGAGACACUCUACUCAUUGAUGUUGGCACAUAGACAUCUAUGAAUAUUUAGAUGUACUCAUCUACGGUCGGAUAAAGCGUGUUUGCUAAAUGAGUGUCUGAAGCAAUCCAAGCCUGUGGUGACAAAGUACAAUGCAGGCUGUGUCCGAAUGCUCACUCAGUGUAGGGGUCGUUAUUGAUCAUGCUCUGAAUGUAAAGUAUAGUGGACAGACAGGCACUGUUUAAUCACAGGGAUUUCUUGUUUGAUGAAUGGAAAACUGUGGUGCUGUGCAAAAGAGCUGUAAGAUCAACAACAGAGUAUUUUAAGGAUUCACAAAGGCGGCAUUCCUGUAGCUGUUUUAUUUUUUCAUGAAGCGUCUUUGAUACAAUACAAAGGGCUCAUUUUGAAAGGAUAGGGUCCAGUAUUUUCCAAAAAGGAAAAUAUCUAACUUUGUACAACCAAGGAUCGUUCUAUGACAGCAGUGCCAUUGGUUUUGCCUAAAGCAACUUCUGAAACUUGUCGGCAGCUGCUUGGCAGCAGUUCAGAAAUCCAGCCACCCCAUGGACCCAUGCCAUCCAAGUACCUGAUCACCAUCUGAGUGCCAGCAUGCAAGGAACCACACUUUGAUCAGUGCUGGCUAUGCCAGCAGGAGAGGCAGGACGCAGUGCUAAAUAGCUGCCUUGCUUCACACCCCUGCUUGAUUUGAGAUGUCUCACUGUUUAAUUCAUACAUCUGAAAUAGGAGCAAACAAAUUGAAUUGCUGGAGUGUAGGGAUGCAAAAAUGGAGAUGUUCAAUGUGAAAUUUUACAACCCUGCACAGAGCAGCUUUUGUUUACCCACAAGUCAGGCAGAAUGUCAAAGAGAAUAUCAUGAGUAGUUCAGUGUAGUCAAAAAUACAGAGUUAUUGAGGUAAGAAAUAAGUUUAUAAUGCACCUGAAUCCCUGGCCACAAACACUGUAAAGUUUCCUCCUACUGGCAAACCUAGUUAGCAUAGCUGCCUGAGCCCAGCCUGACAGCACCACAGCUGCAGUUGUAUUUUCAGCCUCAUAAAACCAGAAUUGUGUGUGUGUGUGUGUGUGUGUGUGUGUGUGUGUGUGUGUGUGUGUGUGUGUGUGUGUGUGUGUGUGUGUGUGUGUGUGUGUGUGUGUGUUGAGGGCCUGCAAGGUGUCACUGCACUGCUGAAGGGGUGCCGUCUGGUACAGAAUUUUAAUUGGCAGGAAGGCACAUUGGCAUGUUUAGUGAUUUAUUUUGCCAACAUGAUCAGCUGUGAGGGGUGGGGCAGUCCAGGUGGAUGGGGAUGAUGUAGUCUCAAAUGGAGGUGUGUGUGUGCAUAUGUGUGUUUAUUCGAGGAAUAUUGGCCCACUAUUUGCAUAGAAUUCUGUUGAGAACAUCUUUCAGCCUUGCUGUCAGAAAUUUGCAGCUUGUUUGGUGUGUUGGUGCAUGUUAGUUCUUUCUGCACAUGUGCACCAGGGACCCCUUCACUAUGCAGAAGCACCAUCUCUCCUCUGCUGUCAGAUUUGACAGUCUGUUUUGGCUGAGAGCAGCAAAGCUGUAAGACAGGGUUGACUCCAAAUGAACCACUUUUUCUAAAACAUUACCAGCCUAGUCAAAGGCCAGUUUGUUAAUUGUGUGGCCAAAAUGGUCCCCUUUUAAAGAGGAAUAAAAGUACCAACUCCAAGAAACAACUGAUGGAUGUUUUUUUUUUUAUUCUUUAAAAGGAUUCUUUACUUUGAAUGUAUUUAAUAGUUUAAAUAGUAGUGUAAAUAACUUUAACAGGAAUGUAUGCCUUUUCUCCUUCUCUUACACAUGUAAUCUGCUUUCACAUCUGAGCUCCUUGUAUUUUUCUCAUAAUUACAGGCCCUGAUAUUCUCAGGAAUCAUACAUGUAUCUCAGAAAUGUUAACUGUUGGACUCUACUGUUGGACUUUACUGUUGUUACUCUCACAACUCUAUACUCUGUUUGGUUUGGAGGAGCUAUGGAGUACAUGCAGGAGAAGGAGUUGGCUAUUGUAAUGGUGAUUGACUGGUCCUGCAUCAAUACCAGGACAACAUGAACAAAGACAUUUCCACAAUAUAAAUGUGCCUAAGUCACAUCGCUGCAUCUUGACUUGUUGAAGCUUUCUACCAUGGAUAAGCAUUUCAAGCAAAUUUGGUUGUGCUGCAGCUGCUGAAUGGUACUGUUGCAAACUUGUUAUGUGCAUAAGAGUACUUGGAACUAUUUCCUGUAACUCAAGUAAUAUAACCUCAAUACACACAUACAGACAAACGUGUAUUUUCAUGUCAAAGUGUGUAAAAAACAAAGUAUAUUGUUCUUUUCUGUUAUGGUGAGAAUCAGCCUGUCAUGCUACAACUGGUGGUCUUUUAGAUGAUGCAGUCUGGAGUAUACAGGUCUCCAUAAAAAAUGAUAAAGUCCCACAUGCAGUCUCGUAAUGACUGGGCAGCUCACCAAAUGUCUCCACUUUUGUUUAGUUAAUGUUAAUGAGAAUGUACGCUCUGAAUGAAUGGAUCACUUAACUCCAAAACUACAAAGUUGAUAGAAAUCUAGGGCUGGGGCGAUUCGUCGACGUAGUUGACUACAAAAAUUAGUCGACGCGUCGCAUGAUGACGUAGACAAUGGCGACUUCAGGUAACGGUGGCGGCAUGGGCGGCAAAUGAGCUCCACAGCAAUCUAAACAUACACUGUUGCCCAUAGCCAUAUAUAAGAAAGGCUAGAUGAAUCAAGGCUGAGUCACCAGUGUCCGUACACGGCGACCAUCUUACUUUAGUAUACCAUUCUGGUACAUUGUAUGGUAGCUGACGGAAGGUGAGUAAUUUGCAUUAUCAAAAACACUCUUAACUCGCUGAAAUCUUGACAGAUUUACAAACGUUUUUUUUUAUUACAUACCUUAACGUGGCUAUGAGUUGGGAUGCUUGGACAUAUCGUAAUGGCAGCUUUUCUUAGAGAAAAAAAGACUCAAUCGUGCAGCACAGUUGUUUCACGGCUAUUUGCACACGCAAUGGCUAACUUUGAGUCGCUUCGUGAUCAAGGCUGAGACCACAAUCAUGCUUUUUUUUUUUUUGUAUAACAGCAUAUUUUUUUUGUCUAAGUGAUGGUCUUUGUGGAUGUGCUUGUGUUUAUCAGCUGUCUAACUUGGCUAACAGACUGGCUGUGAGUAAGACCACCUAUUACAAAGUUCACUGAGCAAUUUUACAUUAGUGGGAGAGGCAGAAAUGCUUGUUUGUUUCAACAUAACUUAAGUUUCACAAGAUCUCCAAGCUGUUUUGGUUUGUUAAAAACAUUUAAAAUGUUGAUACAUUAUGAUACAGGAAAUUUCUGACUUUGUGUUUACACUUGAGCACAUUUUAAUUUUUGCACAUGCUUCAUAGAUAAAACUUUGAUUUUAAAUACCUUUUUAGAUUUUAUUUCCAAUACAGAAUCUGUGAUUCAAAUUCUAUUUAUCUAAUAUACACUUUUUCAAUAGCCUGAUGACUUCACCCCAGGCUGAUAUAAAGGAAUAUUUUUAUGAUAAGUAGCCCAGAUAACAGUGGUAGUAUCAAUCCUGAUCACCUGUGCAUCUGUUUUAAUUAUGUUUUUCCUAGACUUCUUUUGUUCCACCCUUGUUCUUCACUGUUACUUCAAUAAAGAUAUGAGGUUGGUGCAUCAGUUCUUUUCGAUAAAUGUAGUGUUGUUUUCUCACACUGCCAAAUUUAGUUACAGGGCCUCAAACCAGUUGUAUUUACCCACACUUUCUCACUAAUCUUUUGAAAAUACUUUGAAAAUGUCAUUAGUGCUUAAGUCAGUCUGUAAAGUAGCAAAAGAUUUGCCUCCCAGUAAAUUAAAAGAAAAAAAAGGAGUUAUAUAUAUAUAUUUAGAUUAUAUAAAUAAAAUAAAUAAAUACAUAUAUCUUAAUUAUAUAUGUUAUUGCAGUUAUCCCAUAAUAGAAAUAUUACCAAUAUAACAUAAAUGGAAUGAUUAAAUGUUUCCUAUAUAAAUAAUUUAAUGUAACUACCGUUUGUGUGCAGGCCUAUAGCUAUUGCUCUACCUAUCUGCCUAAUGUCUAUUUUUGUAAGUCCAUGGUUAAAAUUAUUCUCGAGUAUGCAGGAAUGUCACUAAAACUCUGAGGUUUGUUACAAACCAAACCAUUUGAACAUCAGUUUAAAUUAAUCAAUUUAUAGUUAUUUAAAUGCUACAUGCACCAUAGACUGUAAUUUUAUGAGCCGGCGAGCUGCCUGUCGCAAGAUAGCCGCCAUGUGCGGACGUUGGUCUCCAUUGGCUAACAUUGUGCAUAAUCCAUCUAGCAGUAAUACAUACAUACAUACAUAUAUAUAUACAGUACAGGCCAAAAGUUUGGACACACCUUCUCAUUCAACGCAUUUUCUUUGUUUUCAUUACUAUUUAAAUUGUAGAUUCUCAAAACUAUGAAUGAACACAUGUGGAAUCAUGUGCUUAAGAAAAAAGUGUGAAAUAACUGAAAACAUGUUUUAUAUUUUAGAUUUCUCAAAGUAGCCAACCUUUGCUUUUUUGAUAGCGCUGCAAACUUUAGCUGUUCUCUCAAUGAGCUUCAUGAGGUAGUCACCUGAAAUGGUUUUUACUUCACAGGAGUGCCUGAAGUAACCCUGACAAGGUACUUCUGUCAUCAAGAGCAAAGGGUGGCUAUUUUAAAGAAACUAGAAUAUAAAACAUGUUUUCGGUUAUUUCACACUUUCUUUAUAAGUACAAAAUUCUACAUGUGUUCAUUCAUAGUUUUAAUGCCUUCAGUAAUAAUCUACAAUGUAAAUAGUCAUAUAACAAAUAAAGAAAAGACAUUGAAUGAGAAGGUGUGUCCAAACUUUUGGCCUGUACUGUAUAUAUAUAUAUAUAUAUAUAUAUAUAUAUAUAUAUAUAUAUAUGUACUCUAGAGGCCAAAAGUUUGGAAGCGAGAUCAGAUUUGUAAAAAAAAAAGAUCAUAGUUUCAUAUAUAUAAUUUGCAACACAAUAAACAUGACUAUUGUGCAAAGAGUAACUUAUCAGAAGACAUUUUGACUAUAAUUAUUAGGUAUUUGAGUUUUUCUUGCUUAGACUUUGCUUUCAUUAAAGUAACCUCCUCUGGCUUUAACAACAGCUUGGCAUAUACCAGGCAUUUGUUCCACAAGUUUUUUAAGGUAUGUUCCAGGGAUUGCAUUCCAAGCUUUCUUAAGUUCAUUAAAAAGAGACUGCUGAUUCGUGGGAUGCGUUUUUCUGACCGAUAGAUCCAAUUCAUCCCGCACAAGCUCAAUUUGAGAAAGGUCUGGAGACUGAGGGGGCCAAACCAUCUUUUGAAGAACACCUUCCCCUUCUUUUUUGUCUAGGUAACCCUGAGAGAGCUUGGCAGACUGCUUAGGGUCAUUGUCUUGCUGCAAAACAAACUUAUGAGUCACAAGGCUGAGUCCAGUUGGAACAGCAUGGUGCUGGAGGAUGGAGUGGUACUGUUCCUUCUUCAUGAUACCCUUUACUUCAAACAAAGCUCCUACUCCAUCACCUGCAAAACAUCCCCAUACCAUGGAACUACUACCUCCAUGCUGAAUUGUGGGUGUAACACAUGGUGCUUUCAGAUGAUCACUAGUUUGUCAGCGGACAUAGACUCAGCGUUUUGAACCAAAUAGUUAAAACUUGUUUCUAGUCAUCAUAAGUCCAAUUUUUGUAAGCUUUUGCCCACUCAUAUCUCUUUUUCUUGUUCUGUGGACGAAGCAGUGUUUUUUUGCAGAUACACAACCCUUCAGACCAGCCUUUCUCAAACGUCAUUUCACGGUUGUCAGAGAUAUGGGUUUCGACCUUGUCAUGUUGAUUCCCUCCCUUAUUUGUGGUGCUGUCUUUUGCCGAUCUCUCUUACUGGUGACAAUGCUAUGUUUAUCCUCUGCUUUUGUAGUAACUCUCUUUCAUCCAGGUCUUUUUCUAUCAUCAUAACUUCCAGGUUUCUCUAGUCUCUUCAGAGUGUAGUGGACUCCUUUGUUAAACACCUUUAGGCGUUUUGCAAUUUCUCUUUCUGUGUAUCCUUCUUUCCUCAAUGUACAAAUCUGUACUUUUGGUUCUUUACUCAGUUGCUUCUUUCUAGCCAUUUUUGCGGUAGUUUGAACAAAGUUGAGAUUUAUCAGGAUUUUUGUAUGCAGACUCUCAAAAGCCAAAAAGUUGACGUAAAUAAUCCAACUGUGAUUUUUUUUUUUUUUUUUUUUGUGCUUUUGCACUGAAGUUGUGACCUUUGCAAAUGUUUUCAACCCUAAAACUAAGCCCUUAUCUUUUGAUGACAUAUAUUUAGCAAUGGUCUGUUAACAUCAAUGUAUAUCUAAAGGUAAAUGGAGUAAAAUGGUGCAUUUCCAUGAAAGCAACAUCUGAUCAUGGAGUAAAUACAUCCCAAAAUACAUAAAACUCAUGCUGGAUUUUUAAAAAAGCAUUGUGAACAAAAGGUUGAAGUUACUACCAACUGUUCGGCCUGUAAUGGCUUUGCUUCCUAACUUUUGGCCUGUAGUGUGUGUAUAGUGGAUAUAAAAAGUCUACACACCCCUGUUCAAAUGCCAGGUUUUCGUGAUGUAAGAAAAUGAAGGCAAGAUAAAUAAUUACACAGUUUUUUCCACCUUUGAUAUGACCUAUGACAUGUACGAUGCAAUUGAAAAACAAACUGAAACCUUCAAAGUGGGAAAAACAUAAAAUAAAAAAACUAAAAUAACCUGGCUGCAUAAAUAUGCAUACCCUUAAACUAAUACUUUGUUGCAGCACCUUUGGCUUUUAUUACAGCACUCAGUCUUUUUGGGUAGGAGUCUACCAGCAUGACACAUCUUGAUGUGGCAAUAUUUGCCCUCUUUCUUUGCAAAACCGCUCCAAAUCUGACAGAUUUCGAGGGCAUCUCCUGUGCACAGCCCUCUUCAGAUCACCCCACAAAUGUUCGAUGGGAUUCAGGUCUGGUCUGGUCACAUUCAGGUCCAAAGCCUCAAUCUUAUUCUAGGAAGGCCAUUCUUUUGUUGAUUUAGAUGUGUGCUUUGGGUCAUUGUCAUGUUGAAAGAUGACAUUCCUCUUCAUCUUCAGCUUUCUAACAGAAGGCCGAAGGUUUUGUGCCAACUCUGACUGGUAUUUGGAACUGUUCAUAAUUCCCUUCACCCUGACUAAGGCACCAGUUCCAGCUGAAGCAAAACAGCCCCAAAGCAUGAUGCUGCCACGACCACGCUUCACUGUAGGUAUGGUGUUCUUUUGGUGAUGAGCAGUGUUGUUUUUGUGCCAAAUAUACCUUUUGCAAUUAUGUCCAAAAAGGUCAACUUUGGUUUCAUCAGACCAUAACUGAUCCACGUGUUUGGGAGAUUUCUUUUUGCAAAAUUAAGCCGGGCUUCAAUGUUUUUCUUUGUAAGUCUGUCUUGCCACCCUAUCCCAUAGUCCAGACAUAUGAAGAAGACAGGAGAUUGUUGUCACCUGUACUACACAGCCAGUACUUGCCAGAAAUUCCUGCAGCUCCUUCAGUGUUGCUGUUGUCCUCUUUGUAGCCUCCCUGACCAGUUUUCUUCUUGUCUUAUCAUCAAUUUUGGACGGAUGUCCUGUUCUUGAUAAUGUCACUGUUGUGCCAUAUGUUUUCCACUUGAUGAUGACGGUCUUUACUGUGUUCCAUGGUAUAUUUAAUUGCUUGGAAAUUAUUUUGUAGCAUUUACCUGACUGAUCUUUGAAUAAUGAGAUCCCUCUGAUGCUUUGGAAGCUCUCUGCAGACCAUGGCUUGUGCUGGAAGAUGUGGCUACAAAAACAUCAGGAAAAGCCUACUAGAAGGACAUCUCUACUUAAGGUCAGUUGUUAGAUUCAUUCGUGAUCGUAAGGGUGCCGAUGUGAUCCAACAGAGGCUGCCACGUUUUGGUAAAGGAAUCUAAGGAGCCGUUAAGGGAGAACCUUAUUUUCUCAAGUUUGAUGCAAUAUAGAAUUUCAUGUAUCCACCUAUUGUGGGAAGAAGGGGAUGGUUGUAUCCAAUUAAGGAGAAUAAACCUCCUAGCUAAUUAGGUUGUAAAUGCUAUUACUCGACGUACAUGAGAUGGGCCAUCGGGAUUAGAAAAGAUUCUGAAAAGGGCAGUUAUGGGGUUUGGGUCAAUGUGCAUUUUCAACGCUUUACCCAAAGUGUCAAAUAUUGCAGCCCAAAAGCCGGUUAAUUUGGAGCAGGACCAAAACAUGUGCAUAUAGUCUGCAGGUGAACGUUUACAUCUAUUGCAAGCAUCGGAUCUAUCAGGAUAUAUCCUAGCUAAUUUAGCAUUUGUAAAGAGGACCCUAUGACGGCGGCGAAGUUGCAGUCUCAUUGUCCAGUGUAAACAGUCACCUUCGGUCAAAGCAGCCAUUAUCUCAGCAAGCAUGUUGUUACCUUCAUAUUUCAGGUCACCCUGUUUCUUGCGUGCCUCCCUGAUGACUUGCUCCUUUACUGGAAGGCUGGUGAAGCACAUAAUAACAUGCCUUGGUUUUUCGUCGGGGCCGGGUUUGUCCCUGAGGGCUCUGUGAGCUAUUUCCUGUUGAGGAGGCUGUGGUAGAACUUCGGGUCCCAAAACUUGAACCAGGAGCUUAGAGAUGAAUUCAGCUGGACAAGGGCCGACCUGUACUGAUUCUUUCAUCCCUACGAGGCAGACGUUCCAGCGCUGGCUCCGUGACUGUUGGUCGAGGAGUGCUCGUAGCUUAGCGUUAGCAUCUUUUAGCCCCGCACAGGUAGUCUCCAAGGCUUUAAUAUGGUUGCUAACCAAGUUGGCAUUAGACUCCAAGGAAACAAUACGUUGUCCAUGAUCAGCGAUCGAAGCUUGCACCGAGUCCAGCUUUGAUUCCAACAUUGCAAUGCUAGUCUCAAAGGCGGCUACGAGAGUUUUUCUGUGGUCUUCUAGCACGGAACGCAGCGCCGACAUGGUAAAGUGGUCGCCAUCACCGUCGGUGUUUGGCGGAGCCGGUUCGGGGUUCCUUGUUGUUCUCGUGGAAGGUUUAGACCAGUCUUUCCCGGGCAUUUCGGUGUGAGUUUAAGUCAUACACUCAAAUACUGUACACUGUGUGCAGAAUUAUUAGGCAAGUUGUAUUUUUGAGGAUAAACUUUAUUUUUGAACAACUGCAGUGCUCUUGGUCAAUCCAAAAUGUUAAUAAACCUCAAACCUUAAUAUUUAAGGGAGUAAAAGUGAGAUUUUGGCUUCCUUAGGAGAAUAUCUAUGUGUGCACAAUUAUUGGGGCAGCUAUUAGUGUGCAGAAUUAUUAUGCAACUAAAUUAAAAAUGAAAAAUUUCCCAUCUCACUUGUUUAUUUUCACUUGUUCAGGUGAGAAUGAUAAACAACUCAAUUUACAAAUAAAAAUUGUUGAAAUUAAAAAAAAAAAUCAGUGACCAAUGUAACUACCCUUCUUUUCAAUAACAGUCAUAAGCCUUCCAUUCAUGGAGUCUUUCAGUUUCUUGAUCUGUUGACGAUCAACUUUUUGUGUUGCAGCAACCAAAGCCUUCCAGACACUGUUCCAGACACUGUUCAGAGAGGUGUACUGUCUUCCUUCACUGUAAAUUUCCUGUUUAAGAAGGGCUCACAAGUUCUCAACAGGGUUUAGGUCAGGUGAAGAAGGAGGCCACGUCAUUAUUCUUUCGUUUUUAAGGCCUUUAUUGGCGAGCCACAUAGUGGAGUACUUUGUUGCAUGCAAUGGAGCAUUGUCCUGCAUAAAAAUCAUGGUUUUCUUGAAAGAUGCAGACUUUUGCCUGUACCACUGCUUGAAGAAAGUGUCUUCUAAAAACUGGCACUAGGUUUGGGAGUUGAUUUUAAGUCCAUCUUCAACUCGAAAAGGUCCAGCUAGCUCAUCUUUAAUAAUACCAGCCCAUACCAGUACCCCGCCUCCACCUUGCUGGUGUCUGAUUCGAAGUGGAGCUCUGUGCCCAUUACUGAUCCAGCCACGGGUCCAUCCAUCUGGUCCGUCAAGAGUCACUCGCAUCGCAUCAGUCCAUAAAACCUUUGAAAAAUCUCUCUUCAGAUAUUUCUUGGCCCAGUCUAGACGUUUCAACUUGUGUCUUGUUCAGUGGUGGUCGGGUUUCAGCCUUCCUUACUUUGGCCAUGUCUCUGAGCACUGAUCAUCUUGUACUUCUGGGCACUCCAGGUAGGUUGCAGUUCUGGAAUAUGACAGCACCGGAGGAUAAGCGGUUCCUGGUAGCUUUACGUUUGAGUCUUCUCAAAUCUUUGGCAGUUAAUUUGCGUCUGUUUUUCUUAACACAUUUCUUGCGACCCUGUUGACUAUUUGCAUCAAAAUGUUUGCUGGUUCUGUGAUCACACCCAAAUAUCUAAGCAAUUUCAAGAGUGCUGCAUCCCUCUGAAAGACUUUUUACAAUUUUUGACUUUUCAGAGUCAUUUAAAUCUCUUUUUUGGCCCAUUUUACCUGAGGAAAAGAAGCUGCCUAAUAAUUAUGCACACCUUGAUAUAGGGUUUUGAUCUCCUUAGGCCCCAGCCUCCCUCAUUACACUAAUACACAUUACCUGAUGCUUAUAUCCAAUAAACAUUCAAGUUUAUACAGCUUGGAGUUGGAAAAUAUGCAUAAAAAUGAUGAUAUGAUCAAAAUACUCACUUGCCUAAUAAUUGUGCACACAGUGUAGAACUAUAUCAUACUAGGUGAAAAGUAGUGAGAUGUCUGAUGAAAAAAGUCGUACAACGAGGGAGCAGAGAGACGAGCGAGUCACUUAUUACAAAGUUAGUUAGUCAUGGUAUGGUUUGUGUGUGAUUUUAGCAGCUGCUCAACAGGUUGAAGAAUGAACCAAAAAAAGUCCAAUAGUUAUGAGAAAUGACCGCAAACUUAACUUCAACAUGUGAUCCCUCAGUUUUAGCAAGACUCUAGAUAACAGCAGAUUCUGUGUCAGGUUGAUCCAGAGAUAAAGUUAGCUUAGUAAGUGGGCAAAACAUGAUUUUUUCAUUUUCAUUAUUUCUUGACAGCACAUUUUUGCUAUCAGCUCUAGACUUGGACCUGUAUCAGUCUGCCCAAAGAAGUCUGUUAGUUUGGAUGUCAUCUUGUUUAAGCAAAGAAAAAAGAGGUAAAGUGAUGAAAACAACAGAGAAAGAAAAAAAGGCUGGGCUAUUACUGAAAAAAAUCUACAAAAUUAAAAGUGGCACAUUAAGUAAAAGCCUAACAGUACUGGAUGUAAUGGACUGAUAAUUUAUAAGAUAAUGUCACACACUGACAGGGGCUGAGUGGAAAAACUCAAUCAGGUGCUGCAAAGAUUUCUGUGGUCCUGUUCAUUUAGUUUGACUUCAGUAUCAGUGAAAGUGUCAAGUUCAGUGUGAGUAAUUGGAAUAAUUGGAAAAAGGCUUUUGGACAGACUAAUUCAAGAUGGGCACAAAAACAGAAGUGUCUCUAGAUUCUAAAUCAAAGAACCAUCCUUUGUGUGCAGAGUGUGUCUCAUCCUGUAAGAGGUCCAAAAUGAAAACGUGUUUGCUAAAAAGUACUGAAGAGGGCUGGUCUUGUACAGCUGCUUGAGUGCAGUCUGGCUGCUUUUCCUGGCCCUCUGUAUGAAAGGCCCUUGACCUGCUCUGUAUUGAGAGUCCUGGGCUGCAUUGUGUGGCUGUGUGAGUAAGUAAAUGCUCCAUUAGGAGUCAUUAUAGCCUCUUGCCGGACAUAUUGUUCCGAGUGCAGUGAGGCGCACCGUUGGAGGCCCCCUGCUCUUCAUCGGCACGUGUCCUCUGUACACUGCUUUGUGCUCAGAUACAAUAGAUGUGCGACCCUCGCUCCCUCUUUUCCUUCACCUUUCCUUUUUCUUUCUCUUUCUUCUUCUUUCCAUCAUAUAAUAUUCAUUUAUCAGCUGCUUGUCACUGUUUUGAUCCAUCACCACUAUCAACCACAUCCCUGUCCACCUUCAACCAACCUUCUUCAUUGUCCACCAUCUUAGCCUUUACCUCCCCUGGGAUAAUAUAUAGUGACCAAUGACAUCCCGCUGCAGCCGUUGCCAUGGUGAUCUGUGACAGUGGGAAGCACCACCCAAGAUGUAUGGACUGUAAAAGCGGGAGGUUGGUUUUAAGGAUGUGUGAAGAGAGAAAUGAAGCUAGCUAGCUGGUAGAGAGGAGGAAAAACAAAAGGAAAAGGAGAGGAAACGGCAGGUAUGUGAAGUAUUUGACACUCUUACAGGUAGUUUGGUUACAUUUGGUUUGUUGCAAAAAAAUCUAAUUCUGCCAACUUUUGACAGCCAUGUUUAUCAUUUAAUUUAACUAUUUGAUGUAGAAAUGGUGAUAACAGGGAUGUUUCUGCAGCUGCUCAGUGAGCACCUGCUCUCUCACAUUAUUUUCAGAAAUUUAAAUUUACAAUAUAAGUUGCACAUCUUUUUGUCAGUGGUCUUGUUUUUUUUUUUUAAUAUUAUAAAAAGGCAUCAGUAUGAAUUUCGCUUUAUUUCAUAUAAAAAAAAACUCAUCAGAGCUUAGAAACUGUUUCAAAACUCAUAAAAGUAACUGAACAUUUGACAUACAGCCAUGCUCACUGGUCUCAUUUUAUUAACUAAUUAGAAUUAAAAAGGAACAGCACUUUGAUAUCAGCUUUGUCAAAGAUAAACGACCUGAAUGGACUUUUAAAGGUGGCAAUUUCUAGGUUCUUUUUUAUUGUUUUUACAUUUUUCUGUGAAAAGUUUCCUCACAUAAAACUGUUGGUGUAGUUUUUCAUUCGUCUCAAGUAACAGUUUCAAUCCUGAUCCAACAGCCGCUCCACCAUAAACACAGCGACAUCUCUGCAGCUAUCUGUAUCUGGAUCCUCUGAAAGGCCUUUGGUUUCACAGAUAUGUUAAAACUUGUUCACUGGAUAAUCCACAUAGUUGGAGCCAGUUGAUAUUAGCUUGCUGGAUGAUUACUUUUAUUAACUGUAACUAGAUAGUUGUGUUAACCUCCCACUAGUAUCUCAGCCAUGGUGGCAGUAGACUCCUCUUUAAUAUCAUAUAGCUGUGGAAGUGGCUGUAAGUAAUGUGAUGAAUUCCCCUGCAGCAGCUCUGACACACCCCAACUAUAUUGUCUCUAAAUGUAUUUACUGUCUUGUUAAUUCACACCUUCUAGACCUUUAAUUCUGCUGCUGCACUCCUGUCCUUAAUCUCAUUUACUUUAAAAUUAAACCUCUCUCCAGAGCUCAUAUUUAAUUACUUUAACAAGGCUCAGUGUGCUGGUUGUGCUAACAUUUCUUUACUACAUAAUAAGACAAUUAUUCCGGUGGAUCUUCCACAGGGAAAAACACCUUGACAUUAAAUAGUCAUGAUGAACAUCCUGUAUUUAUCCGGGUAGAGCGCACUUUGUGGAAAAAAUCCUUUGUGGAGUAAUUUCUCAUUAGGUUUAGUGUGUUGCUUGCUUAUUCAGCCCUUUCACCUGUGUUUUCUAAUAAGUCCACCUUGUUUAUUGCUGUCAAGAUUAAGGAAUUUGUGUUUACUGUUUUGUUUUUUUUCCUCCCCUGGCUGUCCCUUUCGUUUUCUUUUUCUGUCCCUUUAAAGAGUGAGGUGAUGUGUUAGCAGUUUCUCAUGGGAACCCUGAGAAAUGACAGCACUCCUCUCAUGGGAGCGCCACUGUCAUAUGUUAUCAUAUGUUAUGUUAUGUGUGUGUGUGUGUGUGUGUGUGUGUGUGUGUGUGUGUGUGUGUGUGUGUGUGUGUGGCAGAGAAUAUCUACCCUCCCAUGGACAGCAGUCUGGAGUUUACUUGUGUCCAAUCACCAAGGCAGCAAACGUAUGCUGCAGUCAUUAAUCACAAACACACACACACACACACACACACACACACACACACACACACACACACACCUAGAGAGAGAGAGAGAGAAGCCAGCAAAGGCUUUUUUUUAAAGUGAUGCAAGUUAACUGUGUUUACUUACUAAUAAUGUGUCAACAAAUAUCAAGCAAAUGGAAUUGAGCCAGUGAUACAGCAAAGGAAGAGAUGUCGUGUUUUUCAUACAUUAUGCAGUAAAACAAACUCGCUGGCACUCACAGGAAUAAAGAAGCAGGGCAGAGUGAAAAUCUGCCUUCAAUAACACAAUAUUUAGAGGGAAUACUCCAUUGAUUUGACUGUGUUUCAUCUGUGUUCACAACAUGUCACGUGUUUUUCUUUUUAUUCUGUGGAGUGUGUUAAAACACUGAGUUUUUUAACUGCCAAAUACAUCUCAGCAGGAGUUUUUGGUCAUGCUUUAAUCUCCAUUGAAACCAAAGAAAACUGGUGGCAUAUCUGUUUCUCCCUGAGCUCCUCCCACCUUGAGGAGUUCAGGCUGGCAGUAUCAGUAUUAUCACUUAACACCUUCUCAGUGCUUUUAUGCUCUGGAGGAGAAGCAGAGAAAGAAGAAUCUUUUUCAUCUCGCACUGCUGUGACUAUGGCACAAUCAGCUUUUUUUUCUUGUGUCUUUGUCGUUAAUGAAAUAUUUUUGUUUGCAACAGUCACGUGGUGUUGGUGAAGAAACAGUAAUUACUUAUUUAUAACUUUUUUUAAUCUAACUCUACACAAGACUGUGAAGAUGUGCAUUUCUUCGAUAUAGUGACCUUUCCUUGAGUGCUGUUGGUGAAUUAUAGCCUGAUAUCACUUUUUCAUGCUGUUUUGGCCCCUUUGAACACACUGUGGGUGUUUCAAUAAGUGGUGUUGUAGCUGUGAGUAAGAGGUCAGUACAGUAACAAUGGAGUUUACACCUCUACGAUGGCGAGCUGGAGUUCAGGGCCAGCCUUCCAUUACUGAGACUUUCAAGGCUGUAGCAAAUGUCAACGCACAUUGGGUCAAGAGGUCUUCGCAAUCUGAAGGAUUUGUGUGUGUGUGUGUGUGUGUGUGUGUGUGUGUGUGUGUGUGUGUGUGUGUGUGUGUGUGUGUGUGUGUGUGUGAGGCGUGCACUUAAGCAUGUGGGUGACAAAGAAGCUGUGGGAGGAAAUAAAAAAAUGAAGAGCAGAGAGGCUUGUAGUGGGUAGAGAUUGAGUGCUAUUUCCUGGUUUGUGUUUCUCUACUAUAACCCACACGUUAAUUCAGACAUCUUCUCUCAACAGCUUACAAAAGUGUGAGAUCUUUCUUCCUUUUAAUGGAUGCUCUUGCCCUCAUUUGUAACAUCUCGAGGAUGAAUUACCUCAGAAGUCUUUUCACUGAACUCCCUAUCUCUCCCCUUUAACCAUCCUUAGCUGGUCCACCUCCUAGAAUAGCUCUCUCUGGCCGACAUUUUUAUGGAUACGGUCAAUAAUCAUGUUUAUUCCUCAGUGACGGCAACAAGGCUGAGAAUUCAGUCUGAUAUUAAAAGUACUAGAUGUCAAUUUAAUGUUUAAGCAGUGCUGUAAGCAGGGCUUCUUCCUGUCAGGCCCAAUCAAUCAGUGGGUCCAUCUGAGCUGCACUUUAACUCAGCAUCAUUACACAUCAUUACUCUCAUUAAAAACAAGCUGAGAUGAGGUGUUGUUAGCAUGAUUAAGUGGUGUUAUCCAAGAAGGAGGUGUUCAGGAAGGUGAUGUAUUGCCCUUGACUGUCAGUCAUGAAGGUUUUAUUUCUUUAAAAUUGAUAUCAAUCUAUGAUGUUAUAACCAUGCAAUCAAAGAAAGUCUGACGUUUUAGCUUUUAAAAUCUCAGACGUUUUCACUAGUUUUCUUGUAUGAACAUAAACAGCUGUCUUAAUGUGUAUACGGAAGAAAUGCUCCAGCACCAGUUUUCACUCCUUGAUAUUGAUUAUAAAUACUGAAAACUAAGGGCUUAUACUAACCCAAUUUCAUCUUGCCUGGUAAAUAUUUAUACAAAUAUGUACCCUAAAAGCAAUAAUACAGCUUUAUUGCAUAUUCCAGUUUCAUGAAUAUUUGAAAAAGAGCAUUUAUAAAAGUAAAUCUAGAAAAAAAAGGAGAAACCAUUUUAGAGAAGUUCUGUUCACACCAUAACAAACACAACCUUUGAUUCAUAGUUUUCUUUGGUUUUAGUGCCUGGAUCUAUUUCCUUCCUUCGUUGAUAAUUUUGCUCGCAUUACAGACUCAAUGAUAAACACUAAAGGGUCUCCUAACUCUGAAAAACACAGAGCACCAACAAAGAAACUUAGCUGACAGCCCCCUUGGAUAUGAUUUUUCCGCAGAAACAUUCAAUUUAAAGGUUAAGUUUGGUAAGUUUUAUUCUGUAAACUGGGAGGAAAAAGUCUGAUGAUACAACAUGCUGCAAAGGAGGACUACAGCCUCUUCACACCCUUUAAAUCUGGCCCAUCAGAAACACUUCUUUUCACUGUGAAGCACCUGUAUUAGCUCUGACUAAUCGGUAUUUUCUGUUUGCACCACUCUCAUUUAAAUGCAUUUGUUACUUGAUAAUAACCUUGCCUGGCUUAGCUUCAUCUGUUGACAUGUAUUUCCUUGUUUGUACCAGCCUCAAUGCAUUUAUUGUGAUUGUGAAGAUGUAAAACAUCCCUGGUGGCAGUUCUAGUUAAGAUACUUGUGUAGGCUACUGCUUGAGGGGGGGGAAGAACUCAUGUAUAGGGGAUAAUUUUUCAGGGCUAAUAAGUCUUAAAUCGACAAACAUACAUCAUGAUAAUCAACCCUGUAUCUUGGUGUAGCGAUUUGAAUUUGUAAUAAAUGUCUGAAGAUUAAUAAUCUUAAUUGAUGACAUUUAUGCACUCGUUGAAAGGGGCACCACCCACCCUUAAUGGUGGGAAAAAUAAAGAAACAAAAGUUUAAUUCAGAAAUCAAACAUUAAGUCAAUCUUAAAUUAAUCAAUCUCAUAUCUUAAGCCGAAAUUCUCAUUUCAGGGACUCCACUUCUGGAAGAACACUAAGAGACAGGAACUUAGAAAAAUAAUGAUCUGUUUAUCACAGGAUAAAUGAUGGUACAACAUACAUGCAAUAAAUGAGGAUAAGAUAAUGAGGAUAAAUAAUAAUAGGUGAAUUAUUAAAGAUUCUGAGUCAGGCUAGGAGCACUUAAGUUAAUGAUAGUGAGUGAAUAUGCUCUAACAUAUUAACCUACAUUAACUUUGGUGUCAAGCUAAAUUUGGACAUGGAUUUGGAUGAACCUAGGAUUACCAGAAUAAGUGAAUGUCUGAGUUAUGACCGCAUGAGACAGCAUCAGCCCUGUUUGGAGCUCUGGAGGUUUGCAUACUUAAGUGAGACUGGUCCUUGGAGAAGAGGGAGCAGGUACCGAAGGUCUGGGGCUACCGGCUGUUCGAGAGGUUCGGCUCAGAAGACGACCAAAGUCAGCCGAAAGAGAUGGGCCAGGAGUUGCAGUACUCGGGCCCGAAGCAAAAGCCAGCGCUGUGGAUCCUUUGGAUGCUCGUUUGUCUCACUCAAAAACGUAGGCUCACAGGAUGACUUUGGGCCUGUUGGGUGGCGUUUAGAGGUGACAUUGAAAUUACGCAGAUGACUCAGAAAAAGAGGCUCGAUGACCAGUGGAAACUAUUUUUAAAAAAACUUGAAUUGCUAUGCACACAAAAGUUGAAGUUUCAAAACUUGAACUAAGACGAUGUUAAAGAAAAAUCAAUGUGAAUGAACAUGUGGGGUGAAACUUAGAAGACUAAGAAAAAGUAAGGCUAAGUAAAAAGUUAGAGCUAAGAAAAACAAAGAGGGCUAAGCAGUAGAGUAAAGAGGACAAGAGGAAUAAGAGCGUAAGAGAGACUCAGCAACCCCAUUUUACUGGUUUUGUCUCCUUCACACUGGGAGUGUCUCUGGCGUGUGUGAGGAGAAAGAGGAGGGGUCGUGGGAUCUCCAACUGAAGAGGAGACCUUGGAUCUCUGAUUAUUUGAUCUAACUUAUACUUUUGGCUGGUAAAGGUGUCAGAUCUGAUAUUCACUCAAUAUGAUUAAUAUCAUUGAAUGCUUGGUUUCAUGAUGAAUGAUUUGAUACUAAACACAUAUGAAUGAAAUGUAGGAUCACAUCAAACAUUCUCAUUAUGUUUUAAGUAUCACAUUGAAGAUGCUAAAUUACUCUGAAAUUAAACAUGAAAAACAAAUGUGAACAACAAAAGAGUAAACACAUGUGAAUGAACUUCAUCAUGAUUAAUAAUGGAUUCUAAAUACUCACAUUCAGAUUAUUCAAUAGCAUUAUAACCACCUAAUGGUUAAAAUACUAAAUAAAUGAUAAGGAUAUAAACCAAACCUUUCUAAACUAUUUCUGUCACUUAGAGUAAAGUUAUGAUUCCUGGUCAAUAAAUUAAACUCUUAAAAGUUCAUGAAACAGUCUGAAAAGCUGUUGGUCUAAAGAAACUAAAGAAUGAAGGAUUUAUUCUGUUAAAGUGAUAGCUUGGCUUUUGGAGCACAUUUUAACACAAAUUUCAUGAUUAGACAGAUUAGUACAUUGCUGAAUGCAUAAGAUGUCAUGAUCAGUCAUUUGUAUUAUUUCACCAAAGGAAUGCAGUUCUUAUCAGAACAUGGUUGAGCAGGGUUUUACGACCAAGGUCUGGAGGUUAGUGUCCUGCUUCUCAGACCUUUUCUUGGGGUCCGUAUGUUCACACACUUUAAAACUGUAAAUCUCAAAUGGGAGACCUGGAUUAAGGCAUGAAUGAUUAUUUUGAUGGUCAGUGAUGGAGUCAGUUUGAAAGGUAAUAAAGACUCCGUCUCUGUUCUCCGAAUUGACCAAUCAUCAAGAGCCAGAGAUUUCGGUCAACCUCCGGUGGGGUCAGUUAGGUAACCUGAAAGUGCAAACAAGUCUGGAAAGAUUUAUACCAUCCUGUGUCCUGGAACCAGAUAAGAAACCUUUCCUGCGAGGAAUGUGUGAGUUUCACCCACAGGGUUGUCUUUAUUGCUGCAGUCCCCCCUUCAUCACGAUGGUUCUGUCCACGGAGCAUUGGGACGACGAGUAGACAACCAUAAAGCAGCAGCAGCAGGUGUAUGCAGAUAGGACUGAUGCGUCUCAUCGUCACUAUGUGAAUUACUAAUAUCUGCUUUACAAUAACAUCAAGCGUGCAUUACGUUAUCAAAUAAAAUCAUCUAGGUGUUAGACUUAACUAUUGGUAGACUAAUGUGAAAGAAAAUCUCCAAAUGUUCAGUAUUAGUAAGAUUUAGAAAUGCACUAUUUAGUGUGAAUGCUAACUGGAUCUAAAGAUAUAGCUGUUAUUUAUGCCUGCUGGAGAAGUCUGAAAGUUCAAUUUCAGUUUCAAAAAUGGUUAAGACUUAGGUGGAAAAGAAAUGUCUGCUAUAGACAUAAUAAUCAGCUGUGUAUGAGCAUAGUCAACCUGAAUCACAACCUCAAAGAGUUUCAUGCACAAAUAUUUUCUCUUAAACUUUGUUAAACUUGAGGAUGAUGAUUUUUUACGCUGCGAUUUGUGAACAAGAAUUUUGUCUGAAUUCAUUCAAACAAAGACCUCCCACUGUUACAGUGGUUUCCUGUGAUAGGUAGCUAAUCUGUCAGGGGAAAGGAGGAAAUCUGAAUCACAUAUAGUUACUAGAACCUCGUAGAAGACUAUAAGGACUUCAGGAGAUGGAAACCACGACUCGGAGCAUCGCGAACACCAGGUUCAGCCAAAGGCCUUAAAUACAAGCGUACGAUGACGCCAAAAUCGUGCACUUAAUUAUUGGACAGUCAAUACAGAGCAGAAGAAGCAGUCUCACUGCUACCAAGAACAAUGAUGAGUUUGUGUGAGUGAAUGAAUGUGUGAGUUUCACCCACAGGGUUGUCUUAAUUGCUACAUUGGACACUAACGUUAGAGUUAAAACAACUUUAAAGUUAACAAAAAUACACCGCCUGAAAUGAUGCUAAAACCUUCUGCAGAUAUUUUGUCUCACUUUUGUUUGGCUUGGUGCUUCCAACAGAUGCUCACCAGCACACUGUGGUUCUGGAUCAUUGUAACCUCUGUGUCCUCUGCUGGUUUCAGCAGGCAUCCUUGCUUCUGCUGCCAGUGUGCAUGGAGGAGAACUGGGCCGAGUAGGCCCAGAACUGCAUGUAGCCUUAAUGCUAUUAGCAUGGCUGAGUGGGCAGACAAAGUGCUACGGUUUGUUAGCCCGGAUGUGUAUGAUGGAAAGGACAAGACAGCACUAAGUCAGUGAAACAGAUGAGGUAACAUGGCUGUUAGCAAUGUCAAAACAAGACUUCCCUGCUAUUCUGUUUGUAUUCUAUAUUCUCCAGGAUCCUGUGUAAAUGAACCUCACAUUUUGUAUUCCUCCAGUGUACACUCUUCUCACCACUGAACUCACAUUGUGUUAGAUCCUCUUGCCCUCCUGUGUUUCCUCCUCUUAUUUACCACAUUAUGAUAACACUAGUGUUAGCAAAGCAAUCAGGAAAACAAACUUUUCUCCUUGGUAUUACUCGUCUAUUGAGCUCAGUUUGGCAGAAAGCAGCAAGAUCGCAAUGUUUGAAUCAAGAAACCUUAUAAUUAAUUAAUUCUCUCCCCAUAUUUUAGGUAGAGGUGACGCAGCAGAAGGAUGCCGCUGGUGAAGCGCACCAUCGAGCCCAGGCACCUGUGCCACACGGUACUGCCAAGGAACAUCAAGAAUGAGCUGGAGUGUGUGACUAACAUCUCCUUGGCCAACGUGAUCCGCCAGCUCAGCAGCCUAAGUGAGUCACACAAAGACACACACACACACACACACACACACACACACACACACAAAAGACUAGAUAAAAACAUCCAGUAUAAUGGCUUGUCAAGUUUUUAUGGUUUUCUGCUCAUUUCAGGAUUCUUUUUUAUUUAAAUGUACAAUUAAUCUUGAGUUACAGAUUCUACAGAAAACUACCUGGCCUCCAUCUGUGAUAAUCUAAUGAUGUUUUAUUUCUAUAACGGAUACCUGCAUGUACGUGCACCUCAUCAUUUGUGGAUAAAAACAAGUUUACUGCAGAUGCUCGCUUGUGGAAGUGCAGCACAUCUUACAAUUAAGCAACCAGUAUGUGUUUGUGUGCUCUUUGGAGGGUAAAAAUGCAUAACCAACCUCUUGGAUUCUCAAUUAACAUCAGGAUUAUAAGAGGAAAAGAUGUUUAAUACUUUGCAGCAGGGGUCAUUAUUAAAACAGAAGUGCAACUUUUUUUUCUCAAGUGGUUAAGUCUGAAUGCAGGACAUUGUCAGGCCAUGGUGUUACCAUGAUUGGUCAACCAAAAAAUUACAUAGAGGUGGAAAUUACAGUAGGUCUGCAGCACAUAAACCCCUUAUUACAAAGAUGAAUGCACACUUCAGAUUUCAGCAGUACAAAGACCACAGGUGAUGCUACAGAGAUGUGAAGAAGUCCUCCUGGGGAGAUGAGUCAUACUUAAUCAUAUUCCUGCCAAGUGAGAAGUGCAUGUAUGGCACAAACCAGGAGAGCAGCACAAACCCAGAUGUUUGACCCCUGUGCAGAAGAGGAAGUGGCGGCUCUGUUUGAGAAAAAUUUGCUGUCAUGUAAUGGGUCCAUAUCAAUUCUUGUCCUGGGUGAUCCCCUUUAUCCUGUGAUCUGGAUGACAAGAGGGUUUACUGGGUGGUCUGAUGAGAAGUAGCGUGAAAGUAGGUUAUCGUUUUCUGCUGCCUUCAGUCACCUGAUCUUAAUCUAGUUAAACAGAAUAAUGAGGGAUUUAAUGUCCAAAAAUGAGACAAAAUUCAACACCACCACCAUUAUCUCAAAGGUGGGGUAGGCAGGAUCUGAGGAAGUGCCAGUUUUGGGGAGAAAUCCUGAAUGUAAACACUACCCCUCCCAACCAGUUUUCUCCGCGGCUUCACCUCUCCCUUCUGUCUCUGCUCGAACAAGCCCCACCCACAAACAGACGCUCCUGCUUGCCCGUAUCGUUUCAGUUAAAUUCAGAUAUAACGCAGACAUACUUCAGAUAAUUACAAAUGGUGCCCAGUCAAUGUGAAAGUAAAAAGCUUUGGUGCUACUGUAGAUGCCAACAGACGACCAGUAAACACAAUGUUUUAAGGACUUCUACAACUAGGAUAAAGUGGCAUACCCCAGGACCCGAGGUCAACAGUUUAGCAGUGCUACAACACACAGCAGGUCCCGUUUGACAAAAAACACUUCUGUUACAGACACUUGGCUUACUUUGUUAAAGCAGUUUACCUGUCCAGCAGAAAGGUUACAGGGUCCGUAAGACCCGAAGCGUCCCUCAUCAUUGUUGACCCGGCUUCUUAGUUCUUGUCCGGGUGAUCUAUCUCCUUUUUAAGCACCCGUUAUUCUGCCAGAGUCUCCGGUAUUUACUUCUGUGGACAUGCUGCUGGACACAGAGUAGACUCCAAAGUUCAAACUGUAUCACAGUUUUGGAUGAAUGGAACAAAAAAGUUAGACUUCUCCUCUUCCAGUCAAUAUGCAUUUUUCUUCUUUGCUGACUCUGGUAUCAAACAGCUCUCUGUUCAAACAUCCUCAGCCCUCACAUCUCUAUCAGAGCAGUCAGCCUAGUUCUCUUGGGGUUUCCAGUCACAGCUGCACUGACAGCCUUUCUUCAGCUCUUAAUAUCAGUAAUAGCACAUCAUUGGACUUUGAUACUUGAAACAGAGAAAGAACAGCACUGCUUAUCUGAUUGUGUCUGACACUCACUGCAGUUUACUUUACCUGGUUGUUUAGGAAUGGCGAAAUGAAACUUUGGAAUAAGGUCAUGAAUUAUCUCUGCAUAUAGACCUGUUAAAGCUUUGGAAAUAAGCAUAAUUGGGGUUUUCACACUUUCACUUCAGCACAAAAAAAAAUGUUUCACUUAAGAAAUCCAUCAGUGUAAAUAAACAUUUCACAUGUCGUGCGUGCGUGCUUGCGUGCGUGCGCGCGCGUGUGUGUGUGUGUGUGUUUGUGUUCAUGCAGGUAAAUAUGCAGAGGACCUGUUUGGAGAGCUCUUCAAUGAGGCCCACACCUUCUCUUUCCGGGUUAACUCCCUGCAAGAGCGCGUGGACCGCCUCUCCAUCAGCGUCACACAGCUGGACCCCAAAGAGGAGGAAUGUGAGUCCACUAACUUCAGACACACACACAUGCACACAUGCAUGCACAAGGUCUCACGCUUUUUCCUUUCUCGAGUGAGAACCUGAGCUCUACAGAUUCUCUUGCCUCUUCAUUGCACCAAUUGUUGAUGUGCCUCUAUGUGAGUGUGUGUCUGUGGGACUGUGUUUACUGUGUUUGUUCAUGUUUGUGAUGGAGCUCUCCUGUCUGCCCCCCUUUAGUGUUAACGGUUGUUAUUAAAAGAGCAGGCAGCAGAAAUGGUGUCCUUUCCUCCUGGAAAAAGCACAAACACUUACCUCUGUUUAGUCAGAGAUUUGCCCAGGCUGGAUGCUUAUUUAGCCACUAAAAGAGAAAGAAAUCAGACCCGUAGUCAGGCUGUGUUAAUAAUCUGUGGGACUGCCAGGUAAGCUAGGCUAUCCUGAAUGAGGGGGAAAGAGGUAGGGGUUUGACAGGAUGGUGUAGCUAGAGGAGGCUGAAAACUAAAAAGAGAGAGAGUCACAGCGGUGUAAUACCAUGCUCCAAGGCGUCGCAUCGAUUUCCCACAGGCCAGCGGUGUGUUUACGGCUUUGCACAAUGCUACUCUAACUGCUUCCUUGUCACUGACACUAAGACGGAGGAAUGCUCACUGGAUCGUGCUUCGCCGCUUGUGGCUUUUUAUGUGAAUGGAUGCGUGAGCUUUGCUUCCUCCUCACAAGCCUAUGAAUACAAUUUUUUGCAGAAUCAUGGGUUUGUGUUUGGUUUAGGAAAACAGCCCUCCAGGUCCAGAUUACUCACAGAUUGCUCAUCCUUAUCCUCUUUUUGGUUGCAUCCUCUAUUUUCCCCCCUGUCUGUGGACCUUCCUCUUUGUAGCCUCUGUUGUUUUUCUGACAUUUUCCCCUCCUUCUUGCUACCUUCGGCCUCAGCACGCUUCCUUCUCACCCUGUCCCCAUUCUCCAGCCAUGCUAAUUGAAUUAGAGUGUGUUAGAUCAAAUAGUGGAGGUGUGUUGUGCUGUGUGCCUCAGUUUGAGAGUCUAUUUUAUCCUUAAGAGGUUGAAGGUUGAACACUAGUUCAAGUGGAUCCUUCCUGUGUGGAUCCUUUCUGUAUUUCCUGGAUCGCAGAUUACCUGACAGGAAGGCCACAGUUUGUCAGGCUUGGGAACUGUGUUUCUGGGACAUUAAUGAGCAGUACGGGGGGCUCCACAAGGGACAGUGCUGGUGCCAUUCCUGUUCACACUGUACACAUCAGACUUCAAAUACAGUACUGAGUCCUGCCACAUCCAGAAAUACUCAGAUGACACCGCUAUUGUGGCAUGUAUCAGGAAUGGACAAGAAGCUGAAUACAGAGAUCCGAUAAGAGCCUUCAGUGACUGGAGUCACAAAAACUGCCUCCUCCUCAACACCUCAAAGACAAAGGAGAUGGUCAUAGACUUCCGUAGAUCCAAACCCUCUCUUCUGCCAAUGAACACCUGUGGAGUGGACAUUGAAGUGGUGACAUCAUAUAAAUACCUAGGUGUACAUCUGGAUAAUAAGUUGGACUGGUCUAGGAAUAUAGACUUCAUCUACAGAAAUGGGCAGAGCUGCCUCUUUUGCCUGAGAAGACUCUGAUCAAUAGACAUCUGUAGUAAGACGCUGCAGAUGUUUUAUCAGUCUGUGGUGGCAAGUGUUCUGUUCUACGCUGCAGUCUGCUGGGGAGGAAGCAUCAAACACAAAGAUGCAAGACGUCUUAACAAACUGGUGAAAAAGGCUGGAAGGUGGAGACUAUUCUCAAGAACAUGGAUCACCCACUUCACAACACCUUGAUGGACCAAAGGGCAAAUGGUGGUGGACGGCUCCUCUCUCUUGGCUGCAGGACAGAAAGAUGUAGAAGAUCUUUUGUACCAACAGCCAUCAGGCUUUAUGACUUUUAUGUAAAUUGGAGAUAACUUUAAUAGACAUAUUACAUGAGACAACAGACAAUUGAAUUUCCCUUCAGGGAUCAAUAAAGUUCUUCUUCUUAUUCUUCUUAUUCUUAACACAUUCCUCUCACACACAGACAGUAUUUCUUCUGCACAAUUAGACUUGAUCUUUUUAGACACACAUCUCUUGGACAGGAGAUCUUUACCUCAUUCCAGCAUAAGGCGUCUUGUUCAUAUUCAUGGGAUCUCUCUGUGUUUGGAUGCAGACUUGGAGGGAUUUUGUGAGUGUACUUGUGCAUGCAUCUGCUGCAUUCGCUCAUGUGGUCUUAGCAUUUUAUCUCCCUUCAUAAAUAAGCCCUACUGUCCCCCCACUUUUAGCCUCAGGUGCCAGUGUGGGAGACAGUGGAUAAGGAUCAGCUCAGUUGCAGUUAAAGUGUGCAGUGGGGGAGGAGGAAGAGAAAGAGAAAUGGAAGGAUAGAGAGAUGGGAGCAUAAAACAGGGCACUGCAGCAAAAAGCACCGAAGUGUAAAAGGAUUGUACCGCAGAAUUUUCUGGGCCAGGUUGAGAAAGCCUCCUCUUCAGGUUACACAGAUUUCCGACUCAGUUCAACUCCUCCACAUGCAUUUACAGCCAAAUAAAGUUGUCUUUGAAAUGGAAACCCUGCUACUCCACUUCUCUUUCUCUUAUUCAUUGAAAAUCUAUCAAAUCAAGCGGCAGCGGGGGUAGUGUGGUCGUGUGCAUUUGGCAGAACUUUACCAGAACAAGUCAGAUAAAUGCAAGAAAAGAUGGUCAGUUCUUGGAAAAGAUGGUUUCCUGUUUUUACCCUCACACUUUCAAACACACACUCUACUGUACACAGUUUAAAGUGUAUGCUUUUAGCACAAGCAUAUGACCGGCCUUGUAAUUGUCUGUGUGGGUCUGUGGUCAGCCAUUGAGGAGUGAAGGAGAGGGGAAUGAGUGCAAGCAGGGGGAGGCCAUAAAUCAGGACCAUGAAGGGAUAGAGAGAUAGGAGGAUGAAAGUCGGGAAGGCAAAAGAAGAGUGGAGCAAAUGAUGAGAAAUUCACAAAUACUGCUUUUUAGUUCCUUAAAACCCCUGAUGACAUGGAAGAACUGGUUACCAGUUGAUUAAACUUAGUCCAACUUAAUCCAAUGUAGACUGAAUGAAAUCAUGAAAGCUAAUCGCUGCAGAUUUGUUUUUUUAUUCACAGGACUGUUCACUCUUAUAGCAGGAGAUAGCAGUCACAAGUGCAGCAGUGUUUUGAUUUGUUGUUUAUAAUAUUCAAUAAAUUUACAACCAACUGUUUGAUUUUGUGCUGUUGUGCAAUAUACAAGCAACAAGUCCUUUUAAGUCCUUGUUAGAGUUUUGCUGGUCAUAGCUGGUUUUAACAUCAAAAGUAUGACUAAAAUAAAGACAUAUGUAGUGUUGCCCACAAUAAUGACACUGUACCAGUGUGGCAGGGCAGGUCUAACAUCAAUGAACACUGCACUCCUCUGUCUUUUUGAAAAUGACUGCAGGUUGAUGGUUCUUUUCAUGUGGUAGUUUGGAAUGUUUUCUGCAGCUUGUUGCUGUCCUUGAACUCUGCACUCUCUUGGUUUAAUGAUGUCUUUGAUACUGAGCCCACAUACACCAGGCUCACCUGGCAGGAGACAAAACUGCAAGUUGAACUGUCUCGUUUUUCCAGUACCCAGAUAUCUUGUGAUCACCUUCAUUUCUUACAUAAACUUGUAGCUGUAAUUACAAUCAUAAUCACUGCAAGAUUUAACUCACAAAAGGAUAUUUAAUCCACUAACUUUUAUUCAACUUUGGCGUGCAUUUUACUGCCUCUCCAUUAUUUCUUCCCCAGCUUGAGGGACUCUUGAGCCUAAAAAAAGUCCUUUUCACUCUUCAUAGAUUUUCAGCAUUUUCAGCCCUUAAGAAAGCAGCUCUCUGAAGGGGUUAAGUGUUUUGUGACAAACUUUUUUUCUUAAAAAAAAGAUCCAGUGUUGAUUUGCAGGAGAAGGUUUUGGAAAAUGCUGUGAUUCUUAAAACUCUACCACAAGGCAAAGUCUGACAAAAGUAAACAUGCCAAUGAGCCGAUGCAACAUCAGCCAUCGUUAGAAACUAGAUUAUCGUAUUGUAAAAAAAAAAAAAAGACAAAAUAUCAGGUGAUGGGGCCACUGUGCAGUUUAAAUUGUUGUUGGUAGUUAAAUACAACUGGAACAAAGUUUUUAAGAAUGUGCAAUUCUCAGGCGUCUCUACACUUAAGAGCUCAAUUUAAACUUCCCUGUAAAAUCAAAACUGCUGUGAAUGAAGGAAGUCUGAUCCUGAUUCCAGUAGUUGCUCUAAUCCCACCCUGUACCCCCUCAACCAUCAGACAAGCCCUGUGCAGCUUAGCUGUGUUUGAUCAGAGGUAAAAUACUGUUAUAGACUCAGAGGAUUCAGACUGGACUCUGCAGUGAAAUAUCUUUUCUUCGUUGAAAGCAUAAGGACACACAGUGUUGGGUGAUGGAUGAUAUGACAGAUGUGUAGCUGAAGGUUGCAGAGAGAUGAAGAGAUGGCCCGAUGAUGAAUGCAGUGUCAUUGGUACUGCAAGGGCUGAGGUCAAGAGUGUUUUAUCACAUAAAUUUAUACAUGUUCAGUCUGAUGAACACACAUUUAAUGCACACCCAAACCUUGUCCACAUCCUAUCUACCUUUAAGCCUUGAAACAGGAUAGUCCCUCUCUUUUUGCCCUUUAGACCCCCAACUCCCCCUUUUCCCCAGCAUUGUUGUCCUCUUCUGCCCACCCCCCUCCCUCUGAUUGAUCUCUGUGCUCCCUCCAUCUUCAUCGUGGAUGCUAUUUGUUUGCUGUCAUCAACCCCCCCCCCCCCACACCCCACCCCCACUUGGAGCCGGCCAAACUAAUGGCCUGUAUCCCCUAUUUAAUGGCACCGUUAUAUCACUGCACUGGCUGCAGGCCAUUGUGGAAGGCCACAAAGCCCCUGCCAGUCCCUCAAAAAUUUGCUCUGAAGUCAAUGGGACAAGACAAAAAACAGCAAUCAUUAAAGUUUUACAAAUAUUCACUGCUCCAAUUCAGUUUUUUGUUUUUGUUUUGUAUUUUUGUUUUUUGUAUAAAAAAAUACUUGAAAAAGGAAUGUUUGUUGUGGGUGUGCUCCCUGUUGAUAAAAUCACAAUGCUACCAGUAUUAAUGAUAAAUCUCAGGAGAAUCUCUUCAUAAUGUGCGCACCCCCACAGUCGCCGUUGUGGUCCUUUCAAAAUUUCCUAGAGGGAAUUUUCUCUGUUUUUGUCCUUUACUGAUUGUUGAACCUCCUUGACCCUUAUUUCCACAGCUUUUCUCAUUUCUACUCAUUUCUUUGUCUCAUUUUGUUGGAGUCUACUGCAGUCAGGAAACGGUGACCUUACUAACUAAAUACAAAUGUACAAAAGUGCUUCAGGCUCUCUUCUCGGCUUAGACUCUGUUCUUUUUCCAUUGAUUGACUGUAAAGUUUGUACUGUGCUGUGCUAAGAUGUGUCAUUAUUUGCUUUCAGAAUUUCAAAUGAUCUACAGAAAAGUGUGCUCAGAAGGGAUCCAGUUUAAAUGCUUUCUUUUCUCCAACAUGUAAAUGGUAGUGACAUCCUGGGUUAAGGUAAAAACUAAGAUGAGAUUUCUGUCAGCCUCUCCAAACGUAGAAUAAUAAUAAAACAGGGAACAAAAGAGUGUGUCCUUGGGUGCCACAUGUAGACAGUGAGAACAAUGAAAAAGAAAGAGAAAUGAACAAAAGUGCUGUCAGUUGUGUCCAGAUGCACCACAUACAAGAGGAAAUAUUCACUUAGACAUUGAUUCAGUUGAACUCCGGACGAGCAGGGGAAAAUGAAAGAAAUAAGGCAAGGAGCAUCCUUGGCCUUUAGCAAAUAUGAUUACACAUGCUUUACAAAAGCAAUUAAAGAGCAGCAAGCUCAACUUUAUUUAAGAGUACUACACUUUUUUAUGCUUUGAAAAAUGCUUGAAUUGCUCCAAAAAAGUCUUCUUAAGAUAAAAGCACAAAAGCUUCACACUAGGAAGGAUUGUAAGCAGAAAUUACUACAAAAAGUUAGUAAGAGUCAUCCACUUUUGAUCUUUUGCAGUUAAUGUUCAAAUUUUUAUUAAUCUUUAAGGUAAUAAAAUGCCCUGAUUUAAGGUGCCCUUUUAACUCAAAACAAAGUGAACGAACCAAAAACUGUAAAGCAGUGAGUUUGAGGACGAACAUUCAUGACGUGUCCAAGAACGAUACGGUGUAUGGAGUCAGGAGAAAACAUAAAGGAGAAGGCCAAUCAUGACAAAGAAGGAUCUACCCCCAUUCUAUGUUUGGACUAUGAGCCAUAUCAACCAAUGUUCUCAUGCAAGAUGUGUGUAGAAACUCAAACCAACAACAAUGAUUCUCAAGGCACCAUGAGUCACCUGAAGUCGAACACUUCCAGUGAAGAUGAGGCCCACGGCUCAAAUCUGGACUAUAUAUUCUCCUGAAGCAAAUAAAGCUUUAAAGUUAUCUCUUUAAUAUCUUUGGGUGUGAGUAGAUACUGCAAAUCAAUGUGCAGAAGAAGGAUUUUAUUCCAGUAUAAAAGACACAGUCUCGUGAUUUACACUGUGUUCAGCAGAGCCCCUGUGUGUAGUCUCUCUGCAGUUGUGUAGUUCUUUGCACUCUUGCUUGCCAACAGCAGGAUGGCAAAUUUAAUUGAUAUAGAGAUGUACAUUGGUCACUAAGGUAUACAGGACAUUGCUCACCUCGUCAAUGAAAUAAAUGGUUUUAAAAUCCAAACUUAAACAUCAAUAUCACACAUUUUUGCCAUUUGUAUGGCAUCGUGUGAAAGAGAGAAACUCAAAACGAAUAUUUUCUGAUAAUCAUUCAUCCAAACUAAUUUCCCUUUUGCUGGAGCAUAUUUAUAGGCUUAUUUGUGUACUUGGUAUCAUAAUGUGAAAUGACAUGAAGGCUGUAGGGACAGAGGAUUUAAUUCAAUUCUUUUACUCCUCUAUUAUGUGAAGAAUAUGCCUGUUAGCUCUGCCAAACCAUUUGGCAACCAAAGUUUCAAUAGUGUGUCGCAAAGUUUCCUCAUGAAGACUCUAGCAAUUAUGCAGAUGCAGAAGGCUAUAAUUUGACAGUUAUGACAGACAUCCAGAAGCAUUGUGGGUGAUGACCGACAAGCAUUUGUGAGACCACAGUGAUGGAGGCAAAUAUUAGUCAAAGAAAAACCAAGAUGAUGACAGGGUUGUUGCACACAUUACAUGUUUUUACCUCACAUAGUUGCAAACACUGAAACAAGUUUGCUUUAAAGUUAAGGAGGUAAUCUCUGUACUUUGUUUUUGUCAUGUUCUGUCAGCAUAGAAUUACAUAGUUUAUGCUUACUCUGGUGAUUUGACAGAGUUUGUGAAUACAGGAGGGGGAGCACUUUAGACUCUGUGCAGAUAGAAAAGGAACAAACAGCAAUCAAGCUUACACAACAAGGAAGAAGAAAGGAAGGAAAAGGUGGAGACUGAGAGGACUUGAUUUAGGGCUGCAGGACGGGAAAUAUAGGGCAGCAUUUGCAUUAAAGUUCAACAGGAGAAAGAGGGCGAUGCAUCUGCAUGCUAAGAGGCAGCCCAGCCUGCUCCUUUUCUUAUCUUCAGAGUGUGGGACUGCAUCUCCAAGAGGAGGGGAGAAGAGGGGGGAACAUUUCAUCAUUUCAUUUCCCUGAAACUUUAAGGGAAGCAUAAGGUGUGUGUGUGUGUGUGUGUGUGUGUGUGUGUGUGUGUGUGUGUGUGUGUGUGUGUGUGUGUGUGUGUGUGUGUGUGUGUGUGUGUGUGUGUGUGUGACAACAACUCCUUCACCUCUAUUUGCUUGAGUGUUUUUCUAGUGAGAUGCCAGAGAGAUAGAUAUGAAAGAUAUGAAAGAGAGAGAGAUAGAUAAACUCUCUACCACUCUCUGACUGAUAAGGAGCUUCACAGGCUGAGAUCAGAGACUGCUACACACACACACACACACACAGCCUUACAGCCUCUUACAAGCUCACUUAUUCAUUCACAAAUGCAUACUCUCACAUUUCUCUCAUUAGCUGAAUGCCUUCACUAAAUGGAUGUAAUUGGUAGUUCAGCUGAAUAAGUGACAUUUUGUAAUUAGGGUGUAGAACAUCAUGUUAAGAUAUCCAUCUGAGUGUGCGUCUGAGUGAUCCUUAGUGUGUUUUUGUGUAUGUGUGUGUGUCUGCCCACAUUGAUUAGUGCCUCUCUCUCUCUCUCUGUGCUCUUGCCUGGCAGAGGUUUACAGCCACCUCACUCUGCCUCAGAUGCGUCCUGACACACACUUAUGCACUGCCGCUCUUGUUUGUCGCCUUUGCACGUACUUGUCACAUAACAUGACAGCUCCUCCGCUGUCCAAAAAUGCAUUUGGGCAGCAGGACACAGUGUUCCUUAUGUCUAACACUAAAUGAUGACUCACAGGUCAGCCAGUGGUGUUUUCUGGCCUUGUAAAGAUGUUUAAUGUGUAAAGCAGUUGGCUUGAAGAUUUACUCUCAUUUGUAAGCAGAUUGGAAAAGAGUGUCGGUGUCAGCUUCCCUGAUCUUCAUCCUGACCUUCGAAUGGACAGGAAGUGAGGCGAGAAGCAAAAUGCCCUACAGGGAUCCCCAAAGCAUCGCUUUAAUGUUCAUAUCUCCUCUCACACAUCUAUAUACCCAACUACCCAUAAUCCUUAACCACUUUUUCUUCUUUGAUCUCACCUUACAGAGUGAAAUUCUCCAAAAAUCGUUACUAGACCUUAACUGUUUUGAUAGUUUGAUAUAGCUUCCCUUUCAUUUAUUGAGUGUUUGUACUUCACAAGUUCAUUGCUAAAAUUCAAAGCCUGACUAAAAAUGAGACAAAUAGUGUAACACCAAGAGCUUCAAGUUUUAAACCAGCUAGAAAAAAAGCUAAUCUAGUAGAUACAAGUUUCAAUGAAUAGUUCAAUGACAGCAUAAAGAAAACACAGACUAACUUCAUCUUUCAGCUCUGACGUAACAAAUAAGUAAUUAUGAGGUACUUCUCUUUUGCAGGGAGAGGGUCGUAAUAACUCCUCUUAGUUUUAGCUUGGAACCUCUUCUUCCAGACUCAAGGACCCUGAUUUUCAAGUGAGAUACAAAUUUAGCUUUCAUCUGAAAAGAGGACUUUAGACCACUGAGUAACAGUCUAGUUUUUUCUUCUUAGCCUCGUCCAGAUGCUUUAGACAUCUUCUCUGCUUCAGGAGUGUCUUGACAGUAGAAAAACAACACUUGUAGCUUAUUUCCUGAAUAUGUCUCUGAGUGUAGUGGUUCUUGAUGAAGUCUACUCCUUGUGGAGCUCCCCGAAGUUCUUGAAUCACUUUGUUGGACCAUCCUCUCAAAGCUGCACUCAUCCCUGUUGCUUGUGCACCUUUUCUUCCCACACUUUUCCAUUAACAGGCUUUGUAACAGCACUCUUUGAACAGCCAGCCUUUUCAGCAAUGACCCUCUGUAGCUUACUCUCCUUGUGGGGGGUAUCAAUAAUUGACUUCUUGACAACUGUCAAGUCAGCAGUCUUCCCCAUGAUUGUGGUUGUGUGUACUGAGCCAGAGUGAGAGGAUAAACUUUAGCAGGUGUUCAGAGUUAUUUAGACGAUGACAGCUCUGCUUAGGACUGAAAUCACCAACAAGGAUAUUGGACUUUCCACAAUAUUCUGAUGUUUUGAGAUAGAAUAUUUUUGAUUUUCAUAAACUGCAAACUGUAACAAUCAAGAUUAAAACUAAGAAAGUUUUGAAAUAUUUCACAGCAUGUGUGAUGAAUCUAGAAUAUCUUGAAGUUUCUAAGUUUUGAAAUUAAUUAUGUGGGGGGGGGAACCUCUUAUUUUUUAGCUACACCUGUUGAUCUGUGUAAUCUCAAUACACAAAAAUUUCAUCCUGCUCAUUUUAACAGCCAAAUCUUUCAUAAUAAAGAAUCUUUGCUGUGGAAUGUAGAACAAACAGACCAUAUGAGCAGCAUGCAGCUAACCACGGUCUGACCCCUCCUGCCCCUCCUAGACAUCAUCAACAAAAAGUCUUUCUUUUCAAGGUCAUAGAAACUUUAGUUUUGAUUUCAGUCUGUUUCAUAAUGAGAUGAAAGCUUUAAAUUGAGCUUCAAUGUAAGUAGAACAGAAAGUUCAGCAGACAGACAGACAGAGUUUUUGCUUCCAUAUUUGUUUAUUCAUGGAUCUUUGUUGUGACGGAGCAGCAGCAUCACUGACUGCAGGGAGCACACACACUAUCAGGCACAUUUGUUUCCCCCUCUCUGCUGGUGUUUCUAAUCAUUCAGUAAACUUGGCCUGCACUAUGAAACAGAACGAUAUGGAAAAGUGAUGGCAAAAGUACAAACUUCAGGGCUCUAGUUUGAUGUCAGCAUGCAUGUUCAUAUGUUCACAACAUCCCCUUGGCUGCAGGAGAUGUACACCUGUGGUGUGCCAUGUCCUGUUUAUGUGUUUAAAUGAGGAAACAGAGAUAUUUUUGUGUGCAGCAUUGCUUACAUGACAGAGGAGGAGAUUCAUUCUUUUGCUUAUUUGUUGUCUCUGAUCUCAUUUUUAAUUUGCUCUUUAUGUAUAAUGUUGAGACUAUGGGGCACAACAACACAGUGUAGUAUCAACCCUCUGUUAGUUUCCUCUUGUCAUUCCAGUAAAAUACUGUAUGUAUACAGUAGUAUGUGCAUGCCUUUGACAGUAUGUGUUUGGUGUUUAAAAUGCAGAUUAUAUAUUUCUCCCUUGUGAUGUCUUCGAAGUUAAAUCCACCCUCAAACUCCUCUCAGGUUACCUCAACGCUCUCCUCGCUCCUGCUUUCUUUGAUUUCCCCUAUAGAGUAUCAUACUGUUUGUCUGUUUGUUUUCUGCCACACCUCUUUCUUGUUGUUUCUUUACAUUUCUUUGUUUUUUUUCUGUGUUCUUGGCUUUUCUAUUUAUGACAAAGUAUCAAAACCCUUCCCUGCUCCUUGAUUAUGUUUUUCCAACUAUGGAUCAAUCAACACGUCAGAGUAAAGUGGUGUGAUUUCUUUUCAGAAAAACACUCUUUUUCCAGGUUUGUUUCCUCCUCUAUAUGUGACUUCAACCUUGGAGAAUUUUUUUGCUAUUUUAGCCAAAUUUGUAACAUUGUGAUCUCAAAGAAUACCCGGUAUUUUUCCUUUGAAUUGACCAUUUUAAUCUCAUUACAUUUCCAGAAUUUGCACAACUUUAAACAUACUGGUACUACUUUUGUAUCUCAAACUGCAGGUUCUACCUUGCUUUAUUACACCCUGAAUCCUGGAUAUUUUCACCUCUUUAACCUGCACAGUCUGUCUUGCAUUACUUCUAAGAGUUUCCCAGGGUGUUACUUCCUAAACCUUUGCUCACCGUUAAAACCUCAUUGCCUCAGGUGCCUGACCUUUAUUUCAGUGCCUGUUUGUAAGUCAUUACCCACCCGUAGUGCUGACUAAAGAGAUCUACUUACUGUAUGUUUCAGGAUAUAUUUUCAUUUUCUGUGUGUGUUUUUUGUGUGUGGCAAAGCUAAUGACAGAAAACUGUAACAGUACUUGUCUAUAUGCUACAUGACUUUGUCACUCUUCCCUCUGGGCAGAAGAAAAAUGUAUCCAUUUGUCUCUUCAUGUAUAAUUCAGCUCUGGUUGCAGCACUCUGAAUUUCUGUCCAAGACUUUUCUCCUUGGCUUGAGCAGAUUGAGGGUUAGCCUGAGUGUGGUUGUGUUUCCUCCUUCCCCUCAGCUAUUUCUCCAGCCUGUUUUUCUGAAAGCUUCAGCUGUGCUGUGAGGAUUUCCUCCUGUUACUAGUUUGCCCCAUCAAAGUUUCAGCUCUCUCUGCGUCAAAGUGUCAGAGACAUGACCUCAGCCUUGUGCUGCCAAACUUGUUUAGCUUUCUGUCCGUCACGCACUCUGCAGAAAUAAAUCAUGGGAUGAAAUAACCCUCUUUUCUGUUUUCUCCAUCUUUCCCUCUUUUCCUCAGUGUCUCUACAAGACAUCACCAUGAGGAAGGCUUUCAGGAGCUCCACCAUUCAGGACCAGCAGUUGUUUGACCGCACCUCGCUGCCUGUCCCGCUGCAGGAGACCUUCCAGACAUGCGAACAGCCGCCACCGCUCAACAUCCUGACGCCAUACAGGUCUGAAUCCUGAGCAAUCCACUACCUCUGAAAAAAGUGUUUUUUUGGGGUUUUUUUUGUUUGUUUUUUAGUGUGUUGGAGUAUUUUAUAAAAGUCUGUGCUGAUGUGCAUCUCACAGUUCCAUUUUCAGGUGACACAGUCUAUUUAAACAGUGUACUGCAUCAGCUAGAACAGCCCACUAGUUCACGAUUUAAAAUUGAGUCCACAAGGCCUGUGAGGAUUCACAGUCCCCCCUUGUAAUCUAUGACCUUUUGUAUAUUAUGCUUUUUCCUUAUACAGAAUAAUUCAUGUGCAGGUAUGGAUGGCUGUAAAAUGCUGAAAAGAUAGCACAACUUGACUGGCUUUCAAAGUGUACAGAGAGGAAGAGUCUGAGGUCUGAAAGGGUCAAAACAGCGGGAAUACUUGGAGUAUAAAGAACAACUUCAUUCUUAGGCUGGUGUGUUUGUUUGUGGCCUUCAUCAGAGUCGAAUACUAAAAAGGUGCUUCAAAACAGUCUUUUAGUUUGCAAUCUCAAGGCUUGACUGGGAGCUGAAUUAUCCAUGAAAGACUCUUCCUCCUGAUUUCGAAACGGUGCUUACAUGUAAAAAUUAGCCGACACUUUUUGUUCGAUACAAGACAUCAGGAGACAAGAAUAUUUGCUGCUCAGAGUUUGUUUUUUUGUUUUUUGCUUUUUUUGUUGCUGUCAGUUGGAUUUGGAUCCAUUUUCUUUAAAAGGAAAAUCAUCAACAGAGGUCUCCAAUCACUCUACCCUUUACACAAACAGCUUAGGAUGUUGAAACCAGAACCAGAGAAGUAAAUUUCCUUUAAACUGGGCUCUGUGACACGCUUUGGGAUCUUCAAGAGUAAGUUAAACUGCCUCUGUAUGUCAUCAGUGUUUUCUGACAAAGUGCUCUACUGAUUUGUUUUAACAGCCCAACUGUAAUUGUCUGGCCUGACAUCUAUACCCUUAAAGCUGCUACAACAAUUUAAAACUAUUAUAGUUAUAGAAAAAGUUGAUUCUGUUGCUGACAGUCUUGUUUACAUUUGUAGGUCAGAGGUACAACUGUUUAUUUCACACUUUCAUAACCAGCUAAUAACUCCUCAGAGGAGCUUUAAGGACAAUAGUGAUGCUCAUCAUAAUGCACAGUCAUCUCCUAUGGAUUCAACCUUUUAUUUAUCUCAUACUUUUUCUAUUUUGGUGUGCUGGUUGGCAAGUUUUUACCACUGGCAGGUUUAUGACCCAUCUCUCCUGACUGUUAAGGUUGAGUCUAGCAAGAGGUGGCGUCCUCUCAAGAUAAAUAAUCCAUCAAAAACUCCUCUGGCUAGCACUUUCCCUUUUGACAUCCCAGUCUUCUGGCCAGCAGCCCCCUCACACCAUUCUUUUUCCCCCCUUUUCUUCUCAUACGUUUUUUUUUUUUCUCCUGCAGCACCUUAGCUGACCUCCUUCUGUAAUGCUGCUACCCUGACCAAGCCAGUUAGAGAAGGUUACAGCUCAAAAACAACCUUUGUGGUAUCACACACACACACACACACACACACACACACACACACAAACUUCAGAAGGACAGGUGCAGGUGUAGGCCGUGGUAUUUAAAUGUGUCGCCUCAGUGUUUUUUAACCUCAGGGGCUUGACAUGGCCCAGACCCAGUAAAAUGGCAGGUGAAAAUGUUGUACUUGCUGAAUCCCCAAUCUUACUGCAUAUUUCCUCUGUGUGCCGCCUGAAGGACAGGGAGCUUUUCCUGAAUAAAACAUGUUUAUUGUGAGCCUAAAGGUCAGUACAGCGUUUGGCUGGGAUUGCUCUCACCUUUCUUGAUAACAGCUGUGGGAUCAGCCUUUAGCCAGAGGUCCAGAUGAGAGGAUUAAGUGUAAGCACCAAUAUGAAUAUGAGACAAACAGCAAUACUAUGUCUUUGUGUGUUAACUUCAGGGCUGCCUCUGGUAAGAAAAAAAAAAAAAGGGGGAACAAACCUUACAAAAAUUUGUUAUUUGAUCCAUUUCCAGCGAUAAUAACACCUUUUUUUUCCCAUUGGAAGACAAUAUAAAGAGUAUUGAACUGUUUAUCUGUACAAGAUGGACUGACAUUGACCAACAAAAGAAAACCUGGCCAUCAGUAACAUCGUUUUUUUUUUUUUUUUUUAACAUUUUACACAGCAAAUAUUCCCAAUUAGUGAUAAGUUUAGCUACUAUACAAAAGGAAGGAUUACUCAUGUACAGGACAACAUCAACAAAGUAAAAAAGUAUGGCUUUGUCCAUGGGGGGGGCGCCAGAAUCAACAUAAACUCAAAGUUCAUCACAAGAACUUAAAAUACCAUCUACAGCAGAAAGUGCAGAUUUACCAGACUUUAGAAACACCAACUAGCAAACAUUGUAUACUGAAACUGAUUUUAACACUUACUGUAUUUAUUACAAUUACCAUUUCAGAAGUGUUAUGACCCUAUUUCAUAAAACAUUACUAGCAUGAGCAUAAGAGAUCAGCUGGAGGUCUAGACUGAAGCGAAGCUAUGUGCCCUGGAUCAGGGUGGCAUGACUUAUGCACUCACACACAUGUACACCCAAGUUUUAUGUUGAGUUAGUUUUAAGAUGUAUUAUAGAAGGGUGAACAGAGCUAAGCUAGGGCUGGGCAAUCAAUAGAAAAGUAAUCAAAAGCAACAUCCAUCCUCUAAUCAAUGUUCAUUAGUUUUUAUUUUUCUAUUGUAUUCAAAUCCAUUCUUCAAAACUACCACCAGGUAGAGGUUGUACUAUGUUUACUCCUCCUUGUUUAGUCAGUGGCAUGCACACAACAUGGAAAUGAACUCAGACACUGAGCCAACUGUUCCUUUUCAACUAUUGAAUUUCAUCUGUGUGAACCGAUUAACCACAAUCGCAUCACCAAAUAUCAACAGUGCAUACUCCCAAAAAAAAGAGAGACUGACAAGCACUCAGCAACCAGUUGUAAUCAAGGUUAAAUGUUUGGUUAAUUGUGUUAUGGUACUCAGAGCUCAAUAAUACCUGGAAUUAACAAUGUUGGUCUGAGGUUGUUAGCGGAGUACAAACUUUACUACACUCCUGCUCUCUGUCCAGCUGUCAUAAUUCCAAACUGCAUUUUUUUUUAAGCAGUGACACCCCCCCCUUCACACACACACACACACACACACACACACACACACACACACACACACACACACACACACAAACCCCUAACCCUGUCCAGUGAAAAAGAUGUGAGAUAUUUUUUCUCUACAGCAUAUAAAAAACCAACUGUAGAAGCUAAGCCAUGCUUUAAGCUACUGAGGCAUUUCAAACAGGAAACCUUCUUGAUGUGCUGUAACUUUACCUUAUGGAUGAAUGAGAGUCCAGUUGAUUGCUGUUUAAGAUGCAAAUAAGCCCAUUUAUUUGACAUCUGAUGCCUUGAUUCACAUUCUCACACAAACAUUUCAAACAUGCUUCACCGCGUCCUAGCGUCAGCGUCAGCAGUCAAAAACUGUUUCCCCUUGCUCCGGUAGGAAACACCCUUAGACUGUAUAUACUAUGGACAACUUGGUUCCGCCUACCGCCUGUAUACGGAUUUGAAGCCAAAUAGCUCUUGGUAUUUCUGGGAUUUUUCUUCAUUUCCUGAAACCAGCGCUGCGCAGUAGCAAUACGCGCAUUCGGCUGCGCAGUCGCAGAGAGUCGCUGUGAUGACGCUCGGCUCAAAUAGCGUAUCCUCCGGGAGAGCUACGCAAUCCCUGAACGCCCAUAGGCUGUAUCAAGUGUCAUAGAAAACAUGAACCCCCUAAUAACUUUUAAAAAUGGAGCUUCACAGAAAAAAAAGGACUUGAGCACAAACCAGUCCUUCAAUAACUACAUGUCAACAUCACAAGCAGGGGGGAGAAAAAAUUAUGUUCUGUGUAAUAAAUUUCUAAAGUUUGUCCACAGCCCUGUAAGCUUUGCUGGCGGAGGCGGGAUUUAUGACCUAUACUGCAACCCAUCAACAGAGGGUGCUGUUCUCAGAGUGGCUUCACCCAGCAGGGAGGCAGACUCUGUCCAUUCUAUAUACAGUCUAUGGAAACAUCUAACAAGCCCCCAAAGGUUCCCACCCUAUAUAGGCUGACCCGUCACAGUUUACCGUAGAUCUGCUCUUACACCAACAACAGAAAAUGUAUCACAUUAAAAUUCAGAGCAACAGUCCAAACAGUUGAUUUUUCAAACAUUUCUCAUGGUUGUGAAUUGCACCUGGCUGUAGGCACAGAGAGAUCUGGAGUGAAACAGCGUUUCAUUUAAAGUUGUGUUCCCACAUACAUGAAUAUUUUUGUCCCUUAGAUGACUUUCCUCUCAUCAGAAAACUGCUCUCUGCCUUUGAGAAUCAUGAGGUGUCAGACAGACGUACCUACCUACCACUCACUCUAUUAGAAUCUGUUGGAUGUUUUCACAGCGAGGAGCCUCCCAGGAGACUUUUCUGCAUACCUCUCCUCCCUUUUCCUCAUUUUUUAUCUCUCUUCAUUUCCUUUUUUUUUGUGUUUGUCUCCUCUGUUCUUUCGAUUUUCUUCCACCUCCUUCUUGCCUUUGCUUUCCUCCCCCCUGUCAUUUUCAUCCAAUUUCAGUCCCUCCUCUUGUCAUUUUGUCUCCACUCUUAUACUUUGCUCUCCUUUCCCAACAAUUUUCCUCUGCUUCCUUAAUUUUCUUCUUCACUCUUUUACUUGAUUUUUGAACCUCUUCUCCUUUUUUUUAACUCUUUUCCUUUUAAUUUUCCAUUCAUUUUAUCUUUAUAGCUGUUUUCUCUACCCUUGCUUUCUUUGUCCCUCCUCGUCUUAUUCUCCCGUCCCUUGCUUAUCACCUUAUCCCUCUCCCCUCCGCUCCUCUUUUCUCUCCUAUUUAUACUUCUCUCCUUUCCUUUGCUGGGCUCUCUUAAUCUUAUUCCCUUCUUUUUUUUUUCUUUUGCCCUCCUCUGUUUACUCUUCCCUCCUCUUGUCAUUUUCUGCCCUCCUCUCCUCUUCACACAUCACACCAGGAGGCUCCCUGGGACACCUCCCCAGGCUGUUUGCUCAGAUCCUCCCCGAGCACAGCUGCUCAGCCCUCUCUCCUUCUAUCUCAGUUUGUCAUACACAAACUGGCAAACACACACACACACACACACACACACACACACACACAUGCACACACCGCCUUACCCUGCUGUAGGAUUCUCUUUUCUUGCCUUUGUUGUUGAAUAUCAUUAAACCUUUUGCACUCUUAGUUUUUGAGGCUCCUCCUCUUCAUAUCAUUGGUCCCUUUUUCAUUUGAAUUUCAUAAUUUUAUCAUUUGUAGAAAAAUUGCUGGUGUUUUGUCUUUCCUUUAAGAAAUUUGAAAUUCUUGACUCAAGAUUGAAGCAGAGCUUUUUUCAGGACAUGUCAGAAGUGAUCUGAACAUGUCACACAGGGUUGUGAAUGGGUUAAUCUGAGAUGGUGGUUACUACAGGAAGAAGGCACCAGCAAAAGUGCUCACACUGAAACUCUGUUGGGUAUUUUAACAACAAGAAAAUCCCCCAGUGGCCCAGGACACAUCUGAGGAACUUUUGAAAAGGCCUUUUUUAGCCCUUUUACCAUAGGUCUUGGAGUUUCAAAAGAAUUGAGAUUUUUUUUUUCUGUUUGUUGUAGAGGUGGGUCCUAUAGCUACAGCAUUUGACAACCAUGCAACAUACUAUAUCAAUAUUUUAAUAAAUAUAAGUAAUACCAGAAUGCAAAGAGGGAAAAACAUCAAUAAGCAGUUUUCACAUCGUAUCUAUGUAUUGAUUUAAAAUAAUAUAUCUCUGAGCUGUAUGUGUGUGCUGGGGGACACUUUCAUCAGGGAUCAGGGACUACUGCAGCCUGUCAGAAGCAUUGUUGGUAUUUCCUUCCUGACAUCAUGCUUUUUUUUCUCUUUAUAACCACCAACUCUUAAGGUUCCUCUGAUGCAAAUCAAGAUGACUGAGAGCAGAGCAUAGUAAAAGGAAAUGAACAACAACCGAGGAUCACUGCAAUCAUUCAUCAAACGAUUGUUUGAAGGAAAUCAAUACAUGAAAUGAUAACUUCAGAGUUCAUCUGUCAAUCUUGAUCUUUUGGGGGGUUGUCCAAAUUCUCUGGCUCCCAUCUUCUAUAUUUUAAGAAGCUCUGACAAAGAAUGAGGACAAGGUACCCAGUUAUGGCUGCAGGAUUUUGUGCUGAUGUCAGCAGGGCUAAAUUGGCUGAAAAAAUCAGGCACCCAAUCUAUCCCAUGAUCUUGCCGAUAUGAUUAACAUGAAAUAACAGUUCUGGUGUUUCUUCACAGGAGAUGCUGAGAUUAAAAUUUUCAACUUAAACAUUUGCUUCCAGAAAGUGUGAAUGCAAGAAAUUUCACUCUUGGAUGCAAGAGGUUUAAAUACGUUUAGACAGACUUACUCAUGUAGAAAAAAAAAAGGGGAAAAAGUGCAACUGCAACAAAAUUCUUAAUGCAGACUUUAAUGUGACCAGAUGUCUUGGUUUACUUUGCUCGUCUGCAGGGAUGAUGGAAAGGAGGGACUUAAGUUCUACACCAACCCCUCUUACUUCUUUGACCUGUGGAGAGAGAAGAUGCUGCAGGACACAGAGGACAAGCGGAAGGAGAGACGGAAACAGAAGGUAUGUCUGAACAGCUUCAAUCACUGAGUCCUGACAGCGCAGAGUACAUUUAACCUCCUUUACUGGACUGACUGCACUGAUUCUUUGGUUGCUGCAGUAGAUUGACACUGAGGUUAGUGAGUGGGAUGACAUGGAGAGAGACACUUCCUAUAUUCUGUGAGGAUCCAUAGACCAGUGUGUGCUGCUUGAGUGAACUGACUGGCUGAUUCACUGACAGAUUUAGUGGCCUGGCUUCAUACAAUGUCGAGUGUAAUACAUUAAUUAGCCACCACUCAGAGAUUAAUCAGUUCUUCCUCCAGUCAGCCCCCUUAGUUAUUACUUGUGUCAUCAUUACGUCUAAUUAAUGGGAGCAUCUGCUGUUCACUUGCCCCCACACUGAGCAUCUCACACACACACACACACACACACACACACACACACACGCACACACACACACACACACACACACACACAAGCUGAAGUUGGAUUUUAAGGCACAUGGACCCACACAAAUGUAAGAAUAGCUCCUGACAAUCAUGGAAAGCACCUCUUUCACAUUGAAUGCAAGACUAGGGGGUUUCCCACCCUCAGCCCCAGCAGCUCUAAUCAGCACCAGCCUGUAUUUCCACAUGUGGGAAGCAGGAGGAGCUUCUCGAUAGGCCUCCUCGCAGUCAACCAAAGCUUAUUAGGGUGGCAUCAAUAUAGAAUAAGAGAGUGAUUUCCCUCCAAGGGUUCAUGUGAACCAGGAAAAGGAUGUUGUUUGUUGGUUAUGAGGUAUUUAAUGAUUGUGAGAAUGAUGCAGAGAAGACAGAGAGCAAGUUCAAAUAAGAAAAAGUACAAAGUUUGGAGUUCAAAAUUAGAUGUGUUGUUCGAUAUUUUCUUGUGUAGAUAUUAUUAAUCAGCCAGGAAAUUAGCAUUGAUAUUCUUCUCUAUUCAUGGAAAACAAAGCUUAUUUGUGACAGCACUAGCUUCACAGGGGUUACACUGAUUGCUGAUGGCCGCUUGUAGAAGGAGUUCAAUCUUGUGAUUUUAUUCUAAUUAAAGCCCUGGGUGGGCUCGGCUUGUAAAGCCAUGUUCAUUUCCCUCAGUUACUCAGACCCCAUGCAAAGGCCUCAAGGAUGUUCGCAGGGGGAGCAAGAUGGAUUAGAGGAAUUACACACACAUAUUUGUUGGUCUGUGUAACCACCGUGGUGUAUAAAUGGUCUGAAUGAGGAUCAGGAUAAAUGCAGUGUGCGUGUGCGUGUGUCUGUAAGGUGCAUGGAGAAUCUGCUGUUCAGAGGUUUAGGGAUAGAAAAUGGGGGUCAUGCACAUACACACAUAGAUAAAGUGUGUGCAUAUAAAGCCAGAUGAGUUAAAUUAAGCGUGUUAAUCAUUGAUGGAUUUACCACUUAGCUUAUUGAGUGGUUCUGCCACAUUGUCUUAAGGUGCCUCUCUGUCACUGUGUUCAUAAAAUGUGUGUGCGUUUGUGUAAAUAUUCUUAAUUUUCCAUCAUUGUAUUGUUUCUUCAAAUUAUUUCACUUAAGGACUAUAGCUGUGAUGUAAUACAAUUUCUCUUUUUAUGUUUCUUUUUAAUGACAAUUUUACCAUCUACAGUAUAACUCACAUAUUAGCAUGGAUUUGCUGAUUUACUAAAAAAUGAAAAAAUACUUAGCUAAAACUGUAUCUAAGUGGACUGUGCUCUACCAUGUAGCUGCAGUGUCAGGACCAAACAGGUCAUAUCAUCUAAAAGUCAAUUUGGCAUUAUUGUAGAUUGGCUGAACAUAUUUCAUUCUGACUGCCCUCAAACUCUUCCACUCUUCUCCAAGUUCAUACAUAGUUUAUCACAGCUGAGCAUUGGUUAAUACUGUCAGAGUUACAAUCGUUAUAUUACUUGAGUAGAAAUCAUCAUAAUGCUCUUAAUAAGCGUGAAAUAUUAACACAGAAAUCUCACCAAGCUGUUUUUCUUCAGAAAAUGUGCUCAUUUAGGUGAUUGAGGGCUGAAUAGGAUGAAACAGAAUGUAAAAUAUCUCAUUCAACCUCCAACCUUCAUACCUUAGAACACAUUCAAAUAGUCAAUUCAUGAAUUGUAAAAGGAAAAAAUAACCGUAAAGAAUGAGGAUGAAAAAAUAUAACCAAGAGUUAUUAGCAAUAACUAAGAACAGUAAUAAAAUGACUUUUUAGAUAGACAUCCACUUAAAAAUUCAAAGUUUCAACUGCAUUACUGCACAUUCAACUCACUGAUAAAACAUCAGAGGUCCCUCAAGUAAGCACUGUCCACAGCAGACCAUCCAUGUGUUAAUUUGAAACAUUUGGCAAGGGAAAAUUCAAUGAGUUUACUGUCUUCUACUGUUAAGUGUGUCAGGGAUAGUCUACGACAUGCAUUCAUCAUGAUUAAUUAGAGGAGAUACAUGGUACCAGUUGUGGCUACUUAGCUUGAUCCCAGUUCCUGGGCAGGUAGACACACAAGCAAUACAAAACACAAUGUAUGAUUAGACAACAUGAAGACUAGAUGUAAUAAAAAUCAGGUACCACCUCCUACCCUCUCUUGCCUCCUUCUACACACACAAAGAGUAUACUAGCAGAUAUUUCCACAUAUGAAAUUGUAAAACCAUGGCUGUUUCUUCAGCCGCUUGGCUGACACCUACCUCCUCACACCCAUUACAGUCCUUAAAAUAACAAUGUCAUCACUUAUGGUUUGUUUGCUUUUGGAUAUCAUUAAAAGGCAUCAAUAUUAAGCUGAGUCUAUUUCUGAACCUUCAAAAAACUCCUCACAGUAGUUUCAUAAACCACCUGCAAUGACAGAAACCGUGUUUGAGGAAAGGUUAUUUGACGUGUACUUGGAUUCCUAGUUUGACUCAUGUUACUUCUGAUAUCAUGGAGGCUUUAAGAUUUGUACUGCAAUCAGACUGUGAAGGGAACUAAAUGUUUUGGCUCCACUUCAGGAGAGCUGUUGUGUUGUCCAUGCUUUUAUUCAGUCUAUGAUUUAAAGACACAGUGAGGACUUUUUUAGUGUUUAACAGACAGAAAUGUAAUGGUUUUAUCUCUUCAUAAUCUACAAAAGAAAGCCAUUAACAACUGAUAACAUCAAGAGAGGAUUUUUUUAAUGACUACAACUGCUGCAGAGUUUUAUGUAUCAGCCAAGUCAAGGACAAGCAACUUCCACUUCAACAAAAGCCUUUUUUCACUUCAUAGUGAAUGUUUUUUGAAUGAGGGAUAUGUUUGUCAGUUAUAAGAAAGAAUCACGAUUCUCUUUUAAAGUCUGGAAGCUUUUUGCACUUCAUUCUAAGAAAGAUUUUCUCAUUCCUUGAAUGCAUCUUGGCGGGGAAAGGGGGUUUGGAUAGCUUCCAGUGUGCAGCAAAAGCAAUUGACCUCUGCUGUAGAGCAGUGAGACACAGUUCAUGAUUUAGGUCAAAGUUUCUACUCCCAUCACAGCGAGAAGACAACAAAUCAAGUAUUUCAGCCCAGGGAGUCAAUGAACCAUAAUGAAUGUCAGUAAGCGAAACUGUGACACAGGACGAUUGGCUUCAGCCACCUUUGACCUCUAAUAGGAUAAGUAUUAUUGAAAAUGGAUGGAUGGCUGUCACAAUAGACAAAAAACAUUGACUGUUGUAGCAGCACAGCAAUGCAAAAACUUAUUUUUAAAAUAAUUUACCCAAAAUCUCUCUCAUACCCAAGAAACCUAGAUUUUUUCCCCUCCUGUCAAGUCUCAGCAUUCUUGAUAAAAUCAUACAUCACAUAAAACUUUUUUGGGCUGAUGUUUAACGUUCUGGGUGUCUUCCUUUAUAGAGUGUUUAGGAAUCAAAGUUACACAAUAAAACAUUUUUAAAAAAGACAAACCCUCACAGUAUUCCUCGCAGGUUGAAACGUAGUCUGAAAACGUCAAUGCUUCAUUAAAUCAUGACUGAGUGAAAAUGUGAAUUUUGGUGUUUGAAAUCUGAAAUUAACUUGGUCACAUUGCAAACAGUUUAAGUCCAAGAACAGAUUUACACUCACUAUGUUACACACACACACUGACACACACACACACAGAGAUAAGCAGCCAGUGAUAAAUGAAAAGCAUCACAGGGCAGAGGGAAAGGAAGAGAAGCUUUCAGUGUCCUAAUCUCAUUAGCUCCUGUGUUAGCCGCACCCUCAGUGGAUUAGCAGCAGACUAUGUGCUGAGCCAGUCAAAGGGAGACAGAAGAAAAGCCCAAAGACUCUGCAGAAAGAGAGAAGAAGAAAAAGAAGAGAACCAGAGAGGGAGAGAGUGGGCAAGGGAGGAGAAAAGAUAGCAUUGAGAUCAGUUUUGACUCUACAUUAAGGUUUGUCUCCUGAGUCUGGAUCCCCUACAGAGACUCCUUUUUGCCUUUUCCUCUCUCAAUCCUGUCUCAUUACAGCACACACAGGCACAUGCAGCUGGAAGAGUCUUAUCAUCAUCAUGGAAUAUAUUGACAUUUAAAUUUCUGAAUGUUUUUUCUAUUUUGCAAGAGUUUGAAAAAUCUGUUCUUGAUAUAUUUAGAUGUAAAAGAAAAGCUGCCAGUCCUCAUUAACAGCAGUAGAUUUCCAUCACUACCAAAGAUAGUUAAUGUAUGGUAUCAGAAGGGAGCUGUAAAAGAACAGACUGAGUUGUUUGUUUUGGCCAAUAAAACCAGAGUAAAUGUUUCAGAGGAGAUAAUUACGGCCCACACUCCAAGAAAGACUAAAGAUGUUUUUGUUAUUUUUAUUAGCUAAACUCAUGAGACACCAGCGUAAUUAUCUUUUGUGUUUAGGUAUUCUGAUUAGAGUUAUAAGGAAGAAAGCUGUUUGCCAGACUAUCCAUGGUGCAUGUGCUCCUGAGCUUGACAAUUAUAAACAACUUCUGUUUUGGGGGGUAUUAAAUUUCAUUGAGGUACCAUAAGAUAAAGAUGAGCUUCACCAGAGCUCCAGUGAGACUGCAGAUUCUAAACACACUUGACUGACAUCAUUUGACCUGCUUUCUUCAGUCAGUGGGGACUUACAGUUUGACUCUUAAAGAUGAUCUUAAAAGUAAAAAGAGACACUUCAUGAGAAAAGCUGCUGGUAAACCAGAGUAUUUCAUUGACGUUUGUUUUUCAAUCUUAGAAAAAGUGUGAAGAGUGUCUGUAAAGUUUCCUGUUUGUUUUUAUGUUUAGUCUUCUUGAUGAAUGAUGGGAUUCAUCACCUGGAUCUUUGAAGUGAUACAUUUUUCUUAACCUGAAAAAUCAACCCAAGUUGACAGAUUCUGCUCUGGAUCCCAUGACUGAACAUUGUAUCUCAAGUCAAGUCACAUCAUCUCUGUUGCACAAACAUUCAUCUGUUGUCUCUUAAAGAUUUUGAAAAAAAAACAACAAAAAAAAACAGUGUUUCUUAAAAACACUAAGAAGAAUUCUGGUGAGCUGCAAUUUGUGUAGAAGUCUGAAGCACAAAGUUAAGGAAGAGUAAAAUGCAAGUUCAAAGAAGGACAUAGCCUCUAUGGUCAGGCACUUUAGCAUUGUGCUUUGAAUUAAACCAAACACAAGCUGAAAAACAUCUUUGGCUGCCUCUGAGGGACAGUCACUCCCAGUAAUUAUAGGCCAUGCAGACCAACAGCAUUAGCAACACGUAUUAUCCCAUAUUUUUCAUGAACUGGGCAAAUCUUGGCAAAAAAAAUACAUCUACAAUAAGUCAUAAACUUUUGAUCAAAUAAAAUCAGAUAAGGGAGAUAUAUAGUAGUUCAGAGUGAUGUCUCCUUUCCCUCUAUCUUCUUCAUCAUUGUACUUUAGGGUCAGAUUAAUACACCUGGAGCCUCAACUGAAGGCUGCAAAAAAUACUAUUUGUGUUAAUAACAUCAGGAGAAAGUCUUGGCAGUUUCCUCAAGGUUACAAAAUCUGUUCAAGGUUUGAUCAGUAAAAUUAAGCAAGGGUAAGUAUAUCACCAUCAUGGUGUAUUUUAGGGUAAUCUCGGGAAAAAGAAACUUAUUGAUGAUAAUUUUUCCUUCAACAUAAAACAUAUAUUCUCAUAUAUAAUACACCAGUGUUGUUACAAAGCCAUUUUCCUCUUGUUUUUACAGCAAAUGAUAAAAAAAAACUUUUAGUGGUAGAAUCAUUAAAGACCUGAAUAGUUAUAUACUUUUAAUGAUUAACGAUUUCAAAAUUAAAGAAUUGUUUGAUUCCCAUUGAUGGUCACAGUAUUGCAGCAAGAGUACCAGCAACAACAAAAAAUAGUCUGUUUGAAUUUAUUUAUUUGCACAUACACUUUUUUACAGCUCGUAAAAGCACUAAAGACACGGUAGAUAACCACUAGUCAUAAAGGUCAGCAUUUUGUCAUUGAAAAGUAACCAGAAAACCUUGAGCUCACUUACCUAUAUCAAGACUAACAACACUUAACAAAACCUAACCUUUGUUAAGUCCAUUUUAGUAAUAAAAAAAAUCAUUUUAAUUCCAGGGAGUGUUUACUUCUUACUUACUUCUUACUACAUUAGAAGCCACAACAAAAAGAAUUUUCCUGUAUUUCUGUUUACCAAAAUUUCAUAACAGAAACUAAUAGCACCAGUCUCACGGUCAUAAAUUUCUUUUACCCCCCUUGCAACUGUUGUCAUGGCAACUACCUCGCCCAUUAAAGAGACUGAGACAGCUUUCUUGGAGCUGUGAGAUGCAUGGUUGAACUGAGACUGACACCCUGAUCUGUGCCUCGCCACAGGCCACAGCAGCUGCACACAUGCCUGUCAUGAGGCACAGUUCAUCUCCUGGGUUUUUGAAAGGCUGUUACCAAAGAGUCCUGUGAGCUGGAGCACACUGGUUGCUCAGAAAAAGAGGUAGCACAUGCGUAUGCAAUAUAGUGAGUUAAUUUUUCUAUUGUCAAAAGUUGACUUUUUAACUGUCAUGCUUCUGCAUAACCAGCCUCGCCUAUUAUUACUCGACCAUUGUGAUCUGAAUACAGCUUCGAUUAAAAAGUAAUGUUUACUGAAUUAAAUUACUAAACAUGACAUAAACAUACUAAACAAUUAUUUCAGCCUGCAUGCUCCCCCACAAGUGACAGGUAUACGGCUGAUAAUGUGAUUGUUUCUGUUCCUCAUGAUUGCACCUUCACAGAUACAGAAACACCUUACCAUAGAAAAUUUAAAUACAUUAUUCAAGAAGAAACUGAAUGUAAACAGGAUAUUUUGUGAGGGCUUUUUUUUGGUCAUAGUUUUCCUUGUCAAAUUGCAAUAAGCAAAUCCACCUAGCUGCAGAUCAAUUUCAACCAAAUGUUUGACAUUGAGACACAAAGAAGUGGUAACUUUUGGAUCUUCCUCAAACUGGGGUGCAAGGUGUGAGAUGAAUCCUAAAUAAAUGAUGAGAUGUGAGUAUAUAAGGAAAGAAUUGUUAAUGGAGUUUAGCUGUUGCAAAAGGCUCAUUUCAGGUGCACGAGCAGCUACAAGCAUUCAUGUACUGCAUACACAGUUAGGCUUUGUAGUAGUACCUCCAUCUUGUACUGUUAGUAUAUGUAAAGUGUGUGUGCUUUUAGUGGUGCAGCUUAACACACUCGCCGUUCUUUAAAAACAGUCAUUUAAGUCACAGGAAGCCAAUCAUAACGUGCCUGAUACGUUGUAGGUUUAUUUUUGUGGUUGUCUCUGCUCCCCUGAAAUGCCAUUGUAAAACAGUACUUGUGGAAAUACAUUUUUCUAGUAUUUUCAUCUGAUUGUUCAUCUUCAUCUGUUCUUUCAACCUCUGCUUUAAAUCCUGAACCCUUAGGGCUCUAUUUUCGUGCUUCGCUGGCAACGUGGCGCACGCGCAGCGUAGGUCAGGUCCGCUGCGCCGACAAGGCAUUCCCAAACACAAUUUGGUAUUUUGGUGAGCAGCGCAGCCCGCCUAUAGUAUCCCCCCUCCCUUACUCAGCUCCUCCCAGCGACGUAAGUCGUGGUGAGGGAGGAGAGAGGGCGUGGAGUGGGUUUAAGUGGGUUUUAUUUAAUACAGCCCAGACCUGUAUUGACCAAUAACAUCAGCUCCUCUCCCUGCCUUUAAAUCCGCCACCGGUGAGGCGUAUUACUAUUUUCGUGAAGUAGUCAAAGAGAUCAAGAGAUGUCUGAAGACAGCAAUGCCACACGAUGGCGACAGAAGGCAGCCCCUCAACAAGUGUCACUGUAAGCGCUGCAUUGGGCGUCCUCCACACUCUCUCAUAUGAGCACAGAUGGAUUUGGUGUGUGUAAUGUUGGGCCCACUGGUAAGACAAACACCUUUUUCUACAAAUAAAGACACUCACAUAAAGUUGCACAUAUUCAAACCUCACGUGACAAAGGUGGGUUGUGCGCACAGAUGACAUAAAUUCCAGUAAUGGCAUUAAAAUCGGAACCAUCUGUGCAUAAUAACGCAUCGUGCUCCAUGGCCUGGCUCUUUCUUUCAUAGAUGUUGGCAUAAAAAAUAAAUUUGGCUCACAAAACUGAAUAUUAUAAUAUUCGGAUGUCGGCUUAAAGUAGAUAACGCAUCUGAGCACUGAAACAAAUCAUCUGUUCAGCCGCUGCAUAGAUCAGAAUAUAUCUAUAGAUCUAAAUGUAUGUGCUGACUCAGAAUCUCAGAACAUUAGUUGUUGAUAAUUUAUUGCACGGAAAUGUGCCUGACACUGUGGAAACCUGCCGGUGAGGCAUCGGUGAUGUAUGCCGAUAUGCCGCCGGUCUACCAAAAUACCACUAGACCAGCUGCGCUCCGCCUGCACUGAAAGCUGACCAGGUUUGAAUCGGCAAGCUUUCAGCGUACUUUAUACGCCACCAGCGAGCAGGAAAAUGUCACUGCGGCAGCUGACUCUGUCGACACCUCUCCCUGCCACGCCGCCACGCCCAGCUUGUCGGACCUCGGUGCGCCUCAGUCCAUGAAAAUACCAAACUGGCUGUACGCCGGGCUUCGCCAGACGAAAAUGCCACUGUACGGGGCUCGCCACCCUCCGCCACGUCCCUAGCAGACACGAAAAUAGAGCCCUUAAUCUUACUCUGUCUAACUCUGUGCAGCUGGAAAUGCCUUAUCUUGUGUGUUCCAAUGGCCUCAUAAGGGUCCUCUCUGAAACUCUUCCUCCUUUCCUCAUUCCCUCCGAGGUAAGACUUUCUCCCUUCCCUUCGCACCAGAGCAUCUGCUUCCCAUGUGGUGGUAGCCUGCAGCCCUCCCUCACUCACCCUCCUCCUUAUCUCUACUCACCCCCCGUCUGGUUUUCUAUGGACAACUGAGCCCCAUUACUAACAACCCUGCAGUGUUUACCUGCCCUGACCGCAUCCCGCUCCUUCCCAAGGGAUGGCACACUUAGCCCUGAAUAGUUUUUAACAAUUCUCCAAAAAAAGGGAAAACUGUCAGACUAGACUCGACCCCCCUAUUAAGCAGUGGUUCUAAUCCUUGCCUCCAGGAUCCAGACUGGAUGCAAGUUUAGCCUGUUUUACUUUGUUACAGCAUAGGGUCAGUUUUGUACAUCAUGAUUGAUUUCCCCAGUCCAACUACAACAAUACCAGACUUCAACUGAAAACCUUGUGUUUGCUAGCUUUAAUAAGACACCUACCCAGCAUUAACUGACAUGCAGUCCAUUUACGACCCAAAGUGAACAGGUUGGCACUAGAGAUAGCUGCCAGGUAAUUUGGGAGUAUCCUUAAAGUGUGUAGAGCAUGAAUGCAGUCUUGCUGGGAUUAUUAAUUAGUUUCUUAAGAGUUAUGAAACCCAGCUAUGACAAUGGAUGUAUUGAAAAUCCAGUUUAUCUAGAAACAGGUUGAAAGGUGGAGAAGCCUUUGGCCUCUUUGGAAACAGCUACCAUGCCAGCACAAUUGUCACAAAUAAAGAUGAGGAGUGGGAGACACUUUGAGCUUCUACAAAUAGUAAACAGUGGGUCAAUACAUAAGAUUUCAUUAACCGUUCAAUAUGUAAAUAAUAUUUAGCUCAUUUGCUUGGAAUUAACCUUUUUCUUAUAGUGUCCAUUUUCCAUUGAACUCAUGCUCAGAGUUUGAUGCCCAAAUGCUGAACAGCAGGGUUACAGUUUAUGAUAUGUGACAUAUACAUUUUGGUAACUAACAGAUAAUUAGCAUUUAAAUACUUCUCAAAAAAGCAGCUGCUGCAAAGAGUGACUUGUGAGUAUUAUUUUUCUCAGCAUGUCUCACUAACUUUCCAGCACCUGCAGUGUCAAACCAAGCAUUACAUAAAUUUCCAAGUGAUCAAGAUUCUAAAAAGUCCUUUACAUAGCAUGUCUAUGGAUCUUUGGAUUAUGAUAGAUGUCAACUUCAGCGGUUAGUUGUGGUUUUGAGCUAACUGCAUAUUGAAAUGGGAGUUUCAAUGACUUGUUUGCCUUGCUGACCUUGAAAAAUAUAUAACAGCUCAGUUUCAACUUUGUUUAAUGAUACAGAUAUCUUUCUAAGGGCUCCGAUAGAAGAUAAGCAUCUGUUUGAGUUUGUUAUGCAAACAAGGCAUUUUUGAAAUUGCACUGUUCCCAUAUUAUUUCCUCAUGUAUUGAGUGUUUUUCUUAAAUGUACAAUGAUUAUUUCAUUACAUUCAUUAGUAAAAUCAGUAGCUGCAGAUAAUUGUACAGUACAAGUUCCCCAAUCCAAUAUAUUGCCAUCAGCAGCAGCAGCAGCAGCAGUAAGUAGUGUAAUGCAAGUGGGUUUUGUGUUAUUGUCAGCAGCAGGGUGGUCCAGCAGCGGGCCUCCCUGUGGGGGUUAUUUACUCAGGAACAUAGCUGCAGUUCUGCUGAGUCUGUCACAUUCACAUUCAUAUUCACACACACACACACACACACACACACACACACACACACACACACACACACACACACACACAUGAUGAGAGUAUGAAUGUUACACACAUGUUCUGUACAUAACAUAAAUCCACAGCAGCUGUACUAGCUGCCAGGCCAUUCAAAUGAAAAAUGUGAGCCAGCAGAGGCACACAGCCCCCUGAAAUUAUCUACAUUUGUUAGAACGUCUGUGACAAACACGUGCAUGCACACACACGCACAUAGGAUUGGACUGUUUCUCAUUUUCUUACACAGUAAACCUCCCACCCGUGUUUAAUCUGCAUUUUUCACAUUCACAUUGCAGCACUUGAACCUGCUCUUUCCCUCACUCUUUCUUGCCUCUUUUUGUAAUGUCAAUGAAAUAAAGACAGCAAUAGUCCAUUGACUGCUCAGUAUUGCAGUUUAAUCUUUUCACAUUACAGUACAUUUUUUAACUCUGCUAAGACACUGUGACAGCAAACCUUUAGGGAAGUCAGAGGUUAGUUGAACAAAAACUAAUUCUCUAAAUUAUAGAGGAAAAAAAUCAGUUGCAGUUUGGAGGUUCAGCACAGUUCAGAAAAAAAGGCAGCUCAGGAUGAGUUAUUAAAUUUUUGACCUUCUGCUGCAGCUCCUCCAGCCUUAGCAGAUAGUGUUGUCAGAAUGCAUUUCUGUCGUGUGUGUGGAAGAAAUGAUAUUCAGUGUGCAGGACCAGUGUAGGAGAAGUGCUAAAAGGGUGUGUGUGUGUGUGUGUGUGCGUGUGUGCGUGCGUGCGUGCAUGUGUCUUGUAGAGGCCAGCACUCAGCCAGUGCCUCAUCAGGGGUAAUGGGCCAUGAUGAAUCAGAAGCUAAUCAAUGUGCAUUAGCAUUAGGAUUUAUUCCCACGCUCGCUCACAGCAGCCUGGACGCAGCAGUGGCCAGGCAAAAUCAACACCGUUUAACCAAACUAGAGGAUAUGCUGUAUACAACCCAUGCUGUGUUGAAUCAGACGCUUGUCAGACAGCUCACACACACACACACACACGCACGCACACACACACACACACACACACACACACACACACACACACACACACACACACACACACACACACACACAAGGUUAUUGAAUGCGCAGGCCUGAGUAGGCCUGGCCAACCCAAUGAUCCAACCAGCAUGAAAGAAAUCAAUAAGUAUUGGUUUUCAAAGGGAGUCCCAGUGUCACCAGCUGGGAUUUAAUGCUUCACAGGCCUUGUCUUUACCUUUUUUAAAGCAUUUAUAAUUCAAACUCACUGCCACAUAGUCAUGCAUGUUUACACUCACAAACUGUAUUAUGGUUCAACCACUGGUCAGAGGAAUGCAAUAGUUUUUGAACCCUUAAAAUUGAAAAUGUAUUGUGUUUGUUUUACAGCGGUAUGAGAAUUACUUUACAGUUUUGCAUAUUAAUUGGCAUCAUUACAAUCAAAGUUUAAGGAUGUUUCUAUUUCACUUGCUGUCAGCACAUCCCAUUCAUAAACACAAAAAAGAAAUAGACAAAUUCUACUCAGAAGUAUUGUAAAUAAUUUCAUAUAGAUCCCAUUGAACCACAUUGGUCAAAAAAUGUUUAAAACACACCCAUAGAUAUAUAGAUAUAUGUGUAUGUAUAUGUGUGUGUAUACAUUCAUAUAUAUAUAUAUAUAUAUAUAUAGAUAGAUAGAUAGAUUGAUAGAUUGAUAUAGCUGCACAGUAGAGCAAGAUAUUCCUUAGGAGUGGAUCAAGAAAAUAUCAAUUAUUAUCAAUUUAAUUUUACCUUGUCUGAGUGAUCUGGAGAUGCUGGUUCAUCACUAGGUAGUUAACAGAAUGGUAACAUGUAUUGUCACCUAACGGGCCAAAUAGCAUAACCAAGCUAAAUCUGUGUGUUAUCAGACCAGUUGGAUCAGUAAAUCAAUAGCUACUACCUGACUAACAAAUGUUUGUAGAAAGGGGUUUUGCUAUGGAGUCCAGUCUAUGAUGAUGAAAGGCAGUUGUUGACAGACGAAGCAAAUACUCUGGAGAAGAACAGUGUAUUCCUCACUGCCUCACAACAAAUAUGGAGCAGAUGGUCCAAAUUUGUCUCUCCAUCAAGUAACCAGGUUGUUGAUACUGAUGUCCUAUCGGUGGCAUUGAAAUCAGGGUUGCCUGGUCAGUUCAGUCCUUUCUGGAUGGUUUUGUCUGUAUGUUAGUUUCUUCUUAGCCUUUGUUUGGUAGGAAAGCUUGAGCUUGAUUCACAGCAAAUGCUGCAGAGACCAUGAAUCAAUCAUACAGCCAGUGUGACAGGACGGCAGCCUCUGUGCUUGUAGUUCCCAUACUGGGGGUGAUGGCCAGUACACAGUAUAGUGUUACACUUAAUGUUCUCUGGAUUUAUUUGUUAGACACAGUCUGAAUUUCACCAUGAAAGGGAACGCUGCCAGCACUAUCCUUACCUCUGCUUAGGUUUUAUGAUAAGACAAGAACUGUAUUUAUUGAGCUUUGUUCUGCCCAUUACAAUAACUCCAGUUUUGGACAAAGAAAAAAGAUGAUUUUUUUCAUGGGAUUUGUUGACAAAAAAAAGUGAAAUAGUAGCACAACAACAAACUAUAGUGUUUCUAAAUAUGAUCUUUUUAAAAAUUAAUUGAAUUCAGUGUGUUGAGAUCAUGAGUGAUCUUCUGAUAUAAGUCAAGUUUUUCAUGAUAACUGAUGUAGAGAGUGCUUUCAUGUAUAUCAGUGUUUAGAUAAUCUGUGAAACAUGUUCAUGCUGUAAUCUUCAUUUUCAGUUGUUUCCUGCAUGUGUAUGAGUGUGUGUGUGUGUGUGUGUGUGUGUGUGUGUUUUGCUUGUCAUUCUUCAGUCUGUGACGGUGUUGUUGUUGUUGUUAUUGGUGGCAGUGGUGGUGGUUUAAAUGUUGUCCCCCCACAUGUAGAAACACGUAUUUGUAGUCCGUCCUCCUGUUCCAGUGGGAUCUGUCUCUUUCUACCUUGGUCUCUUUUCUAUUUGCUGUUGUUACUGUGAGUGUGAAUGAAUGUGUGUGUUUGUGUGUAUUUGUGUUUUGGCCACUGUGUCCUACCUCAGGGUCUCACACAUCAUUUUUUGUUUAACAGCACUUUUCUUUCCCCCAUGCCCCCUUUGUUUUGUUCUACCUUCCCCUCAUUGCCUGCUGUUGUUUUUUUUUUUGGCCCUGUGAGUCAGUGCAGCGAUGUCUGCGUUCAAUCCUGUGCCAUGUUGAUUUUUUUCCUUUUUUUUGCCCUCACCCCAGUGCUUCUCUUGUGGUUUUUGUUUUUGUUCUUAUAGUUGCAGGACCCCCGCAUGUAUGAUCAGGUCUAUAGGUACUUAGACCUUCCAGGGCAGGUAUGUGAAAACACAGCGAUUUAUCUAAAAAAACAAACUGUGAUUUUUGCUGUGAUCCAUUUCUUUACAGCCCUGUGUGCAUUCUUGUGUGUGUGUGUGUGUGUGUGUGUGUGUGUGUGUGUGUGUGUGUGUGUGUGUGUGUGUGUGUGUGUGUGUGUGUGUGUGUGUGUGCGUGUGUGUGUUUUUUUUAACCACUUUUAGCAGGGAUACAGACUUCUAUGAUAAUUUGACUCGGUCCAAGUCUGUCACAGAGCACCCCCUGUUUCCAAACUUUGUUUAAUUUAUUACAUUAGCUUAAAAAGCCCUUCUUCUUAAAUAUCUGUGUGUUAUUCCUCCUUAGAAAUCUCAUUGAUUGGUAUAUCUGUUUGAAAAGUCCCUUCAUGUAGUGAGAAUUGAAUGAAAACACACUUUUUGACAGACAGUAGCUGCUAUGGGAGAUGUAGGUGUAGCAACAGAGAGUGAAUAGGAUAAAGCCAAAAAUGCAGAUCCAUUUGUAAACUGUGGAUCUAAAUAAGUGUGUGUGUGUGUGUGUGUGUGUGUGUGUGUGUGUGUGUGUGUGUGUGUGUGUGUGUGUGUGUGUGUGUGUGUGUGUGUGUGUGUGUGUGUGUGUGUGUGUCAUGUUUCUUUCUUUUCUGUAAAUCAAGUUAGCCUGUUCUAACAUUUUGUAACAGACUGUCACUGUUUUAAAAGCGUAACAGCAGCUGACCUGUGGUCUUUCCCUUCUCUUGUCUCCUUCUUGUCUCCUUAAACAAACCAUCCCACCUUUAUUCUCACCAUCUCCCUCAUCUUCCUCUAAACAUUUCCUCCUUUCACCAUCACCUCCUCCUCUACCUCCGGAUCAAAGCUGAAGGCCAUAGACCGUCCACACGAGCCAGAAAAGGUCCCGCGGGCACCUCACGACCGUAAGAAGGAGUGGCAGAAGCUGGCACUGGGUGCAGAGCUCGCCCAAGACCUGUCUGAAGACAAACACAGGGAGGCCAACGGAUCUGCGGGCUACCACGACAACAGGUACCGCUGUCUGAAGCUGAGGAAGUCAGAGGCCAGAGAGUGCUUCUUUCUUUACUGGCUCGAGAGGUUUAAGCAGGUGUUUGAUCGGUAAUCAUAAAAUACAACACAAACAGAGUCUCCUUUUUCAGUUCAAAGAUUUUUGUAAGAAACUGCUAAAUGGAGUUGAAAGUUCAGUGUUGCCCGCAACAGAUUUUUUUGUUUAUUUGGAUUAUAAAUUGAAACCCUUUGCUAAAUUUCCUCCCAACCAAUGAAAGUUGUUUCUAAGUUCUCAAAACAGUGGAUUGUUUUCCAUACUUAACUGUUAAAACAGACUGAAAUGUAUUUUCAUGGUUUUUGACUGAAUAAGUCUAUCAUGCUACAAUAGAAUUUGAUCAUCCUUUCAGUUUAGGAAAUGUCAGUGAUCUGGAAUAAUGGACUAACAACAUGAACUAGUUAAUUUUAAUCUUUGUGAAAUGAACUUAUGCUAUCAUGCCACUUUGACACUCAUACAUGUUACUCAUCAAAAACCUUUCAAAAGGAAAAGAAAGGCUUUGUGCGCCCUGCGGUGCCCUUUCAGUCACUAAGACAGACGUCCAACCCCAACAGCUGUUUCAGAAUUACAAAGACCUACAUAGAAAUCGUCAUUUUUCAUAUGACGGGUCUCUUAUGCUUUUUGAGAUGAAGAAGGGGUAUUUCAGGUCAUGAAAUAAAAAUAACAAUAGCUCCAUCUUCUGGGUAAAACAUGUAGUCUUAAUCCUGUCCACGUGGUUCUCUUUCACCAUCGAUUCUUCACUCUUUUUCUUUUGAAAUGAUGGAUAUUCUCUCUUUACAUACCAGCUUUAACUGAUUCUAUGCAGGUUAUACAAGGGCAGUUAUUAUUUUUUAAGAGUAUUCACCAAAUACUGAUAUAAGCAGUAAAAAUAUUCACAUCCACAGGGGUCAUUGUAUGAUCGUUCUUUUAAAAAAGGUAGAGUAGAAAAUACUCCUGUACUUCAGCAGUGGAAGUGAAGUGAUUUAUUCUGCUCCUCAUACAUUUGGUACUACAGAAAACCGUUGAAGAAUCAGGAUCUGUUUUAUGUAGCAAAGCAGUAGUCAUAGCCGGAGUAAAACUCUAAAGUUUCUUACAGAGGACUGAUUUGUUGACACUACACAGUAAGAAAAUGAAAGUAGAAAUCUGCUUCAACCGGGAAUCAAACAGCUACCACAGUAACGUGAUGUGUCUCUGCUCAGGGCUCCUCUGUACAUGGAACAUUUAGAUGGGCCCUUCUCACUUGCCGCGCUGCCCUACACCCAGAUGAACGAGCUGCUGAACCGAACUGGGGACAGAAUGUAUUCACGGCCUGAUGGCCCUCCACCUCCUCCACCUCCCAUGCACCCACUGGGAGAGAUCAAGCCCCCCUCUGUGAUCAGGUGAGCCGAGAAAGAGAUGGCACACAGUAAUUCAGUUUGUAUCGGUUUUUGAAGCUUUUUAAUCUUCCUAUAUUUCUGCGAGUGCCAUUCCAUUACUUUUUCUUGUUUUUAGUGUUUAUUGUGUUAGAGGGGGGCAACGAUUUUUCGCUCUGUAUGAGCUCAGCAGGAAAACACAUAGGAAGGCAUGGCUGGAGGGACAGGUAGAGGGAUAGAUGGGGGUUUUGAACCAAAGAAGAAGGGAGAAAAAAGGGAGCGGCUGAGAGAAGGGCAGGAUCAAUAAGGCGUUAGGGCCACUGAGCGCAUUACAGGUUGUUUUUCUGCUGCAUAUGUCACUGUUUGAAGGGAUGGAGAGAUCAGAGGGAAUGAUUAAGACUGUGGCUGCAGCACCACAGAAAUAUAGCAUUGAUUUCAGGCCUGAGUCCCUGCAGCUAUCUCCUCUUUUUUACUCUUUCCAUCCCUAUCUUCUAUUUUUACUUACUUUUCCUGAGCUCUGCUUUUGCUGUUUUGCUGCUUUUUCUUUAUAAGGUAUUUAAUAUCAUCAUUUUCCACAUGUAACUUUACCCCCUCUGGACUUUAAAUAAGCCCAUUUGGUGUAUUUUGGUUGGGACACAGUCUUAAGCGUGCUCAGGGGAAAUACUCAACACAUAAUUUUACCCUCUCUACCUCAUGCUGAGCACUCGAACUGCAGCUGCUUUCUCUGUAGGGGAAAAGCAUGUGGGUCUUUUUCCUGUUAGCAGCUAGAUCCACCCACAUGGCUUCAGUAUGAGUCAGUGGUCAGUAGUCAGGCUUCUUUAUAGAAGAGUGGCAGUGUGAGAUCUCAGUGCUCUGAGCUUUCUGUCAUGCAGGGUGCGAUACGUUCUCACUUGGCAGAGAAACUUUUAGUGAGUCAUUCUUUUACAUUGUUGAUUUUGAGUAUUUUGUGAAACAAAAGUGGAAAGAGAGAGUUCAAUAUCUCUACAGUGGUGUUGCUCUUUCAUCCAUUAAACCUAACAAACUAUGAAAUCUCAAUGUAUGGAUGAUUAUUUUAUGGAUGAAAUGUGUUAUGUGUCUCACUUUAAGGCCUUGUCCACACACAGCUGGGUAUUUUCAUAAAUGAGUAUCCAACCCCCUCUGUAUAUAUAUAUAUAAAAAAAAAAAAAAGUCAUGUACACACAUCAUAGUUUUCAAAUGAAAUCCCAUCCACACGAAACCUCAUAAGUGUGCUACUGAUCGCACUUAUAAGCAUGCCAGACCUGGAGUUGGUAGUAUUUGCCAACAAGUUAGACCCAUUCUAUCCAACCAGAGCAAGCUUCCCUUUCUCAUCGUCACUUUGCCGAACAUGAAACAAAGCGCUGUGUAGUUCGUUUGUGUGGACCAACAAAGAGGUGGAAUAGCUUUUAAGCAUCUUUUUAGAGUAUGAAGUCAACAAGACACAAUAAAGGUGGAGGAAGGGUUAUUUGGAGUAGAAUAACCGACUGCAAAGCACUCCUUCUCCUUUACUCCUCACAAAAAUAUAUAUUCUGUACAUAUCUGUGCUGUCCACUGCCUGACAUAAACAAGGGUGCAUAGUAUAUGACAUUUAUCAAUUAGUUGUCACGGACAAUGACAUUUGGGAAUUUAAAACUCUGGUUAUCUACGUCCACACACAAACACAAAACUGGAGUUUUUCAAAAUCUUUUCUUUGGUCGGAGUUUUCCCAAAACAAUGUUUUUAAUGAGGAAAUCCUGCAGUUUCAUGUGGAUGGCAGGACAAAACGUAUACAAAUAUAUUCGUUUUAGAAGAUACCCGAACAAAUGUUGACAAGGCCCAAAUCUGGAAAUUCAUUCAAACUCUAUUCUCCCUCUAGUUCUGGUUCAGGUUUCUCCGACAGCAGACCUCAGUCCCCAGCCCGGACAGCAGGCCUCAACUCCAACACUCCUCCUCCGCCACCCCCCCCCCUCCCUCCUCCACCUCCCCCAUUACCCUCCUCAGGUAUGCGGGGCACCCCUCCUCCCCCUAUCCCACCUCUACCAGUCCAGCAGCAGCCUCCAGCCAUCCCACCCCCUCCUGCUCCUCUCCAGAUCGCCCCAGGUGUGCUACACCCAGCACCUCCGCCUGUGGCGCCUCCCCUCCACUCCUCCUCCCCGGCUCGUCACCUACAGGACAGAGGCCAGCCCAGUGGCUCUGGGACUCAGACAGACAGCACCAUCCUGCCCCCUCCUCCACCACCUCCUCCUCUGCCCCUCCCAGGAGCACGAAGCUCCUCACCGUGUCCGUCAGGCCCUCCACCUGUGCCGGCCUUCCCAUCAGCAGGAGCCAUGGCCUCCCCACCUCCCCACACCAUGCACGACGUGGGGACCAAGAGGCACCAUCCAGCCAAUCUGCCACCCAUCAGCGAUGCUCGCAGUGUUCUGCUGGAAGCCAUCAGAAAAGGUGGGCGGUGAUUAAAAUCCAGCUGUCUCUACUGAGCGGCAGAGGUCAUUGGACACCCCCCAAUAACUUGAAAGAUACCAAUUGGUCAUUGGACAUCACUGGUCAAACUAAUGCUAAAGUCAUUGCAAGUUCACAUUGAAGCCACAGCGUAUAGAAAUGAAAGAUGUAGUGAUAUCUAACAUUCAAAUCUGGAUUGACUGCUCUAGACUGCUCACCUUACCUGUUGACAUUAAAUACCAUCAAUCCAAGUCUGCUCUGUAGACUGUCAUACAGAAACCAUUAGCCAAUCCCAGAUCUCUUCCAUUCUGUUAACUUUAGCGAGAGUUAUCCUCUUGUCCAAUCAGGCUUUUUAUUCUCUUUGACCUGAUAAUAAACAGAUUUGAUUUGGGAGGAGGCUGAUUGUUCCUGCUUGAGUCAAUAUAUUGACUUGCAUUCUCACUGGAUACCAGAUUUUAAACAAAACAGUCAGAAAAUCUCUUCAAAAUGCUGAGAGCUGAUUUUAUAUAUUUUCUGUGACUUACAAUGAAACAUGUUUUUGAUAUGAAAUCCUGGGAACACAAUAUGAGUCAUGUAAAGACAUUGCAUUGCAACAUCUAAGCUAAAGUAUUUCUCUGUCUCUAGGCAUACAACUGCGCAAAGUGGAGGAGCAGCGAGAGCAGGAGGCUAAGCACGAACGCGUGGGCAAUGAUGUGGCCACCAUCCUGUCCCGCCGCAUUGCUGUGGAGUAUUCUGACUCUGAGGACGAGUCUGAGUUUGAUGAAGGAGACUGGAUGGAGUGA